AUGGCAGUCGCAGUGGGAAGACAGUCUGUGAGUAAUUUACAACCAUAGCUCCUUAUUGCACUAUUUCAAUGUAUUAAAUUCUUCUAGUAUUAGCCUGUCAGACACUUUUACAUCUAAAGCCUUGUACAGAUUGGAUUCCCUUUAAGGCAGCCAAGUCAGAUUUAUUGUGCAGUGUAUAUAAGGUAUAUAUGGGUAAAUCUGAUCAUAUUUUUAUACAUACCCCGUUAGCCCUACUACUUUUACAUUAUCUCCAUUUGGUCUCCUAUUCCCUCCUUUCUGCAUCCUGUGCUGGAAACCGCUAGGAUCAUAGGAUGAAUAAAUCAUCCUGGAAAAGCGUAGGAGGGGAGUUAUAUAAUUUAGCUAAGGGACCCAUGCUACCCUGUGGGUGUGUGUUGGGGUGUGUGUGUGUGAGUGUGUGUGCGUGUGUGUGUGGGGGGUGAGUGAGUACACUAAACUUCACCUGGAUAACUCACUGGGAUCAUUGAGAGAUUUGGCCAAGAGUCGGAGAAAAUUAUUUGCUGGAUCUCCUUAUGCUGUUGCUGCAAUGCAAAGAUCAGAGAGAGAGAGAGAAAAAAAGCAAACAAUGUAUUUUUAGACUCGUGUGUCUGUGCCAGCAAACUCUUGCCAGCAAUGUGCUUGGUGUACUCACUGUGUGGUUUUCCAAUGAGCAGGCUGCGUGGGCUUUAUGUGUGUGGGUGAUGAAUACUGUUAUGAUGAGUGAGGGGGAGAUAUGGGGGGAGAGAGAGAACUUUUCACUAGGAGAAAAAUAAGCGACAGCACAAGAGCUUGCAAUUUAGAUACCUUGGUACUCCAUAGUGUUUUGACAUUGAGUCAGGAGGCGAACAGGUUAUGAUUUAGAGACUCGGGAGUAGCAGAGAACGUAGAACAAUGUGCUUAGAACCAAUGACUCAUUUACUUGAAGAUAUAUAUAUAUUCGUACGUAAUAUUGAGACAAUAUAGAAACAAUACAUUUUGUAGUGUGUUGUCUAUUAUAAUACAUGAUGUAGUGUAGAACAAUGUGUUGGUAAAGCAGGCAUUGUUUAAAAAAACAAAACAAAAAAAAACAAACCAUUGUACAGCAUUGAAGAAUAUGUUGUUGCUUUAUUAAUAAAAUAAUAAUGGUGUCCAACCAGUAUGAUCUGUGGCAGUUUCCUGUGUAAAAUAGAGUACUUUAAAAAAAAUUAUACAAUCACCUUCGGCCUCUUUUUAGUUUCUGGACUAUUGAAUACAUUUAUUUUAUACAGGGGUGCCAAACACUGCCUAGAUGUGGAACUACAUUUCCUUAAUACUUUGAAAGACUGCAGCAGGCUGGUAAAUACCAGCUGGGGCUGGGGGUGCAGGUCGUGACUCCUGCUUUAAACGUGUACAAUGAGGAGUAUAAGAAUGCAGUGAGAUGUGCUGCAUUCUAGAACAUCAUCACCAGUGAUAUUCUCUAUAUAAAAGAACUAAGAUCUUAAAAAGCAAUAAAAGGGUGUGGCUCAGUCCCAUGUCCCUUGGUCCAUAUUCUUCAGAAAGUUGUUGAUUCCUUUGAAGAUUCAGUAAGUGGAGGAGAGGGAAUGACAACAAGGCGCUCUGUGUUUUGGCUUGUGUUAACCCGCUUGAUUUUACUUGUAGUGUUUCAGCGAGAGGAGGUGAUAGAGGUUACAAUAUAAGAUUUGAAGGCAUCUCUUUGUUGGCUGCUACAGCCGGAUGGUGAGGCCUCACCCUAUCCCACACUCUGCCUCCCCCUCCCAAUCCAAACAGUUAUCUUUUCCUCUAAGCUGUCUGAGCUGAGUGGGUAGUCCGUGUCUAUGAAAGCUUUAUGCCAAGCUCCACAAUCACACCAUAACACAUUACUUAUAUCCCCCUCCUAGAAUGAACGGCCAUAACUCUUUGUUCAGAAUAAAAGAGUACAGUUACAAGAUUCUUACCUUAACCCUGUGAUUGCUAGGGGCCUUAUGGCAUUAAUAGGGUUAAAGUUUGUGUCCUGCUGCUGCUGCCUAAUAAAUACUUGUUGAAAAAUAAAAUACCACAUUUUGUUCUUCCUGUAAUAGGUGUUUCAAGAAGUGUUUAAUGUAUUACAGUCCAUACUAGAAAAAAACAACCCUGUAAAGUUUGGUUUAAAGUUUCAGAUUACUAAUAUAUGUGACAAUAUCAUUUUUACUAUAUUCCAUUUUUGGAGUUUGGUGUGCUUUUUGUUCCUUGUGUGGUUUGCAUAAUAUGUAUUGAAGAGAGAAGUUUAAAAAAAACUUUUGGUUCUUUGAGUAAUUGGUUCUUCCUUUAGCAGGCAGUUUCCCAGAGUUUCAUAAUAUACGCUAGUUAGGUUUUAACAUGAAAGAAAAUGUAUCCCAAAGUCUUUUGUGGGAGAAAACCUACGACCCCCCCCUCCACCCUCCACACACCUUUUAUACAGUGUCCAAUAAUGAAACUCUGCCUAAUGUAUGCUUGAUUUACUUUCAUACAUUAAACCUUCUUUUGAAAUCGACUACUUUCUCAAAAACGUAUAAUAUUUACAUGCACCAAUUUCUUUUAAAUGUGCUUUCUUUUAUAACUUUUAUAUUUCAUAAUUUUGUAAAAUUAGAUUUUGGACUAGGGUUCUUUUAAUGUUAGAGCAGCACAGAAAACUUACAUAUGGCGCUUACUCUCCCAGUUAACUGCUGUUGUUUGAGUCUGUAGCCUUUAAGUGGACACUCUAAAACAGCUUUCACUUAAUUAAGUGGUUUUGGUAUAUCAAUUGUCUGCCAUUUAGAAGUUAAAUCACGUUGCUUAUGCAGCCUAGCAACAGCUUUCCUGGCUUUCUUAAAAUCUACUCUUUUACAAAUUAAGAAAGAGGGGACAGUAAAUUAACCCUUCAAACACUAAAAAGUGCUUUAGAAGUUUGGAAUGUGUUUUUUAAAAGACUUUUCUGAAAAUCAUAACCACUUCAGCCUGUUAUAGUGUUUAUUAUGCCCCCUCCCCCCUUAGUGCCAUUCCCUGGUAAGGGAGUAAAGUAUUUUGCUACAAUUUGGCUUUUACCAGGGUCCCACAGAAUUCCGAGCCAUCUUCAAUGACGGCAUGGUAGCAACAGGCUUAGUGGCGCCCCACCGGUUUUUAUGUCAGAAAAAAUAUGAUUUGCGGUUGUUUAAAAACAUUAUAAUUCUUUUUUCUGCGGGGGAGCGUGGUAGGCCUAAAAAUAAGGGGGAAAAUAGUGUCUUUUUAAUUCUGUAAUAGGUUUCAGUUCUGCAUGGCCCCUUUGGAGAUUUGGGGAAGCUUACUUGAGAGCAUCUAGCCAUGUCAAAAAAAAUCAGCGCUGGUUUAAAAUCUGCCCUGUCUGGGGCACAUGCCUAGUGUCCUUGAAGAAGAAAUUUCCACUGAGUUGCCAUUUGGGCAGCAGAGCCAGCUGCCCAUAAGUCGAUGCAUGCUAUUGGCCUCUCUAUUCAGGGUCCAUCAAUGGCUGAGAGCACCACUGGGUGGGGUUACAGUGCCCACAGGAGAGAAGCAAGAAACUCCUGGCCUCUGCCAAAUUCAAAUGCAUAUUAUUUUUUUCUCUCCCCAAUAGCCCUAGUGACGUCCUGAAGGUUAAAUAAUCAAGGAAAUUUACUUAAAUAUAUCAUUAAUAUAUAAAGCUAGGAAAGCCUAGGGGUGACAUGGGGAGGGGGUCAUUUCAGACACAGAGCAAUGAAACACUCAUGCUGUGGCUUGUUGAAAAGUUGUGAUGCUUCAAACAGCAGGAUUGGGGCUGUGACUCUGAGGACUGAUCUGAUUCUGAUUUUAAUCUGUUUUAAUAUGUAAAGAGCCUUGAUUCUGUUAACCAUGUCAGCUACUACUUGGAUCCAUAUUACCAGUGCAGAUUAAUUGUAUUGCCAACUGCAAAGAUAAUAUGGAGUUUUUCAUUAUCCUGCUGCUUUAACCAUCUGCAUACUGUAAUGCUGAGAGCUAAUGGGGUAGCUGACAUGUUUCAUAACAGCAACAAUGUGUAAUAGAAAGCUAAAGUUAUCAUGGCAGGAGCACUACCGAAGAUGAGAUCAUUUGAGAGAGCUAUGAGAGGGUUAGGAAGAUAGAGCUCGAGCAUAAUAGAGAGACAUGUAAUAUGGAGGAAUAUCUGUAUUGCAGCUCUGUGUAAUCCAUCACAGUGAUCCUGACUGUGUGGGAUAGUUAUGAGUAUCUCCUUAUUGUGGCCAGCUCUUUGUAGUAUUUCUCUGUUGUUUUUUUUCUCAGCUCUACCUGUUGUAUGGGUAUCUCUGUAGUCUACCCAGCUCCAUGUAUUGUAUAGGUAUCUUUGUAUUGUGCCCAGCUCUGUGUAUUAUAUCUCUAUUUUUUCUCAUCUCUGGUUGCGGUAGUUAUUUCUGUAUUGUACUCAGUGCUAUGUAUUUUAUAGAUAUCUUUAUGUUGUGCCCAGCUUGUUUUAUUGUAUGAGUACCUCUGUAUUAUGCUCAACUCUCUGUGUUGUAUGAGUAUCUCUGUACUGUAUAGGGAGGAGUACAAUUCUGUGGGAGGAGUCUGGCGCCCACCGUCUUAAAACUUCACCAGUCGCCACUGAUCAGACCUCUGCAAAGCUGCAGAAGCUGUAUAAACAUCAUGCUGGCUAUUCAUUGGCUGAGACCAUCAGAUGAGCGCUCUCAGACAAUGAAUAAAACUAUGUGCAAUAAAUAUAACACAGAACCGACAUUAGGCAGCAGAACUCUUGUAUGAUGCGUUGGAGGUGGAGUUACACAUGGCAACUAGCAUAAAUAUAACAUUUUGUGCAGUGUUUGACAAUGACCACUUCAAUACAUUUAGCUCUUAUGUUGCUAGGAGUAAUCCUUUAAUUUAAUUUAAUUUAACCUUUUCCUUUCUAGUGCAGUGAUCUCAAACUCUGGCCUCACAAAUGAACGGUGGCCUACAACUCCCAUCAUUCUUUCAAUGCAGUAUAUGACCAAAGAAUCAUGGAAGUUGUAGUUCAGCAAUAUGGGGGGAGGAGGGAAACAGCAGAGUUAGAGAUACCCACUUCAAUUGAGGCAGCUACAAAUGCUUGGAAGUUUAACUCACACUAAUCUUGGGCAGUCUGGAAGGUGUAUAUCUUGGUACUGCCCUGCGAUUGAUUAGUGUUCACACUAGGAAUGAUGGUUUUAACAGUUUGAAAAGAGUCAUGUCAAACACCACGCAGUAUCAUCUGCCUAGUAUAUAUAUAUAAAUAUACAGGGAGUGCAGAAUUAUUAGGCAAAUGAGUAUUUUGACCACAUCAUCCUCUUUAUGCAUGUUGUCUUACUCCAAGCUGUAUAGGCUCGAAAGCCUACUACCAAUUAAGCAUAUUAGGUGAUGUGCAUCUCUGUAAUGAGAAUGGGUGUGGUCUAAUGACAUCAACACCCUAUAUCAGGUGUGCAUAAUUAUUAGGCAACUUCCUUUCCUUUGGGAAAAUGGGUCAAAAGAAGGACUUGACAGGCUCAGAAAAGUCAAAAAUAGUGAGAUAUCUUGCAGAGGGAUGCAGCACUCUUAAAAUUGCAAAGCUUCUGAAGCGUGAUCAUCGAACAAUCAAGCGUUUCAUUCAAAAUAGUCAACAGGGUCGCAAGAAGCGUGUGGAAAAACCAAGGCGCAAAAUAACUGCCCAUGAACUGAGAAAAGUCAAGCGUGCAGCUGCCACGAUGCCACUUGCCACCAGUUUGGCCAUAUUUCAGAGCUGCAACAUCACUGGAGUGCCCAAAAGCACAAGGUGUGCAAUACUCAGAGACAUGGCCAAGGUAAGAAAGGCUGAAAGACGACCACCACUGAACAAGACACACAAGCUGAAACGUCAAGACUGGGCCAAGAAAUAUCUCAAGACUGAUUUUUCUAAGGUUUUAUGGACUGAUGAAAUGAGAGUGAGUCUUGAUGGGCCAGAUGGAUGGGCCCGUGGCUGGAUUGGUAAAGGGCAGAGAGCUCCAGUCCGACUCAGACGCCAGCAAGGUGGAGGUGGAGUACUGGUUUGGGCUGGUAUCAUCAAAGAUGAGCUUGUGGGGCCUUUUCGGGUUGAGGAUGGAGUCAAGCUCAACUCCCAGUCCUACUGCCAGUUCCUGGAAGACACCUUCUUCAAGCAGUGGUACAGGAAGAAGUCUGCAUCCUUCAAGAAAAACAUGAUUUUCAUGCAGGACAAUGCUCCAUCACACGCGUCCAAGUACUCCACAGCGUGGCUGGCAAGAAAGGGUAUAAAAGAAGAAAAUCUAAUGACAUGGCCUCCUUGUUCACCUGAUCUGAACCCCAUUGAGAACCUGUGGUCCAUCAUCAAAUGUGAGAUUUACAAGGAGGGAAAACAGUACACCUCUCUGAACAGUGUCUGGGAGGCUGUGGUUGCUGCUGCACGCAAUGUUGAUGGUGAACAGAUCAAAACACUGACAGAAUCCAUGGAUGGCAGGCUUUUGAGUGUCCUUGCAAAGAAAGGUGGCUAUAUUGGUCACUGAUUUGUUUUUGUUUUGUUUUGAAUGUCAGAAAUGUAUAUUUGUGAAUGUUGAGAUGUUAUAUUGGUUUCACUGGUAAUAAUAAAUAAUUGAAAUGGGUAUAUAUUUGUUUUUUGUUAAGUUGCCUAAUAAUUAUGCACAGUAAUAGUCACCUGCACACACAGAUAUCCCCCUAACAUAGCUAUAACUAAAAACAAACUAAAAACUACUUCCAAAAAUAUUCAGCUUUGAUAUUAAUGAGUUUUUUGGGUUCAUUGAGAACAUGGUUGUUGUUCAAUAAUAAAAUUAAUCCUCAAAAAUACAACUUGCCUAAUAAUUCUGCACUCCCUGUAUGUAUAUUAGUUAGAUACAUUAUCUUUACUGUACUUAUAUCUGCUUAACUAUACUGAUUUCCAAAAAGUGCUGUCCUUGAAUUAGGUAUGUUGUUUGGCUGAAGAGUUGGACACUGAACAAAAGAGGAGGUUAUAUAUGAGGCCUAACCGUGUGAUUAUUAUUUUUUUGAUGAUAAUUAUUACAUAGAAUUACAGACCCUUUAUUUCUGGCAUGGUUGGAAGAUAAAAUAGAAGUCUCUUUCUUUGUUCUGGUUUAGUAAUAUGAAGCCCUACGUCAACAUGAGAGAAUUGUCUCAUGUUCAUUUAUUUAGGGAGGAAACCAACAUGGGUUUGAAACCUUUAAUCUGUAGAAGAGUAUUAAAGUAAACCUGUCAUACCAGGUUUAACUUAAGCCCUGCAGCUUCUAGGACAGUGAAUAUACAAUUUAUCAUAAAAAUAUUUAAUGACACUGAUGCUUACCUACCUGCACAUCAGCACGUGAAUGCGAUAAUAACUGUUCGUACAUUCCUAUGUUCACCCAGCAAACAUUUGCUAAAAGAGUAUUUGUGACAGAGAAUGGGAGAACCAUCUGUAGGAGUAUUUUCCUACUCUCUCCUGUCACUCUAACUGUAGAAGUCUAUUGGUCUAUGGGUAUAUAGGUCUAUGCUAAGAACUGACAGGUAGGGACCAUAUGAAAAAAUUCAGCUUUGUAUAUGUAUAUUUUUGCUAGUAAUUUUUCUAGCACCAUGUAAACAUCUUUUUUGUGCUCUUUCUAUAGAACAUAAUGAGUCAGUGUACCCAUGACAGGUACAUUUUAAUCAUUAAAAAUAAUUUAUGAAAACAUAUUAGUUUAAAGGGACACUAUAGUCACCAGAAAAACUACAGCUUAUUGUAUUUGUUCUGGUGAGUAUAAUUAUAAUCAUAAUCAUUCCCUUCAGUCUUUUUGCAGCAAACAGUUUUUUUUCAGAGAAAAGGCAGUGUUUACAUUACCUCCACUGGCCACUCCUCAUAUGGCUACUAGGGGUUCUUCCUGGGGCAGUGCUGCACACUUUGCAGCUUUGACAGUCAGUGUCUCCAACCUCUGCACUUAACUUUCCUCAUAGAGAUGCAUUGAUUCACUUGUGUUUGGCUUGUGCUGGCUCUGCCUCUGAUCUGCCUCCUUGAUAAUCUGAGCCAAUCCAAAGCUUUGCUAUGGGGAAGCAUUGUGAUUGACUGAGAGAAUCACUUCUGACGAGGCCAGCCAAUCAGGCAGAUCAGGGUCAGAGCCAGCAGCAGCACACUGGAAUAAAGGUAAGGUUUUACUAUAUUUAGGGGGGGAGGGGCAGGUGGGCUAGAUGGCCUAUAGUGUUCCUUUAAGCUAAACUUUUAAUUGUGGAGCACUGACAAAGGAUCUGAACAUUUCAGGUCUAAUAGUGGGAUGGGGGGGAGGGGGGGUCAUUCCACCCCCACCCCCCCCACAUUAUGUAUUUUGUCCUGAAUGUGAAUUUUGACAGACUUAAAGGACCACUCUAGGCACCCAGACCACUUCAGCUUAAUGAAGUGGUCUGGGUGCCAGGUCCAGCUAGGGUUAACCCAUUUUUCUAAUAAACAUAGCAGUUUCAGAGAAACUGCUAUGUUUAUAAAUAGGUUAAUCCAACCUCUAAAGCCUCUAAUGGCUGUCUCAUUGACAGCCGCUAGAGGCGUUUGCGUGCUUCUCACUAUGAAAAUCACAGUGAGAAGACACAAGCGUCCAUAGGAAAGCAUUGUAAAUGCUUUCCUAUGAGACUGGCUGAAUGCGCGCGCAGCUCCUGCCGCGCAUGCGCAUUCAGCCGAAGAGGAGGAGAGGAGGCGGAGAGGAGAAGGAGAACUCCCCGCCCGGCACUGGAGAAAGGUAAGAUUUUAACCCCUUCCUCUCCCCAGAGCCCGGCGGGAGGGGGUCCCUGAGGGUGGGGGCACCCUCAAGGCACUAUAAUGCCAGGAAAGUGAGUAUGUCCUUUAAUGAAGCCCUGCAUUUCUGUGAUAUGAGUUUUAUUUAAAUUAGAUUAUUUCCAGAAGUCUACACAUUAGUGUCUCUUUUCAUCUGGUUUAUCCUCCCACAGAGUGCAUUCAUCCUGAAACCUAAUUAGUGUGGUUACUAACCCCUUCUCAUUGAGAAAAUUAGUUGUUUUUCCAGAGGAAUGUUUUCAAGAAGAUUAUGGGGUGUACUCACUAAAACUGAUUAUCUGUAAGAGAACCUAAGCUUAGAGAAAUUCCCAUGCUAUCCUUUUUUGUUCAGUGUCUUGAAGAUUUUAAUGAUGAGUAAGGCCUGCAGGCUGCAAAUAGAAUAUGUGAUUUCACUUAAGUGGGCAAACUUGCUAAUAUUCUGACGACAGUCAAUUCUGAUGUUCAGAAUUGAAAUUGUUUUGGAUUGUAGAAGCAACUAUCAUUUGGACAUUUCAUUGCCAGCUUUGGAACUAUUUGUAAGGCUUUUAUUCAUGUUUUUUGUUAUAUGUAUAUAGUUUCGUUUGUAAAAUGUUACUAUAAAAUAAGUUGUUUCACAAUGAAACAGGUGAUAACCCCUGUUGACUCCAGCCGCAAUGACCUUUUUCAAUGUGUUGAAUUGAUAAUGGUAGCUAGAGUUCACAUUUAACCAUUAGAAGAAUUCAAGGGGUAUUUCCAGGGAAAGAGUGCAUAGGCAAGAAACUACCACCUGUAAAUUAAGAUGAAGGUCACCCUACUACUGCAAUUCGAUAGGCAACGAGGAAUCUCAUUCUUAGGGCACAAUCUUCUUCUUCUCUUUACCUCCAAAGUUUCAACAUAUACCGCAUCACUGUAUAAUAUGUGGACUGUUAAACAAGUGGUUGUAAAAAGGCAAACGGGAUGUACUGCAAGGUGGUGAGGGCACUGCUCAAACAAGCUAACCCUACAAACCACUGUCCUGUAGCAAAGAUUCAUGUAGUUCAGCCACAGUUCCAGUCAUCAGAUAUAAUGAGUGUAACUUCUACGUAAGCCGAGAGCAGCCACACAAUGGUCAGAAAAGCUUGGUAGGUAGAUUGUGAGUUAUAAGCUCAUUUGACCUACACAACCACUUGCUCUUGUAUUGGCCAUAACAUACUAAUGUCUUGGUUCAUUCAUUGUGCACUAUUGAUAUGUAAUAAAAGUGAAAAGAGAGUACGGUGCACAACGAAGAGAGAAAAAAAGAGGAUAAAAUGGGAGUGGUUGGGAAGGAGAAGCUAAGCUCCUGCUGUAGGAUAGUGAGAGAGUUUGUUUAAAGGCCUUUGACCACUGAUCCAGCUAGAGGUUAAUUAGCUUUCAUAUGACCGGCUGUGGUACAUAUCUGACAGAGAUUUUAUUAUAUAAACACUCUUUACAAAAUAACAAGGUGUUUGCCAAUGGAAAGGAGCUUACUGUGACCCAGCAUUUUAAAUAAAAAAAACCGUAUUGGCUCAUCUCAGCUGUUUAUCAAGUUUAUUCACUAAACACAAAUUUGGUUUGAAAAUACAUUGUGCCUUUUUUUUCUGCCAACUUAGAACAGGUUAUUAAAGUUUAUCUGUUACUUUUGGGAGUGCUUGCAUAUUUUGCAAAGAACCCCCAAAGGUAAUACCUCCAAUUUUUGUCUGCUGGCUGUGGGGUACAAUAGAAAGUGGGUAUACUUACCUGAAGCUGUCUCUUGCAGAUGCCUCCAUCUUCUUCUGGGAGACUCUCUUCAACUCAUUUCCAGAGAGGAUUUGGGAACGGCACUCAAUCCCAUUACUCUGAGCCAGGGUGCAUCUAAACCCAGCACUCAGCACCAGGUCCCAGACACAGUAUAGAGAGAACAACAUGAGGUUUAGGCACGCCAACGUUCAAAAAUAGGCAAUUUAUUAAAACCCAAUGUCACACCACAACGUUUUGACCUCCAUGGUCUUUAUCAAUUUUGAAUAAAUUAUUUUUGAACUUUGGAGUGCCUAAACCUCUUUUUUUUCUCUCUCUUCAACUCAUGGCCCUUCACCUGCAUGCGGGAGAGUACAACACUGAGGUCUGUGGAGGAUCCAGUGAAGCCAUUUUUAUGCAAAGAUAAAUAAAUAUGUAUGAAUUAUGUAUCCUGAAAUUUCUAUGACUUAUUUUCCAUUCCAUAUGCAUUGAGACAUGGUAUCCAUCAGCUAAUUGCAUAGAGUUAUGUAAAUAGCCCAGCCAUGCCUUGAAUUUAUAUGGAAUGUGGGAUGGUCAACAUUUGUUACUGGUGUCAACUAUCCAUCAUACAAAUUUGCAGAGCCACCCAUCCUCCAUCAAUGGGGAUUGGUCUGUUUUAUAUGUCUUUUUAGUGCCUUCAUCCUGAUUGAUAACCGCUGGUAUUGCGAACCUUAGGUGCCUCAAGGGGACAUUAAACAUAAUCUCCUUAGUGAUGGAGUGCCCCGUGGCCAUGGUGCGGUGUUUAAGAUGCAUGCUGUUUGAUAGGCAGACACUCUGUUCUUCAAGUAACUCCUAUAUGAUGUUAAGGUGCUGAUAUAUGUUACAGCGUUCUCAGAGGUGAAAAGGUUAUAUUGCUUAUGUAUUCAGUGUUAUUGUAAUGUAGUUCCAACAGUAUCAGCAAUGUUAUUGAGUUACAAGUUCAACCACAGACAAAGCUCGACACCAAACAUGUUAAUGCUAUUAUGUUAGUGCAUUGUUUAUGACAUUGUUUUUGCUAGUGCGUUAUUUUUCGACAAUUGUUAACUCUUUUUAAGGAUAAGUCUUGACAAAUUGCUAAAUAUGCAAUGAAUAUUAUACUCAUUUAACAUUAUUGAAAGUUGAAUUUAGUAUCUACAUUUGUAUAAACAACUAGUUGAUAUUAACUCUUUAACUUCCAUUUUAUUUAUUUAUUUAGUGUUUGUGAAAGAAAUAUAGAGUAAAGAUUAAAAGGUGAAAGCGCACACAAUAGAGGAGUUUUUACCAUACAUGUAUAUUACACUUGAUAGGAAUGAUGUGAAUAGUUCCUAUUCAAGGAUAAAAAUAAAACACAACAUAAUGUAAUCUAUAUAAAUAUUUUGUGAGAAGAGGUCAAAACUCGAAACACUCACAAUUUUCUGAGCCCAUUAAAGUUGGCUCUGAACUUAUAGAACAUAUAUGUCUCCUUUAUGGACAUAUUUGUGAAAGAAAUGUUGCUUUUUCGCAGCAAUGGUUAAGUCAGAAUCCCCAAAAAUGACAAAUAAAUAAGAAUUUUAAAUGAUUUGGAGCUGUCAAUGUGUUUACUUAGUCUUCCAAUGCCAUCUUAUUAAAACGGUAUUGUUCGCAGCUUGUUAAAGAUGAAACACCCAUCAUUGUGUAAAAUAAUCUUUUCUGCCAGUGUCUGUGAAUGGAACACCUGAAUAGUCCAUGAAAUAGAAAGGUAACAUAGGGAAUAGUGGUAAUUAAACUGUGUCAGGCUGUCGUAAUACAAGAGCAGUGUUGUCACUCAUAUGUUUUACCACCCAGUAUACAGUAGUCAGAAUGCCAAUUUUCCUAUAAUUAGGAACAUGGUUUUGUUAUUAAGAUGUGGCUGAUUUUGCAAAGCAGAAUGGAAAGUUAUUUUAACAGAUAUUUGUGAUGGAAUUUUUCAAAAGGGGUAGGAUUUUCCCCUUCCCUUUCCAAAUUUGCCUCAGGUCACCCAUGUGUUGGUGUUUGUUUUUUCUUUGACAUUAAAAGAGCCAUUAAAAGAAAGAGUGUAAUAGACUCCAACUGAGAUUGGACAGAAGCUUCACAGCAUGCCCUGUGGGUAUUUUUAACUUAUUAUUGUCCUUACAGAGUAUACUUAUACCAUUAGCCUAUUUACAUGGUCCCCAGCCAGGCCCAAUGUUUUAUAAUGGAUGAUAAUGAAAAUGUUUUUAACAUUCUCAGCAUUAUAUGUUUAUAAUUGAUAUUGAUUAUGUAUUAAUAUUUAAUACAUUGAUAUGAGAUUUUUUGUGACUAAUAAGGUAAUUAGUACAAUAACAUAAUUCCCAAGUGUCCCUAUUUAGGAGGAACAGUCCCUGUUUUGGGUUCUAGGAGCUCAAUAUUUUUAGUUUGCUUGAGUUCCACCACAACAAUGCUCACAGUAAUGUGCAUUUAAACUACAAAUAAUGCUUUUUAAAAACAGCUAGUGUAAAUAAGAUACAUUGUUCUUGUUCUAAAUUACAUGUUAGUUGCAUAAAUUGCUAUUUGUAAGUCACCAAAAAUUCCUCAAGCCUCCCCCACUAGCAUACCCUUACUCAAACCCUUAAAAUCAAAGUGUCCCUCUUUGUCCAUGUAAAAUGUUUGCAGAUAUGGUAAUAACAUACAUUGGCAUGCAUUCAUAAACAUCUUAUGUAUAUAGUAUCUUUUAUGCAGGUAAGUGUUUGCAACGUGCACUGCGACAUGCAUGAUACCUAUAUCUCUCACUAGAAUAUAGCAUUGUGUGUGCUAGUAACUUUUUCUCCUAUAAUUUCCUUUUCAAGGACUGUGUAUAGCUUGUAAAUAAAUAUUAAAAAAAAGUAAUAAAUAAUAAUGUUCACGAUUUUUAGUGUCAUAAGUAUACCACCCUAGUGAGAAAAAGGGACUUUAUAUUGUUUUAUUUUUCCUAUCAAUAUAAGCCAAUGUGCAAAAUAGAAACUUUAUAUGUCUAGUUAAAUUGUACUUUUGUUUUCAUCUUUGAAAAAAAAUAUAUACUCAUUAUGUAUGAGAAACUACUCAAAAUUUAUUAAGUAUGAAAUCCCACAAGCCGCGGAAUGUUCCUAGACAUUCUUUAUGUUUCUUUUAGCAACACUUUGGAAUUAUUUCCAUAUGCAAUUAGAUUACCUUACUUUAUACCACGUAACCUCAGAGGUUCUACAGUUAUCUACAGUACAUUGAGAAGCAGAGAGUAACAUACUGUAUUGAUAUUCUAAAGCAGUGUUAAACGGUGGGCUCCAGUGUUAAUUUUGUCGACUAACCAUAUUAUUCAAAUAUUAGUCGACUAAUGAGUUUAGUAUAAUUUUAGUCUACUAAAAUUUUGGAGAUUUAGUUGACUAAAACUAAACUAAAACAAUUCAGGUGACUAAAAUACGACUAAAACUAAAAUGAUUUUUAGUCAAAAGACAAUGACUAAAACUAAAUUGAAAUUUGCAGCCAAAAUUAACACUGCACAGAGGGGCUGUGGAAGGGGCAAAAGAGACGGACCAGGGCUUGGGAGAGAGACACCUAGAGGGCCUGGGAGGACCCAAAGAGACAUAGACUGGGGAAGAGGAAAAAGAGACAGACAGAGGCUUUAACUAAACUCAUCAGAUUUUAGUGUCGACUAAAAUCUACUGGAGAUUAAAGCUAGACUAAAUCUAAAACAAUUCAGAUGACUAAAAUACAACUAAAACUAAAAUGGCCAUGUCGCAAAACACCUAAUACCUUUGUACUGGAAAAAAGACACAACCCCAACGCUUUCCCUGUGGUUUACCAGAAUGGAGGAGUUACGAGUAACAGAGGAAAUCUGGUAUUCAGCCCAAGACCGAACGCAGACAUACUUAGACACAUGGACACCCUGGCUGGCAUGGGUGGGUACGGAGGCAUUUCAGACUGUGCAUUUGACCAUGGGGGGAGGAACUGACGACCCCCAGGAGGAGACACCAGGAGCCUAACGGGACGAUCCACACCUGACCCAAGACACAGUACCUCACUCCCCUACCCUACCCCAUCCCCUGUCAGGUCCGGGUGGAGCGCGGGCUCAGAGGUCUGGGGGGGCGGCGCGGGGGGGACGACCCCUCAGGGGUGUGCUGGGUGGCUAUGAUACCUGUCGUGGUGCGGCCAUCUGCAGUGCCCAAAACGGCCUACGGCCCCGCGGGUACGGGGGGUGGAAGUGCGCCAGUUUUGUGAACUACAAAUUUUAUUAGUUUAGAAGGAAACGCAGGAUGCCCCUUAGGUUAUUCCCAUCAACACCAUAUAUAACGCUGGGCAGAGCCGAAUCGUACCAAAGUAGGGGGUCAACACCCCACUAUACCGCCAUUUUGGACCCUAGACACGAGGUCAUAAGGGGGCUGCGUGUCCUGAUGGGACCCUACACAGUAGGUGGCCCACAUGUCCCACUACUGCCUAGUGGCUACAGGGUGGGCACGGGGGAAUAGACGAAAACUGGCGGGACAUACAAAAUUUACCCAACGUAGAAAAGGUACACAUCAGAUAUAACAGAGUACUAUUCAUAACUAUGUACUACCGGACCUGCGAGGCCACAAUGCACACACCACUUACUCAAGAAAGCGACCUGCGAGUCACCAAGACACAUCUGACAGACUAUGCCCUAUGAUGUAUAAGCAUAUACAAAUGACCAAAGGGACCUGCCUGUCCAUGUUUUUCUUUUCCAUGUUGAUAACAAACGGAAAAAAAAAAUAACGAAAUGUUCAAUAAAAACAUAUUUACAAAAAAAACAACUAAAAUUGCCUUUUAGUCAAAAGACUAUGACGAAAACUAAACUGAAAUUUUCCGCCAAGAUUAACAUUGGUGGGAUACAGGUCUUGUUGACCAGAAACUCCCAUUGUUCUCUGCCACACACAGGUAGACUGGAGUCUCUGCUCUUUGGGUACAGAUAUUGACUAAUGUACCAAAAACCUAAAAUAAGAUGAAUUAUAUCAAAUGACAAGGUUGGUUCAAGCACCGGGACCUCUUUAGUGUUUCAACGUGGUCAUGGUGUUUAGGAUCUGUAUGCAACAUUUAAUUUUGAAACACUGCAAAUACAGACAUUUUUUUAUUGUUGCCUGAGGUGUACGUUGACCUUUUGCAGUGACAUUAAGGCAUUAUUAAUCAACCUAGAACAAUUCUGUGCAUAUUUCAUGCCCAGAGGGUCAUUCAUUGACGGACAGCGUUUACAUUUCUAGGUAACGUUUUUUUAACACAAGUUUCAAAAACACAAUCAAAGCAAUUUAGCCAUAGAGAUGGGGUUUUGUGUGUGUGACUUUGUAUUUGUUUUGAUUUUCUAUUAAAAGGAACCUAUAACUACUUCUGUAAAACGUGCCUCUGGUCCGUCAGUUCCCCUCCUCAGCACUUCAUUGAUUUGCUCUGCUACAUCAAAUGUCUCCUAUCCCUGAUCUAGAACAUCAUUGAAAAUAUGUUAAUAAAAACAUACAUGGAAACCUUUUGUGACAUGGAUCCAUCAAAUAUAUCAUAGUUUCAGCAGGAAGUACUGAGACGCCCAGCAGGAAAUACACAGCUGCACAUCCCAAAACAAAUGCAUUGCUUUUUCCUGUGAUGCAGAUUGCAUAUGUAGAGUAGAGUUGGAAUUUAUUUCAGAAAUAACAGUGUUUACAUUACUAAGACUGCAACGAAAGUUUCUCUACACCAGAAUUGUAUUAUUGUAGGUCAAAAUGGAAAAGAGUCUCCAAGACUUCAGUUCAGCUAUUUUGGGAAAAAAAAUCCCCACAAUCCACAUUUUUGCUAAAUAUUCCUGUGUGAUUCUUGUUUAUUGGGGGGUGAACUGGAAAUUGGUUUCUGGAAAGUGUAUCAGUGACAUUGCAUCAGCAUGUCUGGGGCCUGUUUGAAGCUUUGCUAUGCGUCUGGUGUUAUUUCAGGACAUGUAUCACAGCUAGCUCUAGUUAGGGCUCAUCUAUCACUAAGCAGCCCGGGAAGGAGUAAUUCUCCUGGGAAGGAGUACUACUGAAAUAUGAUAAGUACACAAACUUAGGAGAAGCCUUAUAUUCACAGAGAGAUAAAGCCAAUCUCCUAUUGUUUCUCUUUCCAAGCAGACAUUAAAGGUACACUAUAGUCACCAGAACAACUACAGCUUAUUGUAGUUGUUCUGGUGUGUAUGGUAUGUCUCUGCAGGCUUUUUAAUGUAAACGAAAAGGCAACAUUUACAUUACUUCCUAGGAACACCUCUAGUAGCAGUCACUUAGACGUCCACUAGAGGUGCUUCCUUGGUCAAUGCUGCAUAAUUUGCAGCACUGACAUUCAGUGUCUCCAGGUGCUGAACGUUCCUUGUAGCGAUGCAUUGAUUUAGUGCAUCUCUAUGAGGAGAUGCUGGUUGGCGUUUUGCUGCUCAUGCACAAUAGCCUCCCCAUGCUUUUCUAUAUGAAUGCAUUGGAUUAGUUGAGAGUUUAUCAAAUUUGAUUAUCUCAGCCAAAGAGGCGGCGUGGGGUUGGGGCCUUUUUUUUAACAGGGGAGGGGCCUAAAUGGCAAAUUUAGCACUAUAGCAUCAACAAUACAUGUUUGUAUUCCUGACACUAUAGUAAUACAAGUUAGUGAGGCGAACAUAGAGUCCAUUUGGGUUACGUUAGAAUUUGGUAAUCACACAGUAACUCGUGUAGGUGUGAUUUAUAGGCCCCCAGGACAAAUUGAAGCGUUAGAUAAUUUACUAGUUGAGGAAAUAGCUAAAAUGACAAUGAAGGGGGAAGUUAUCAUCAUUGAUGACUUUAAUCUUCCUGAUGUAAAUUGGAAAACAAAAAUAGCUGCUUGUGACAGGAGCACAUAUAUUCUAAACUCCCUACUGGGAUUGUCUCUAAAACAAGUCGUUGAGGAGCCAACUCGUAAAGAGGCCAUACUAGAUUUAGUGUUAACAAACAGAGAUUUGGUAUCAGAUAUUACUGUAGGUGAAAGUGUAGGAUCCAGUGAUCAUCAGUCAGUGUGGUUUAAUAUAAGAACAGUGAUUGAGUCACACCACACAAAAAUAAAAGUUUUAGACUUUAGAAAAACAGACUUUUCUAAAAUUAGAAUAUGUGUAGAGGAGUCAUUAUCAGACUGGAGCAAUUUAAAUGUAGUCCAAGAGAAAUGGGAUUAUUUAAAAGUUGCACUACUGAAGGCAACAGAAAAUUGCAUUAGGCUUGUCAGUAAAAGCAAAAAAUUCAAGAAACCACUGUGGUACUCCGCAGAUGUGGCCAAAAUAGUUAAAAACAAAAAGUUAGCAUUUAGGAAUUAUAAAAAAACCCAGAGUGAGGAAGACAAAAUGAUCUAUAAGAUUAGGCAGAAAGAGGCUAAGCAAGUUAUAAGAGCUUCCAAAUCACACACAGAAGAGAAAAUAGCACAGUCAGUAAAAAAGGGGGACAAAACAUUUUUUAGAUACAUAAAUGAGAAAAGAAAAGUAAAACAAGGAUUAGUUAGAUUAAAAACAAAAGAAGGAAGGUAUGUAGAAGAGGAUAAAGGUCUAGCUGACUGCCUCAAUGAAUAUUUUUGUUCUGUAUUUACAGAUGAAAAUGAAGGAAAGGGACCUCAGUUGAGAAAAAGGAUAAAUGAGUCAUUUAUUACACAUGAGUUUACAGAGGAAGAGGUUCUAUUUCAACUGUCAAAAGUAAAGACAAAUAAGUCAAUGGGACCUGAUGGAAUACACCUAAAGCUAUUAAAAGAGCUUAGUGGUGUACUAGCAAAACCAUUAACAGAUUUAUUUAACCAAUCAUUGUUAACAGGAGUAGUCCCAGAAGAUUGGAAGUUAGGGAAUGUUGUGCCCAUUCACAAGAAAGGUAAUAGGGAGGAGUCGGGCAACUAUAGGCCAGUAAGCCUUACUUCAGUAGUGGGGAAAGUGAUGGAAACCAUGGUAAAGGAUAGGAUUGUUGAACAUCUAAAUACACAUGGAUUUCAAGAUCAGAGACAACAUGGGUUUACUUGAGGGAGAUCAUGCCAAACUAAUCUUAUUGAUUUUUUUGAUUGGGUAACUAAAAUUAUAGAUCAGGGUGGUGCAGUAGACAUUGCUUACCUAGAUUUCAUUAAGGCUUUUGACACUGUUGCACAUAGAAGGCUUAUCAAUAAACUGCAAUCUUUAAGUUUGGAUUCCAAUAUUGUUAAAUGGGUAAGGCAGUGGCUGAGUGACAGGCAACAGAGGGUUGUAGUCAAUGGAAUAUAUUCGAAGCUUGGACUUGUCACCAGUGGGGUACCUCAGGGAUCUGUACUUGGACCCAUUCUCUUUAAUAUUUUUAUUAGUGAUAUUGCAGAAGGUCUUGAUGGUAAGGUAUGUCUUUUUGCUGAUGAUACUAAGAUAUGUAACAGGGUUGAUGUUCCAGGAGGGAUAAGCCAAAUGGCAAAUGAUUUAGGUAAACUAGAAAAAUGGUCAGAAUUGUGGCAACUGACAUUUAAUGUGGAUAAGUGCAAGAUAAUGCAUCUUGGACGUAAAAACCCAAGGGCAGAGUACAGAAUAUUUGAUAGAGUCCUAACCUCAACAUAUGAGGAAAGGGAUUUAGGGGUGAUUAUUUCUGAUGACUUAAAGGUAGACAGACAAUGUAAUAGAGCAGCAGGAAAUGCUAGCAGAAUGCUUGGUUGUAUAGGGAGAGGUAUUAGCAGUAGAAAGAGGGAAGUGCUCAUGCCAUUGUACAGACCACUGGUGAGACCUCACUUGGAGUAUUGUACACAGUACUGGAGACCGUAUCUUCAGAAGGAUAUUGAUACCUUAGAGAGUGUUCAGAGAAGGGCUACUAAACUGGUUCAUGGAUUGCGGGAUAAAACUUACCAGGAAAGGUUAAAGGAUCUUAACAUGUAUAGCUUGGAGGAAAGACGAGACAGGGGGGAUAUGAUAGAAACAUUUAAAUACAUAAAGGGAAUCAACACAGUAAAGGAGGAGACUAUAUUUAAAAGAAGAAAAACUACCACAACAAGAGGACAUAGUCUUAAAUUAGAGGGACAAAGGUUUAAAAAUAAUAUCAGGAAGUAUUACUUUACUGAGAGGGUAGUGGAUGCAUGGAAUAGCCUUCCACCUGAAGUGGUAGAGGUUAACAAAGUAAAGGAGUUUAAGCAUGCGUGGGAUAGGCAUAAGGCUAUCUUAACUAUAAGAAAAGGCCAGGGACUAAUGAAAGUAUUUAGAAAAUUGGGCAGACUAGAUGGGCCGAAUGGUUUUUAUCUGCCGUCACAUUCUAUGUUUCUAUGUUUCUAAGAGAAUGUAUUCCCUGUGCUUACUUAUGGUAGAUUUGAUUAUGUUUGAACUUUAGUGAAGUUCCAACACAGUUCAACCCCUCAAGGACACAUGACAUGUGUGACAUGUCAUGAUUCCCUUUUAUUCCAGAAGUUUGGUCCUUAAGGGGUUAAAUGAUUUUUUAAAUAAAUAGUCUAUCAUUAUGAAAUGCUCAAAAAUGACAGCUCUGCUUUAAGUCUGUAGCAGCUGUGGAAUCUUUAGCCAUGUAUUACUUUACACAGUCUGGCAGCAACAACUUCCACAGGAAGCUUCCAGCGUGAAGCUUGUCCAUGCUCUCAUUUAGCUAAGGUUUGAAGACUUUUUUAACCCAUGGACAGGCUGAGCAUCAUGGAAAAUAUAAUACAGGGACAACGGUAGCGCCAAACGUAGUAGUAGUACCAGUGAGAGCCCCCCACUUCCUGACCGUUGCAUUAUCUGCUACUGAUUUGCUGGGGCGCACACAGAUGCUGACAGCACACACCUACCUAGCCUGCAAAAAUACUUAUUAGAUAUAAAUAGUUCAGCAUUUUAAUUACAAAAGUUAGAUUUCAAUGUCCCCUUAAGAUCUGUCAACAACGCAGUGCUGCAGGAAGUUGAUAAUAGUUUUUAAGAUCUGCUGCAAAUGCUGACCUCUGUCUCAUUCUGAAAAUAACAAAUGUGUAUCUAAUGAAGUGUAGGCAUCUUGCAGAGUUGUAAAGCUUCAUAGUCCCAGUUUGGGGGUGGAGGGGGCAUGCUUGCUAUUUAUUCAGUGCUGAUAUGGCUUGAUUUUCUGCUGGCACAGAGGAGCAACUAUACAAACGGCAAAUUUUUAGUACCUAUUUAAAGUGGACUCUUGCCAUAAUACAUAAACUAACAUUAAUCUAUAUAGGGACGGUAUUGGUGCUAAUGUUUUAGCAAGCAGAGAAUUGCUGCGUAGGGAUUUCGCACAUUCAGUUCUUGUCACUGAUUGUGCCUCUAAAUUGCCAUUACUGAAUAGAAGAAUCAAAAUUUUGAAUUUUGAGAUUUAAAUUGAAUAUAUUUGCAAGUCGUGGAGACCCCUAGUAGAACAUAGAUAUGGUUUUCAUAUAUGAAACAAUUCAAAUGGUUUUUCUAAUACAUUUAACAUCUGCUUUGAAACUUGUAUGAUUAUUUAGUCACACGCAUUAGUAGCUUUUAUAAAGUUAUGGGGGCCUUUGUAGUAUGUCACUACUAAUUUGGAAAUCAUUUUAUAAAGUGUUGAGAAAAUAAUUGUUAUGUAUCUUUAUGCUGGGGUAUAUCACAAAUCACUAUACUGAAGUAUAUCGAAAAUACUAUUCAGAGUAGAUUUGCAGUCUAGAAUCUACUUGUUCUUUCCCAUACAAAAUCUGACCUUCAUUGCUUUGGAGAGAUGACCAUGACUGCAAAUACUAUCAGGCAAUGCAGCUUUGAGGAGUUAUGUGAAAUCUAAGCCCUAAAGUGUGAAUAUGUACUCUAUAUGCAUAAAUUCUAGAAUAUUCAGUAUUAGAAAUUUAAAGUUAGCAUCUAAUGUGCUAAUUCAUUUGAGACCAUGUAAUAAAAUAGCACCAAAAAGGUAUGUAUUAAAUAAUUAAUUAAUUUGCUCUGAUAUUUGAAGACAGUUUCUGAGAUUUUAGUUGGUUUAGUAUGGAAUACAAAAGAAAUGCUGAAUAUAAGCAACAGUAAGUUAAACUCAAAUAACAAUAUAAAUACAUAGGGUCCACCUAGAUCCCUUAUAUACAAGGAAGGUAGACAAAUUCCCUCAGUCUAUUUAGUCGUUAGGCAUACUAACAUUUAUUCCUAAUACUAGAGUACUACCUAUUUAGACAUUCAAGCCCUACCCUAAUUUAACUAAAACACAGCAUUGUGUUUACCUUUGUUCCCCUGGCACACUAGUCUCACCCAUCUCUGUUGGCUUCAUUCAUCAAUCCCAAUUCCUUUUCCAUUGGGAAGCUAGUAUGCAUGUACAGCAAAUUGCUGCACUUCGCCAAUCAGCAUCUCUUUACAGAGAUGGAAUUGGCUCUCUAUGCAUCUCUACGGGGAGCUUUCCGCAGACACGGAAUGUUGGUUGGGCAGUUUUUGCAGGACUGAACCCAGGAAAUAGCUAGUGGCCUACCACUAGAGGUGGCAUUGUAAACACUGUGUUUUUGUUCUAUUUGCCCAGAACUACUGCAUUAAGAUUCUCUUUUCUACCAUAAGUUUUUUUAUUUCUGAUAUAUAUAUACUUUGUGGAAUUCCAUGGUAAAGCUGUUUACACUGUAUGUGAAUAGAAAAUUGUUUUGUUUUAUAUUAUUUUUAGAGCACUAACAUAGCCCACAGCACUUUACAACUAUGUAGGGUGGAUUAGGUAUAGAAGACCCUGCUCAAACAAGCUAAAGGCAGAUAUGUAUAAUUAGGUAUGCAGGGACACUUACUGGUAAGGAGGUCUGACCAGGAUUCAACCACUGCUGUAACCUGCUGAUAUACUUUGUGGCUUGCAAAAAUAGCUAUCCCUAGAUCAGUGUUUACAUAAAAAUGAUCAGUCAUUUUCCACAAUACCGUCACACCAUAACUCACACUGCAGCAGUUCUAGAAAAAUCCAAAAGUGACGCUCAUUAAUACAAAUGGAAUAUAAAUCAUAAAUCAUUGGAAAGUUGUGUGGGCUUUACAUGCAUGAUAUGUAGUAUUUAAUACAUCUGAAUCACUUGAAAAAACUUCAAUUGAAUAAUAAUGAUCCUUAGAAAUGGCAUAAAUGAGAGGAUAAAAUACUAUACUGAACUUUAGAAUAAUAUAUACAGAGUAACCUUGUUCUGAAGAACUCACAAUCUGAGUUGAGACAUUUCUGCCAAGAGAUCUUGGCUCCGCAAUGGGUAUGUGUUCUAUGUUACAUUGUAUACCUUGUGUAACAUUGUCAAAGUUAAUUCCCUUUUUGGCUUUGCUAUCUGUACUAUUGCUUUUCAUUUCAUAUGUUUAACAUAUGUUUAUGUAAGGAUAGACCUCUAGCAUCAGAUCCUGGGGAUGGGUUUAAUAAAUCCUUUUUAUUGGCAACAUAGCCUGAAAUUCACUACACUGCAGGACUCACAGGACCUGGAGGAUUCAAAGGUGCUUGUUUUUUGUUCAUAAUUUAGAAUGUUGUCAUAAAAUCUAAAAUGUUUAAAGGGACACUAUAGUCACCUGAACAACUUUAGCUUAAUGAAUCAGUUUUGGUGUAUAGAACAUGCCCCUGCAGCCUCACUGCUCAACCCUCUGCCAUUUAGGAGUUAAAUCCCUUUGUUUAUGAACCCUAGUCACACCUCCCUGCAUGUGACUUGCACAGCCUUCCAUAAACAUUUCCUGUAAAGAGAGCCCUAUUUAGGCUUUCUUUAUUGCAAGUUGUGUUUAAUUAGGAUUUUCUUAUCCCCUGCUAUGUUAAUAGCUUGCUAGACCCUGCAAGAGCCUCCUGUAUGUGAUUAAAGUUCAAUUUAGAGAUUAAGAUACAAUUAUUUAAGGUAAAUUACAUCUGUUUGAAAGCAAAACCAGUUUUUAUUUCAUGCAGGCUCUGUCAAUCAUAGCCAGGGGAGGUGGGCUAGGGCUGCAUAAACAGAAACAAAGUGAUUUAACUCCUAAAUGACAGUGAAAUUGCAGGGGAAUGAUCUAUACACUAAAACUGCUUUAUUUAGCUAAAGUAAUUUAGGUGACUAUAGUGUUCCUUUAAGGUGGUAACUACAUCUGUAGAACAGUUUGUACUACAGUGGUGUUUAAAGUGCCUUUUGCCAUUGUCAAUUCAUGUGAAUGACAAGGUUAGCUUUGGAUAAGUAUUCAAAUGUAAUCCAUGCAUUGUGCUACGGAAAUGAUCAGCACAUAUAUGGUUUAUAUAAUGUUAAUGAUUGAAAUGACACUAUAGUCACCAGAACAACUUCAGCUUAAGAGUAUUAACUGUGGAAAAAGACGUGGAAAAAUGUGAGUAAAUUAUCUUUCUAACCCGAGGUAAGGGGGCUGAGAACUAUGGUGUCAGGAAUACACGUUUGUGUUCCUGACAAUAUAGUGCCUCCUUAACAUUUCUGCUGUCUGCCCUAAUUCAGUGUUGGUUGGGCAUAGUCAAGGCUGGCGCUACCUGUUAGGCGGACUAGGCAGCCACCUAGGGCGUCCCUUGGGAAGGGGCGCCGCCAGGAGUGCCGGCCCCCCUCAUGCUGCAGCCGCCCGAGCGCUCUGCAGAGAGCCUCAAGCAGCUGCAGCUUUUCCCGGGCUGGUGCAUCCAUGAGGGCGCAGCAUGAGAAGAGGGGCUGACAGGAGGGAAGUGCUCAGCACUCCCUCCUGUCACUCCCUCACUGUAGCGUGGCCGAGCCCUGUAUGGUCCGCGGGUACAGGGAGCAUCUGUCUCCUGUACCCAGCUGGACUAACACUGAGUGUGCACUUCCUUUUAGUCCGGCCGGGUACAGGAAACAAUAGCUCCCUGUACCCACGGACCAUACAGGUAUCGGCCACGCUACAACAGAGGUAGGGGAGGGGGGAGAAAUAAAUUGACAGGGGGGGAGAAAGAAAUUGACAGGGAGUGGGAGAAAGAAAUUGACAGGGGAGAAAAAGAAAUUGACUGACGGGGGAGAGAAAGAAAUUGACAGGGGGAGAGAAAGAAAUUGACAGGGAGGGGGGAGAGAAAGAAAUUGACAGGGAGGGGGAGAAAGAAAUUGACAGGGGGGGAGAAAGAAAUUGACAGGGAGGGGAGGGGGAGAGAAAUAAAUUGACAGGGAGAGGGAUGAGAGUGGAGAGGUGAGAAGAGAGUGACAAGGGGGGAGAAGAGAGGGACAAGGGGGGGAGAAGAGAGUGACAAGGGAGGAGGGGGGGAGAAGAGAGUGACAAGGGAGGGGGGGAGAAAUUGACAUCCAUCACACACAUACACACACACACACAAUCACACACAAUGCACCCCUUAGAAAUUACACACACAAUGCAUUACACACACACACAAGCAAUGCAACCCUUACACACAAUUCAUCCCUUACACACAGAAACACACAAUGCAUUCCUUACACACACUCAAUGCACCCCUUACAGACGCACACACUGCAUCCCGUACAUACACAGAAACACACCUUGCAGCCCUUACACAUACAAACACAGAUUCACACAAUUCAUUCCUUACACACACUCAAUGCACCCCUUACACACACUCAAUGCACCCCUUACAGACGCACACACUGCAUCCCGUACAUACACAGAAACACACCCUGCAGCCCUUACACAUACACACACAGAUUCACACAAUGCAUUCCUUACACACAUAUCAGGACAUCCCCUACACACUCCACCCCCUGUGAACAAACUCAUUGGUGGAACAUGAAGGUGGACUCUGGGAUCUAGACCUUGAGCUGUGUAAAGGGCCCCAAAAAAAUGGAGCUGCUUCCCGUUCUCCCAGAACAUUGAUUUUUGUGACCACAGUUACAAACAGCCUCCAGAGAGCCUGUUCUACACCAGACCAGUGGAGCCAAACUGCAGCUAGAGCCCAUCAUCAUCCUCAUCUGGUCGUAAGUAGGCAAUCUAGUAUAUUAUUCGCGGCACUAAUCUCUAAUUUACCUCACAUUAAAGGAACACUAUAGUCCCCAGAACCACUGCAGCUUAAUGUAGUGGUUCUGGUGUCUAUAGCCUGUCCCUGCAGGCCUUUUAAUGUAAACACGGUGGCACUGCAGCACUGGCGUUAGUUAACAUGGCAGAUCAUAUGGGUGGGGCAUUGUGAUGUCACAUGGGGGGGUAGCAAACUUUACUUUUGCCUAGGGCGGCAAAAAUCCUUGCACCGACCCUGAGCAUAGUAUGUCUGAUUGGGCUGGUAAGUACACAUCCACUGCAUUUGUAGUUUUCAUUUUAAAUGGGACUUAAUAAAACCCCUUUAUCGUAAGUCAUCAAACCAUUUUACAAUGGUUUAACUUCUUACCUGGGGCCUGCUGGCACCGCUCCCUGCCUCUACUACUUCCAACAGACAGCCAAAAUCUCUAUGUCUAAGCUAAGCCUGGUUGUACAGGGCUGAGCUCAUUGGCUGAGAGCUAUCAUAUGAUGCAUUCUAACACGGCUUGACUACUUGCAGUGGGAGGAGGGCCAUUAGUAGUUACGGUAAAUGGCAUAUUCCUUUUAAAAAUAAAGAAGCCGGAACACCGGUGAUUAUGAUAAUGAUUUUUGGAAUAAAAUACAAUCCCUUCCUUCUUUAUAACAGUUUUGUUACUCAUUUAUGCACCCACAGCCAUAUCUUAAUUCUUGUCCGACCUAAAAAUAAACCUGACUUACUCCAACAUUAACCAUCUCACAAAACACAUUUUCUAUUUUAAUCUUUCCACUUCUUAAAUAUUGCCUUGCAGAACCAUAUCAAACCUUAACCGUACUUGCUUUGCUAUAUUAAUUUGUUUAGAGGUGGACUUAAUAAUUUAUCAUUUCCUGCACUUUCUUCACUUACAAUACUACAUCUCCAGCAAAAAUUCUGUCUAUAACAAAAUAAUAGAAAUAGCAGGAGUUGUAGGGCGCUCUUGACAACUAACCAUAAACAGGAAUCUCUGUUUGUAAUUAUUGACAUUUGUUUUGAAUGUACCCAUACUGCUUAAACUAGUUUUCCUCCCACAAGAAGCACUUCAGUACUAAAAUGUACCCCUUGUCUACAAGGAAUUCAGGAAAUUCGGAAUUCUCUCUAGAUAUUCUAGGAAUAUGCAUCUGUGCAGGAGACAAGAGCCCAAGAGAACCCAUGCAUGUAGGACAGCAGUACAGAUAUACAACAAACAAGGGCUUGGCAGUAUCUUUCAGCCCUCAGCAUGUGUUCCUAGUUUGUUUGAAUUUGCUUCUUGAAAUAUUUCUUAGCCCGUUUGUCACAUCCUUGUCGUUAAAAGGAAGCUUACUAGACGCAAAGGAAUGCACAGAUGUUCCUUGUCAGCUCAGCAACAUAAGUUUUCGUUUGGGGACAGACUAAGCUCCCAGGAUGUGAGGUACAUUCGUUUUAUCCUAAUAAAAUGUCUCGUUGCAGAAUGGAUAAAAAAAUGUAUUGACCCACAGUGCCAUAGUCCCAGUUCAUCAGUUGUUUCUACCGACUGACGUAUCUCCUCAUACUGACUUUUAUUGCAUAUAUUUGGAAAGCUUCUCUUUGAUAGCAAUGAAAAGUAUAAGCAUACUAGCCAGAACAUAUUAAGUCAUUCUUAACUUGUAACUUUAAAAAUGUUAUUUAUAUGCUAACAUGUCCCUGUGGUUUCCAGUUCAUUGGCAAAACAUUAAGGGUUCUCAAGAUACGCAUUAGAGAACAUAUCUAUAAUAUUAAUAGGAAAUUCCACCAACGUAGCGUAUCUAAGCAUUUUUAGAGGCCCAUGGUGGUGAUGCCAAUGGACUGGAUUUCAUGGGGAUUGAAGGUGUGAAAGUACAUUGGAGGGGAGGGGAUAUUGAUAGUCUUCUCGGAAAAUCUGAAAUGAGGUGGAUUUUUUACAUUGACACUCUACUACCUCACGGUUUAAAUGCCGAUUUUGAAAUGAAUUCCUGUAUAUGAAGGUUUUAAAGUUUUUUUCUACUUUUCACUAUUUCUUACAUACAGGCUUUCCAGUUUUUAUAAUCUUAUAAUACUCCCCUUUAUUUGGCACUUGUUUUUAUGUUUCAUUUCUCUAUCAAACAUAUUCCCUUUUAUGUAUAUGGUUUCAUAAUAUUUUGUGGGAGAAUUUAAUGUAAAGUCAUUUAUUUAUAAGAAUAUGUCUAAUUGAUGUAGUCAGAUGUGUUUAAAUGAAGUAAUAUGCCCCUUUUAAACUAUAUACACUGAACAAAAUUAUAAACGCAACACUUUUGUUUUUGCCCCCAUUUUUCAUGAGUUGAACUCAAAGAUUUUUCUAUGUACACAAAAGGCCUAUUUCUCUCAAAUAUUGAAUAAUAAUAGUAUCCCAGUGAGACACACAAGAAAUAGAUACUCAAACACCUUAGUGAGUUUCCCUUUAUCCUCACAACAAACCUAAGUAUACAUACAGUAUAAGGUAGAGUAUCUUCUUAUUUGAAUAGCUGACAAUAGUAAAUAUUCCUAAAAAUAAAACAAAGUAGGACACAUAAUGUGCAAUAUCGCCUGUAUACAAUUCUAAAGUGCAAAAAGUGGAUGGAAUUUCACUCACAAGUAGGGAGCCUAUGGAUAAGGCUCAGACUUCCAGCUCUGUGGGAUAUCAAGGUUCCCACUCCCUUCUUUAUACUGCCAGGAGGUUUCAAGUAAUGAGAUAUCCUCUCAAAGGUAAGUAUGAAAAUAAAGUGCUUUAUUAAAAGUGCACAAGUAACUUUAAACAAAAUAAAUAAAAUCAAGACCUUACAGUUUGAAGGUAAGUCUUUGGAAUAGUCAAAGUAGUGCAAAAAGCGUUUCGCCUCGUUCAAAGGCUUCCUCAGUUGCUGAUAUGUUUCUGGUUGUAAGUGUCCUUUUAAAUGAUACAUAAUUGGCGCUUACUUGUUGCAGUCGGUUUGUGCGUUCGUGUGGUAUUUCCGCUUCUGGGUUUUGCGUUCCAUCGGUGGAAUGCAUGUAUCAUUUCCUUUUCCUAUGUAGUGGAACGCAUCCGUGCGUUCUUCUCACGCAUAUUCCCGGAGAAUUCUAUAUCUUAGUCAGUAGGACCAGACUAUAUCUUAGUCAGUAGGACCAGACUACAGGAGAUCUUAAUUAUAAUUAUUCAACAGCAGUUAAAGAUCCAGCUUUUGGUGACCGCUGAUAGUGUGAUAAACAGGCAGAGAACCCUGCUAUUUGUAUCACAAGUAAAUGACAGAUGUAUAGUUGAACAUAAAAGCACAAUGCAAAAUUGGAACAAGCCAACAGCAAAUAAUAACGUGUAGAAAAUGAAUUUGCAAACAAAUAGUAAAUGUACUGCAAAGAACAUUAGAAUAUUGGGAGACGAGUAUUAAUUAUACUUCAGCUAGUAGCACAUGUAUAGAUUAGUAAGUGCAAUAUAAUAUUAAAGGAACACUAUAGGGUCAGUAACACAAAUGUGUAUUCCUGAUCCUAUGGUGUUAAAAAAACACCAUUUAGCCCCCCCCUUUUUGGUUGCAUUAGUAAUCCAGCUUAGAAGCAGGUAAUUUAUUGCUGUACAUAUAACAUAACUAGGCUUGUUGUGGAGUGAAGAAUGUCACUCAGUCCUAGUGAUAAAAAGUCACUUUUAUCUGCAUCAUAUUUAAAUAGAUUGAACCACUUGAGAUUUUAAAACUGUACUUCUUGAUUGAAAACUAUUUGCUUUGUAUAAAAACUGAGUACAUGCAAUAGAUCAGAUACAUUAACCUUACAAGGUUUAUUCUAGAAAAAUAAUAUUUGCUUUUCUGUUCUUGCCUCAUAUGCCUCAGGAUAUCAGAUGGUGAUAUAUUGGACUCAACAUGUUGCUGUGUUUUUCAUAUGUGUUAAAAUGUGUGGCUCGAUGGAUCUGUGUCUGUGUCCAUUUUUUACAUGUGCAUCUGUACAUUUGCUGCUCAGUUGUGGUUUGUGCUCCGUUCUUGGCAUUCCAAAAGUGUUUUCAUUAAAAUAUGUAACAGUCUGAGAAGGAAUGGCUAUAAGAGUGCGGGAAAUGCAUUGCAGCAAAAAGAACGUACACCAUGCUGUGGGUGGCAGGGUUUAAAAAUAAAACCGUCCCAUAUUUAUAUUUAAGGGAUUGCAUAAAUCUGCCCAAUUCAAAUUUAUCAAUUUUCAUUAAAAAAGUAAAACAAAGAGGAAUCAGCAGUUGUUAUAAAAUGAGAUAUAUAAAAGGAAAAUGAGCGAUCAGCAGAAUAUAUGUUUGAGUGAUGGUUUGUAUUCUGCAUAAGUCAUGCAUUUUUUCCCCAGUUUAAGUAUAAAGCAAACCAGAUGUAGACGAAUCAGGUCAGGCGGAAAAAUCCCAAUUCUCAGUCUUGUUCUCUGCUCUGGUGCUAUUAAGCGUGUGUAUGAUCACAUUGGUUUAGAGUCAUGCAUUCUUUUCAUUUUAAUAUGCACCUAAUGUGGCCUCAAUAUUUAAGCACACAGAGUGUGAAGUAUGACUUGCUCUGAACGUUAUAUAGAACAAUUAUGGAACUUCUGUAAAAAAGGAUAUGCAUACAAAAAGUAUGCUUAUGUAUUCUGCACAAUAAUAGUGGUUUAAUUAAAGAAACAAACAAACAUAUAAUGCUAUAGUGUUCUCCUACCAAUCUAGGUAUCCACCCCUGGCCCGAAUAUUUAGGUUUAAAAGGUAAGUUUUACUUACCUUAAAACACGUGGUGCGCUGCUGUCCGUGCUGCCACUCCACCUCUGUGCCUGAGAUCAUCAAUGUAGAUAAUCUCAGCCAAUCCAAUGUGUCCCUGUAGGGAAUUGUUGGAUGGCUAGUUCGAAUGUGUGAAAAAACAUUGUGCUGCUUUAAUCAAAUGCUCUCAAUGAGAGUGAUUUGAGUCAUAAACCUAGGCCUGCUUAUUGUUGAUGAACUGCUGCAACUAGUAUAGGAUGGAUUUAUCAGAUGGAUAUAGUCCUUAUUUCUGUUGUUUUUUUUAUCCCUUUACGUCUGAGGCGGGAAAGGGCUAAAUGUGUAUAUAUCAUCUCCACGGGUUGCUUUGACCUAUCCAUGCCAGCAGUUUUAUUGUUUAUCUCUGUUUACCUUCCAAGCCAACUCUUUCACUUGCUUGACCAAAAAUAAAGUUUGAACGUCUUACCUUCAAUUAGAAAAAAGGUAUCCACAAAUCACUUAUUUUUCUCUGCAUUUAUUACAAAUUAAGACCCCACUUUGUUUCUGUGGUUCUUAAUCUUUCACUACAUCCUUCCUCUCUCCUUUACAGGACUUUUCCUGAGCUACUCUUUCUAAUUGUAAUUUACUACUACAUAAUCUUCACAUUCUCAGGAUUAUUAAUUAAACUGAACAUUUUCAAGUAUUCUAAGGGAAUUUCCCAUUUUAGGCCAAUUUAGCUAAAUUUGAAGCAUGGUUGACUUAGUAAAAUUAGCUAUUGGUUGGUUUUAUAGUGAUAUUAUAGUCACCAGAUCAACUACAGCUUAAUGUAGUUGUUCUGGUGUCUAUAGCCUGUCCCUGCAUGUGUUUUCAUGUAAACGCUGCCUUUUCAGAGAAAAGUAAUUGUUUGCAUUACUUUCAAUAGACACCUCUAGUGGCAGUCACUCAAUCCGCCACUAAAAGUGCUUCCUGGGUCAGUGCUUCUUAAGGGGUCAGGAGGGCUAGCAUAUUUGUUUUUAACACUAUAAGGUCAAUACAUGUUUGUGCUUCUUUAAUUUUAAAUUGCCUUUGAAUUACCGUCAAUUCUCACUUUUUAGUGAAUAACCUUGCAAAUCUUCUUCACCAUCUUCAUAGACUAUGUUAAAAUGUAUUUCUUUAGAAGCAGAUAGAUCCUUUCACUAACACCCCAAAGUUCCAUAAUAUUUAAAAUCAGUGCAAUACAUCUUUCCUCUGUCCAUCUAUGAUACCUGUGUGUUACUUAUCUGUAUCUGUUUCUGUUUUCCUUUACACAGAAAGGCAGUGGUUCUCAUACAUGCCUGUCUUCCCUACCAAACGUCCGGGAGCACUGUGCAAGUAGCUGGCAGGACUAAAUAGGGCAGGGGUUGGCAACCUUCGGCUAGCCAGAUGUUGUGGACUACAUCCCCCACAAUGCUCUUUCACCUAUAAUGCUGGCAAAGGAUCGUGGAAGGUGUAGUCCAAAACAUCUGGAGUUUGCCUUUGCCUGAUUUAGGGGUUGGGCCUGCAAUGAGCAUUCCUGUCAAAAGGCUGAUCCAAGUCUAAAGAGGGUGUCCAAUCUGACUGACAGCCUACUCCUUAUGCAGCCAAUGCACAAAGCGCUCUAUGCAUGGUCCUGGUGCCCAGUCUUCCAUCAGAUUUCAAAAUGUCGGACCUUUCCCUAACACUUAUUUUUUGCUAGGACAAUACCGUAAAAUUUAGGACUGUACCAGCAAAUUUGGUACUGUUGGCGCGUAUGGGUUCUGUUUUGUUAAUCCAUUUAUUUAAUGUACCCGACACACUGUAGAAUAUGUUUGUGCUUCUUAAAUGAUAAUUAUAAUAUAUCUCCCACUCUACCUUCUCCUGCUGACAAUGCAUUAACCUAAUGCAAAAUGCAUUCUCUGUCUGUUUUAUAUAGCUCUAAGCUGACCAACCUUGCUAUUUUAAAAUACUUUAAAAUACAGCAUACUGUUUGUAUCCAGUAGCAACAUGCAUUAUUUUACAAGAUGGCACGCCAAGUGCACACAUCUAAUUUCUGCAGAGUGUUGAAUGUUAAAGGAUCUAAAAGAGGGGUAAAUGCUUUGUUUAAAACAUUAAAGAAUAGCAUGUUUAAAACUGGGAUGUGAUUUGCGCCACAACAAACGUCGGCUGUGUCAAAUAUGCUUUGAAUGUUUUUUUCACAAUCCUUACUUCCCAUGACCCGUGUGAAUUGAAAAUUUAAAGGAUCACUAUAGUGUCAGUAAAACAAAGCGGUUUUCCUGACACUAUAGUGCCCUGAGGUUGCCCCACCCUCAGGGCCUCCCUCCCGUGGCGCUGGUGACCUCUCCUCCCCCGCCGACGUCAGCUCCCCCGUCCAACGUCAGCGGAGCCAAAUGCACGUGCCCCGUCCGACAUCAGCGGAGCAGAGUGCCGCGCACGCAUUUAAGGUGUCCACAGGAAAGCAUUUCUCAAUGCUUUCCUAUGGACGCUCUGCGCGAUGGAGGCAUAAUAUGCCUCCAGCGUCGCAGAUGCGCCUCUAGUGGCUGUCCGGAAGAGGCUGGAUUAACCCCAAAUGUAAACAUAGCAGUUUAAAACCUGAGGGACCUGGCACCCAGACCACUUCAUUGAGCUGAAGUGUCCCUUUAAGGAGCACGGUGGGCACAAACACUACUUAAGUCCAGUUGGUAGGUUUUGUCCUCCUAUUCAUAUCCUGUUUAUCACCACAUUUCAAUAUCUAGUUUUGCUAAAAAAAAAUGUGGUGUAGUUUUUCUGAAAUGACUCUGUCCUAUAGCCAAUCAAUGUCCUCUUAUCAACUGUGUAAAAUUUCAAAGCUAGGCUAAGGGGAUAUGGGACAGAUAAAACAAGGCCAGUGAUUGGUUGUGGGAUGAAAUUAAGUCAACAGAUUAGUUCAUACUGAAUUUUUAUUGGCCGAGCGGAGUAUAUAUUUAAAGAACUUCUAAUACGGAAGCUGUUUUUUGAAUAGUGGAGGCGUGGCUAUGAGGUGGGGCAGCGCUACGGAAUCUUAUGGCACUGUAUAAAUAAUAAAAUAAUAAUAAUAAUUACAGAAAGCUAGUAAAGUUUUUUUUGUUGCACGGAUAUAGGGGCCAAAUUUACUGAAUACACUUAAACGGUUACUCAAACCACCACCACCACUUCAGUGAUUUGAAGUUGUCAUGGUGCUAGGUGUCUGUAUGUUCAGCAUUUCUACUUGAAAUACUGCAUAUACUGAGUUAUUUAUGAGUGCCGCGGGCUAGUUGCAAAACCAGCGCAUGAGACAUUGGCAGCCCAGAACUCUGUUCCAACAGUUCCGGGUUGUUAGUGUCAAUGCUGUUCAUAUUUUGUAUCUAUUGUUAGUGAGCCUGCAACAGACACAGUCAUUUUCUCCUUUGCAGGGAGAGCGCCUGUAAAGGGGAAGAUUUCUCUCUCUUCCUUCCACUGAAUGCUCCCUCCAGCGUUGCCAUCAUAAAUUUUUUUUUUUGUAAAUGCUUCCUCCCCUUCCUUUGCUGGCUGGGAGCCUGCGUAUGCACUUUGAACCGACGAAACAGACAAAUGACUGGCUUCCCUGUCAUGUUAAAGGGGGUGUGGAAGUCAGCACCGGGAGCUUCAUCUGGUGCUGGAUUCCAGGAAACAACUUUUUUUUUUUUUUUUGCAGGUUAUACAGGAGGGGACCUUUUCCUUAGUGCCCAUUAGGGCAUGCAGGAAUGGGUUGGAGCAUCCCCUUAAAGGAACACUAUAGCAUAAAGAAUACAACCUUAUGCAAUAGUGCCCCAGUUCUUAGUAACAUCCACAACCCCCACCCCCGUUUGCCGUUAAAAUAUAUAUAUAUUUUUUCUUUUUAAACACCCUUUCUAAAACUUAAUUCAGCACGGAGAUUCCCUCGGCACUGCUUACCUUUCCCCGUCCUGCAACAUGGUGACAUGGCCUUUUUCAGCUAUAAUCCAAUUCAAUGGGGACCUGAUGUGCAUUCAAGCAUUUUAUUCAGUACUCUCCUAUGAGCUGUUGUGUCAUGUAGCCGAGUGCCUCUAGUGUCUAUCAGUUUGACGACCACUUGAGAUGUGUCUGAGUCAAAACUGCAUUUUAUUUUACCGUGAUGGCUUUACUGUCCUUUUAAAUUGUGUUGGUGAGAUUAGUGUGCCUGGAGUGUCUCUUUAAAGUUUACUGGCAAUUACAUGAAUCAAAGUAGACCCUUAAAUAGACCCAGCUUUUUCUAAAGAUUAUAUCUUUAAAAAGAAUGUAAUAUAUGAUAUAUUACAUUCAAGCUAGGUAUAUUUAAGGGUCUACUUUGUUUUAUGUAAUUGGCAGUUUUGGCAAUUUUUGGCAAAAGGCGGAGAGCAUUCAUUUCUAACCAACAGUAUGUCCCAAUGACAAACGGGGACAGGCAUCUAAAAUGCAAGAGAUAAAACAUGGAGCAGGAAGAAACAGAUCUAAAGUAAGGAAUGUGAACACAACUGUGGAUAAACACUCAAGUUCUAACUAUGAGAUUGAGUUCACAGUAUUAUAUGAUCUAUAUCCAUCUAGUUUAGAUAAUGCACACACAUUUCAAAAGGUUUUCAAACAAAAUAGAAAACGACAGGCGAAAAAUAUCUUAAUAAAUAGAUAUCUACUUCCCAAGCAGGGAGAGAUUUGCAUGAAACUAUUUCAUUGAACUGUUAUCAUCUUUCUAUCAAAAAUGCAACUAACCCCUUUGUGACAUUAGCCAGUGAUUGAACCACAAAUUACUGAAGUAUUCAUAAAUACCUAAGGCCUUUUUUAAAGUAGUUAUCACUUCUACAACUCCUUGUCUCUGAAAGAUUGCAUUGUGACAAAGCAUCAAACAUUUGCCUUUUCAUGCAGACACUGAACUUUCCUCAUAGAGAUGCAUUGAUUCACUUCAUCUCUAUGAGGAGAUGCUGAUUGGCCAGUGCUUGGUUUGGCUUGUGCUGCCUCUGCCCCUGAUCUGCCUCCUUGACGAGCUCAGUCAAUCCAAUGCUUUCCUAUGGGAAAGCAUUGUGAUUGGCUCAGAACAUCACUUCUGAUGAUGUCAGGCAAGUAAGUAGAUUAGGGGCAGAGUCAGCAGCAGUAAACAGGAAUUAAGGUAAGAUUUUACUAUAUUUAUGGGGUUAUGGGGGGAAGGGGUGCUAUGAGAUAUUUUGUAUACUAUAGGGUCAGGUUCUAAUUUAUUAGAUACAUACAAUUAUUUUUGCAUACACCUUUUAUAAUAAUAUGACAAAAAAUAAAUACAUUUUCAUUGAUUAUGCCACAAUGCACACAUUCAUAUGGUAGAACAUAUUAUGUACAUUAUUAUGUGAACAGUCACAACAUUUACAGAUUAUUACGACAUGUCUAUGACAUACCCCCUUCCUCCCCUUCCCCCCAUCUCAGAAGAGUAAAAUGGCUAUUGUAAAAUCCUUAGUUCCAUAUCCUUGACUAGGAAUAUGUGUUAUAUACAGUCCCUUCACUGGCUUCAUUACAGAUGGCAAAGCAAAAUCUGUAAUUAAUUGGAAGCACGCGUGCAAGUAUGUAGAUAGCCAUACACAUAUCACAAAACGUCCCUGAAAAAUCCAACUUUUUCUACGUCAGCAGUAAUUACAUUGAUUGCUUCCUGUGAGAUGCUUCCGUGAUACUCUGAACAUUGGAACAAGCUUCCUAGUAUCGAGAUGAUUUCUCCAUUCUCUUGAGAUUAUCAUGAAUCCAGAAAGCAAAAGGAAAUUACACACUCUUCAAUUUUUGGAAUAGCAUCAGGGCAAAAUUUCUCAAAACAUCAAGUAAAUAUGACAUACAAAGUGGACAAGAGUUAGGCUUAAAAGUAAACGCUAUGUACAGCUUGAAAAAGCAAAAAGAAGUUUAGUUGCAUACUUAAUUUAUUUCCCCUUGCCAAAAAAUACAAAAUAAUCCAAUACAAAUACAUUACAACAAUGGCAAGAUGAUUUUUCUAUUUGGGACAAGAUGAUGAUAUGAACGUGAUUCUACUAGAGCACACAAAUAAUGUGUAGUAAUAUGUACUGAUUAGUGAAGUAAUUGUUGGAUAAUGAGCUUAAAAUUAUCACCUUGGUUUUUAAUUCAGUUUAACUGUAAUCCAGAUGGAAUUGGCUGGAUUACUCAGUAAGAAAAACCCAUUAUGUAGGAUCCAGCUAAUUUAAAGUAGCUGUUGCUGCCAUGACAAGCUCAGCUCAGUAGAAAACCAUUUCAGUAAGGUUUUGGUCAGAGCACACUAAUUUAAAGUGAAUCUAUAGUCUCGAAUAAAACCACCAAUUGUUAUUUUGUGACUAUAUGUUCUCUUAUAAUAAAGUGAUUUGCUCACUAAAAUUAAGUAAAAUAAAGAUUGCUUACCUCAUUUUUUGGGUCAGGACUCCUCUGUCGCAACCUCUAGCUUCUCCUCCAGUGAUGUCCUCUAAUCCAUUGCGGAAUUGGAACCAGGCAUGCUCGACCGAAAGCAGCACUCUUUCAAUCAAAUGCUAUCAGCAGCAUUUAAUUCCAGAACUGAGUUUCUCUCACUUCUGGAGUAGGAAGCACUUCUCGUGGCCAUCAGGAAGACAGCCACUAGAGGUUUAGUUACACUUUCUAUGAAACUGCUGUGUUUUACAUUGCAGGGUUAAAAUGACAUGACCACUGCACCCAAACCACAUCAUUGAGAGGAAGGGGUCAGAGUGCCUCAAGUGGUCUUUUAACUUGGACAUAGGUUUGAGGUUAGAGCAGGCUUCCUCAAACUCCGGCUCUGCAGAUGUUGCUGAACUACAACUCCCAUGAUUCUAUGAAUGAAAUAGAUAGGCUGAGAAUCAUGGGAGUUGUAGUUCAGCAACAUCUGGAGGGCCGGAGUUUGGGGAAGCCAGGGUUAGAGCUUCAACCUAAGUCUUCAAUGUCCAUUUCAACCCAAAUGAAGCAAAGACCAGGGUGUGUCAACAUAGUCUUUUCUUGACUGUGAAUAAUCACCAUUCUUUUGUGGGCCAUGUUCAUAUUAUCUAGACACACACAUACUUAUAAGGUCACUUCAGUAUCAACAAGUCCUUUGGCCGCCCAACCAUCACUUUUAUCCUACAAACCUGCAAAGUACAGUUGUAUGCUUGUAGGACCUUUGUUUACUACUAUGCCUGGUCUUUCAAUCCCCCCCCCCCUCUUUUUUUUGUUCUUUUAUAUAGUGCACCCAUGGCUCAUAAUCUUAUCUUUACAAAAUAUCUUAUUUCCUCCAUAUUCUUUACCCGUCAUGAUUGCUGCACUAGCUGUCCUUCCAUAACACUCCAUCGUUCACACAUCUAAAUUGCUGCUUUCAUUUCACUCCUUAACAUGCCCUGUUCCACUCAUGCCUGACCCCUUCUGACCAAACUCCAUUGGCUUCCACUAUACUAGAGAUCUGUUUUCAAAUGUAUUAUCCUUGUGAGCAAAGCCAUCUAUAUAACCUUGUCCCUGACUGCCUCUACUCAUUCAUCUGCUGCUAUACCCAGUGGUGUAUCCUGGUUUUGUGCUGCCCUAGGCUCCCUCGCGCGCCGCAGAGUGAGGCUGGGAGCCGGAAUAUGAUGUCAUAUUCCGGCUCCCAGCCUCACUCAGUGGCGCGCGAGGGAGCUGAGCAGACAGCUCAGAGGAAGAGCUCCCUCGUCAGCCGCGCGCGGGCGGCUUUUUUUGCUGCCCCCUGGAAAAUGCCGCCCAAGGCAAAUGCCUUGUUUGCCUCUCGGCUAAAACGUCCCUGACUAUACCCGCUCCAGUCUCUCUACUUCCUAAACUCAACAUCUCUUGCCCAACUACCACACCCAUGUGCUCAUUAUUUAUUCCUUCCUUUGUAAUAACCUCUCUGUCCACAUCCAACCUGCCACCUCUCUUUUUAACAUAAUCUCUUACUGUUCUCUCUCAUUCCAACAUAUAUGUCCAUAUCCGUCUCUCACCAUGCUGUCCGCCUUUGUAACCAUCACGUUGCAUUCUACCUAUGCCGCAUAAAUGGAACUCUUCCCAUUUUGACACUAGGCAGGUGCCCCAGCUAGUUACUACACAACCUGUUUUCUGAUUGGACACGCUUCUCUUCCCCGCCAGCUCUCCCCACCGCCGACUGAAUUGAACAUAGAUAACUUCAAAUGUCCACUCUCUAUCAAUCAGACUUGUUUGUUUUAUGUUUUCUACAUUGCUUACCAUAUUUUCAUUAUAAUCUAUGAGGCUGAACUUGGACACAAGUAUUUGUGUGUAGAGUGUGCCUUUUUUGCAAUUUGAUUAACACAAGUCUUUAUGUGUACAGUGUGACUUUUGUUUUGUAAUUUGUCAAAGUGUCAGUAAAUACAAAUUGACAAUGUAUGAAUUAGUGCUGUACAAUAUUAAUUAUGUCAGCAAAUGUUGAUUUAGUUUUUGUCAUUUUUUUGACAAAAAUGCAGUUUAGUUUUAGUCAUGUUUUAGUCAACUGAAUUGUUUUACUGGACUAAAUGUACAGAAGAUGUAUUUGAUUAAAAUCGAAUGGGUUUAGUUUAAGUGUAAUGCAUUAAUUAAGUAUUUCUCUAGAAUUUGUAAACUUAUUAUAUACUCCUGGCGGAGUAAACAGUGAUUCACCUGUUAUUAUUUGUGGUAUUAUGGUUUGAAUAUGCAAUACAGACACAUAUUUAACUGUUGUGUUGUAACUUUAUUAUUUAUGUUAAAAUUAAAUAAAACCAAGAAACAAAGUAUAGCUAUGCUGUUUCACAAAAGACCAGUAAUUAGAUAGGCAUUGAUUAUAACAAGUUGCAUGCUUCAUUCCUUCAAGCAAAAGUGCAAUUAUAAAAUAUUAAUAACUGGAAAACGGUUUUAACACUUUAACAGUUCUGUGUUAAAUAUAACAAAUAUCAAUUACAUAUAACAUUACAUUUUUUUUUUCAUGUAGAAGUGCAACUCUAGAAUAUUUAGAAGAAAAACUGUACUGGCUGUAAAAUUCCAUUUCACGGAGUACGUGAAUCUGAAUAUAGCAAAAGGAACAUGCAUCCCUUGUUUGACAAUUGUCUUAUUUAAAGGCGUGGUUUCAGUUAACUGAAUACAUUCCUAUACAGUAUACCAUUUUUCUGUCCUAUUUUCUUUUUACUAUGUACAUUUCUUUCCAAUCUGCUAUAUUAUUUUUGGAUGAAGAAUCACUCAUGUUUAUUGAUUGUGUUUCAUAGUUAAAAGUCUAAAUUGAAAGUUAAAUUGCUGGUGGUGUCUCUUAAAUAAUUUUUUUCCCAUAAGUCCUGUAUAUCAAUUAAUACCUUCACUCCAGUGUGUGUGAUUUACUGGAAUGUUUUCAAUUCCUGACUGUUUUGGCAGGGAUAACUGCCCACAUUUGCAUAUUCCUGUAUAUCUCAGGCCUGCAUCAUUGAGCUCAGUAUUAAAUGACCCUCUGGCAGGAGGAAUGUGUGCUUCCAUUAGAAUAAUGUUCAAGUGUUUCCUUUAUCUCUGUUUAUAAAAGGAAAGGAUGAAUACAAACCAUAUCAGACUUCAGCAUUUCCUUUAUUGCCAAAUCUGGAAGAGGCUCUGUAUGUUGAAAUGGAAACAAAUGAUUACGUUUACUGAUUCCAAUAUUUAUCAAAUCUAUAUUCGGGAGGUGUGAAAAAUAAACCAUGAAAAUGUAGAAAUAAACACCUCUUUAUGGGUGCCUCAAUUUAGCUCCCUGUUAUACAUUGUUUUUACCCUAUCCUUUGCACCUGGCAGGUAUUCCGCAUAGAGAGGAAGUACAUGGGGAACGGGAGAAAUUCCUUCCUAAUUUGCAAUAUCUGCCCUGUCUGUGCCUGGAUUAAACUGGAUCAGACAGGCAUGAUAUAAUUGCUCUAUAUUGCAGAUGGUAAAACAAACAUUAAACAUUUACGUUUGAGUAAUCAUAUAUUUAAUAAGUUGUAAUAUAGUUGGAUAGUGUAAUAAACACAAAUGUAUACAGUUUUAGUGGUAAUUGGUGUGUAGCAAUUGGUGUCCUGUUAAAUUUCAUAUCGACUUGCUUUGAAUAACAAUGGUGUACAGAGAGGACUUAACUGUGAAAGUGAUUUCAGAUCUAAUGGGUGUUACCACCCCCACCAUACAAAGAUAAACACCAAAAGACGAAAAAGAUUUCAGAUCUAAUGGGUGUUAAACCAUUAAACUGUGAAAGUAUAUGACACAUUUUAUGUUGCUCUAACAAAUGGUUUCAUAAAGAUUAGAAAACAGCAUUUAAGUAAUUCCAAGCAAUGCAAUAUGGACAUCAAACUGUGUGACCAAUUAUUUUCCCUUGGACGAAUCUGAAUCUAGGUCACAAUAUAUGUUGACCCAACAAAUUGCAGGUCUGUAGCAUAUGCAAUUAUGGAGAAGGGGAUUUUUUUUUUUUUUUUAUUAUAUUUGUUUAGAGGAACAGUGUGGACACUAUAUCAGCUUAAUUAAAAUGAAGCUAUUAUGACAAUAGGAAGUGCCUUGCUCACCUUUAGGUGUUAAACUGUUCUCUAUUAUUUAACCCCAAAGUCUGUUUUCCGCUACGGGAUCUCUCUGCCCCUCUAUCCUUCCGCUUGAUCUGGUAAUUGGUGGGCUGAUUGGCUGAGAGUGGUUUGCUGACGCUCUCAGCCAAUCAGUUGGCUCUCCAUUCCUAAUCGGGCUUGAAAAAGGUAUGUUCUCAGCCAAUCAGAGCUUCCCCUGCCAAUAUUGCCCAAGUCUUCUAGUUUACAGAAUUUGAGCAAGCAGAAGGACAGAUGGACCGAGAGAUCCACCACUGGAACACAUACUGUGGAGUUAAACUGUUUGAGAAUUAUUUAAUCCCUAAAGGUGAGCCAAUGCCAGGGACAACUUCAUUUUGAUUCCUUUAAGAAGAAGAAUCCACUUGGUUAUAGGAAGAACACAGAUGUUAUGCUUGUUCUACACGUAUUCCUUUUUUUUUCAUUUAAUUUAAAGACGCUCUCCAUUUUUUUUCUUCCAGUCACCCAGUGAUGACCUCCGUUCACUCGCCCUAUCUGGUCAUGUGGGAUUUGACAGCCUUCCUGAUCAACUGGUAAACAAAUCCACCUCCCAAGGCUUCUGUUUCAAUAUACUGUGUGUUGGUAAGUAAUUGUAUUAUUCCUUCUCUUUGAUUGCAACAUCCUCUUAUUUUGUGAAAAUUGUGAAAAAAGAGCAAUGGUGUCUGAAGUCAGUUUAGAGGGUUUUUUUUAGUGACAUUCACAUUUUACAAACCUUUUCAAAGAUCUGUUGGUUGCAUUCCAAGAAAAGAAAAAUCCUAUUAUUAAUAAUUAUAAUUAUUAACAUGCGCAAAAUUGAAAACCAAACUACAAUAUUUAGACAAGAAUAGCAUAGUUGGAGAUUUUAAUUAUAUGACAUAAAAGGAGGCUCAAAUUUGCAUUCUUUGUUUACUGUACCUCUGUAUAGUAGCAGAACUAAACAGAAACAAAUAGUCAAAACAAAGAGAUAUAAAUGAAAGACAGUGUCACUGAGCUCACGUCAUCUUUCUUUGCUGCACACAUCCUGAAUCAGAUCAGAGUAUGAUUUCAUUUUCCACACUACUACUAGUUGUUCUGGUGACUAUAGUUUCCCUUUAACCUUGUCCUGACUCCAUGCCAUCUACUGAUAACCUACAGGCUAUGAUUAAUGUUCCGCCUCUGAAGUUCAAGGGGUAUCCAGACUGUCCUCAGUUGAGGAGGACCACAGUUGCCCAUCUGACAUAUUUUGGGUGGAUGACUGGCAAGCAGAAAGUUCAGUUAAUAAUGAUUAAAUUGGGCCGGACAGUAAGUCCAAAUUUACUAAAGAAUCCUUUACUGGUGAGCCCCAUUCUAAAGACCAUCCGUUUAGGAGACUUUGCAUGUCCAAGAAAAUUAGAAAAUGUUAGAUUCGGCAGGCAACGCCAUGUUUGAUCUACGCGCUAUUAGACACCCGAACUCGCCAAAGUGGUAUCCACUGGCCCAUGUUGCUAAAUUCUUGCAUCGUUGGUUACACCACCCACUAGAUAACAAGAUUAGAACCUGACUUAGAAACAAAUGUCCAUGUUCGAUCUUCCUGGAUAAAGUGGCGUUCACACCCAAGGUUGACCCUACUGUGGUCACCAUUGUGACACGUGCAGGCACGAGACCCCAGAAAGGGGAUCGAAAGGGGCUUAAAUUAGCCCAAGACAAAUUACUAAACUCUACAGGCCUAAUGGCUCAAAUCUUAUACGUAUCAGAUGCCUCUUUAUCUAUUGGCACUGCUUUAGAUGCCCAUGCUGUCAAGGAAUGGGCUCAACGGUGCUUUUGAAUUUAGGGCAAUGCUAGCCUAGCACUCUCUACUGAGAGGCGCAAAGCUGUUUUGUUGUGCAUUGUUCCAAAGUUAGCAGAAUUGUGUUCCAGAGAACAAUGCCCACAAGCACGCUGUGAGCUUUUUGGAGAACUCUUUUUAAAAGAGCUUGAAAAACAUGUUAAUAUAUUUUCUACAUUAAAUAAAGCCUGAACAUCCCUAAGAAAAGUUUUUGGGCCCAUACUGGAGUGGAGUGUUUUUGGUAUGGCUGGUUGCCCACCUGACUAGGUCUCAUCACCAGGCAAUUUUGGUCUGCAAACCCCAGAGAUUAUCAGCCUCCUAGCUUCUACCCAGACACCUCAACAAAGUCACAGGUUUCCAGUGUGGACAUGGCUCACGAGGAGAUGGGCGGUCCAAGUUCCACUCUGGUGAGUUUUCAUGCUUUAAACUUUUCUCCCCCUCUAUUACAUGCAGUAAAACUCUAAUUUUUUUGCAGAACUGGACAACCUUAUUGACUGAUUUCUGUAUACUCCUGACAGUUCAGGGAAAUACAAUCAAUUAUUAUACUGCUUCAUUAAGCUAAAGUUGCUUUGAUGCCUAUACCCUUAUGGUUAUGGAAAAUUGUAGAGUAUUAUUGCUAUUAGUGACAAAAUAAUCUUAAUUUUAAUAGUGACAGGAGGUGAAUAUUUCCCACCCCAUAGUAGUUACGGCUAUGUUAUGUUGUUCUUGACUGUAUAUGUUUUCAUUCAAGCUCAAAAUCAUGUAUUUACCAACGUAAUGAUAUCAUUAUUAUGUUGUGUAUAUCUUCAACUGUAUUACUCUAGUUAGGUUAAGUUUGCCUGUUUCAUUAUAUCUCUAAUAUUUGGAGUUAGUAUUUAUUUACAAGAUACAUAUUAGUUUACCUGCCAGCCUGGUCCUCUUUUUCGUUCUUCUUUUUCUUCUAGUGUGUUACCUUGUUUGGUGUGUUUUUUUCAGUUUCCCACUUCAUAAGAUAUUCUUGUUAUUUGGACUUGACCGUCUUGUAUUCCACUUGCUCACAACAAAGAAAGAGGAAGUGACCUCAGUAAAACUGGCUUUUAUUGACAUCUCUUUUUUUAUUUUCUGUAAUUGAUUAUGUUUGCUAUAUUGCUAUAUUGAGGUGCAGUAAAGAAGGUAUGUAAAUAGUAUCCCCUUGAGGUACAAAUGAGUUCCAAAAGCAGCAUAAUUUGCGUUUUAGUGAUUAUUCCUCUUUUCCUACUUUUGACAAGCCACCUAUACCCCUGCAAGCUUUUAACUUUUUAGACAAAUGGGGGUAGAUUUACCAAAAAGUUCCAAAAAGUGAUCUAAAGUAUUAAAAGUGGGUAGAAUACCGUGGAGACCACUUUAAACCAGCAGAUACAUUAAACUUUAACAUUGUUGCACCAGUGUUUUGAAAACACUUUGAUAAAUCUCCCCUAAUAUGUUGUGGUGCUGUCUUUAAGUAUGAUACAGGAUUGAAGUGGUUAUGGUAUCUGGAGUCUGCGGGAGGCAGGUCCCACGUUACUACUGAAUAGUUUAAUCAGUAGAGAUUCUUGGUUCCUAGCAUGGUUCCUGGCAUGCCGUACCAGUUCAUAUCAGCGAUUGGAGCAGUGAUUGGUUGAGAGUGCCCAGUUGGCACUCUGAACCAAUCACAGCCAUAGCCACUUUAAUCCAGUGAAUUUUAUGGUACCUACAUUUAAAGAUUAAUAGCAGUAAAAACAGGGGUGCAUCUUUGCAGAUACACACAGAUUUAUUAUGUCAGAUAAUAAGGCCACAGAGAUGUACACAUGACUUAAUUCUUUACAAUGGCUCCAGCUUCCCGCAAAAUGACUUUUGGUCACAAGUAGGCAGGAUAUUACUGGUGGCUGUUACUUUCUUGGGUGAGUGUUGUCGAUGUUUCAAAUUGCACACUGGAUCUAAAUUGUGUCCCCUAUAACGAUUACAUAUCAAAGUAACUAAUCAACCUAGGCAGCACGCGUGUUUCAUUGUUUGUACAAUUGCACAGACCAGGGGUAGGCAAUCUUCGUCACUUCAGAUUUUGUGGACUACGUAUCUCCUGAUGCUUUGCCAGCAAUAUGUCUGUAAGACCAUUAUGGGAGGUAGUGUACAUCACCUGAAGUGCCGAAGGUUGCUUACUUCCGGCGUAGAUCUUUCAAAGUUUUACAAAAUUGUCAUUAACAAACAUUAACGCUACUUGUACUAUGUGUCAUACUCUGUGAAUUAAAGGGGGUCCCUGUCAUCCUAGCAAAAUCUACAUUAAUAUUUAAUUAUUAAUAUUUACAAAUUCCUGUUAGUGCAACAGGUUCACCCCUGAGGUCUCAGGCUAAUAAUAAAUAUUAGUAAAAAAAAUAAAUCACUUUUUGCAUUUAAUUAUAUUUUUCCACUGGGCUAUAUAUAUAUAGAAACAACUUGUAAAAGCUGUAAAUCUGUUUUCUGAAGCCUUUGCAAACCAUUCCCUUCUAAGCCCACCCAGACUUUCUGUGACUAUUCAAUCACAGACUUUCUAAUGCAGCUCAAUGAUAGGUCUUUGGAAUGCAGGUGCUUUGAGCAAUUGCUGCCUACUGAGUUUAGCUCCACUGAGGUAACCAAACCAGGAAGUAACAGGACCUGUUGUGUGACUGACAAUGAGGGGGUGGUACAAGACUAAUUUAUAAAAGUACCGAUUUCUACUGCAAUUUGAAAGAGCAGACACACUCUUCACACAUAAAGCACUUCAGCAAGUUAAAGUGCCUUAUGUGUUCAGUAUUUCUUUAAUUGCCAGUCAUCCAAUGCAUUUCUCUCUGCAGGAGAAACUAUGGUAAUUAAUGACCAUUCUCAUUCAUAAAUGAUUACCCUCCUUUUUAGUUUAUGAAAUUAAAGAUGGGGGUGAUGGAACAGAAACCCCUUUUUUGUUUGUUUUAUUUUUGUUUGUUUUUGAGAUUGAAGAUUUCCUUUUUUUUUUUUUUUUUUUUGGGUGAAUGCAUCCUCAGUUUAUGUUUCUAUGAGACUGGAGGAUUGUAUUCAGUACAUGUUAGAUUGUAGUGAAUUAAAAACUAAAUAUCAACAUUUAAGACUAAAUAGAUUAUUUAAAAAAAUAUACUCUCACACAUCUAUAGUUUGUCUUUUUUAGACUAAAAUGUGCAAUUCAAUUUUAAAUUCACUGCAAUCCACCAUUUAGUCAUUAAACCCCUACGAUAUUUUAGUCUUAGGAGCACAUGUUAUCAAUUCAGGGAGGAUUUUAUGAUUGCUUAAAAGAUGAGUAAAACAUGCAUGUUCGGUGAAUCUGAGCUUGUGUGCAGAAAUCACCUAGUUUUAGCUACAAACAAGAUGGCUGACUAGUGUGUUUCUAAGUAAGCACGUGCAACGCAUUUUUAGCACUCAUUUUAGGACAGUGAGCCAAUGUAGGAAUGGCAGGAACUUGCUCUGUUUAUAUGUUUUGCUUAAUAUUUUUAUAAUUACUCGCAAACAUGGUUAUUUCGUUUAAAGCUCACAUCUGGCUGGGAAAAAAACUAUUACAUGUUCCAUCUGCUAGUGCUUGUGUACAGGAACUAGAUUAUGAAGGUCACAACACAGCUAUUUCAUGGUCGCUAGAUGUGUUUUUCUCUCAUGUAGUGCAGUAUCUUGAAGAUGAUUGCACAAGAGAAGAUAAAGGGUUAGUAAUCAGAUUUACUAAUUUUUGGGAUUAACAGGUUUCCAGUCUCACAAAGGCCUAUUACAUAUGGAAUGUAUACUUCUUAAACAAUUCCAUUUGAGAAAUACACUCAUCCCAAAUGUCCCUAUUUUGAACCCAAAUCCCCCUGUCCAUCUUUUCUGUCCUAAACUCCCUCUUUUCUAGGAGCUCCUUUUAAUUUGUGUGAUAGCAAUAAUGCUCACGAUAAUAUGUUUAGAAAUCAGCCUGUGUACGUAAGACACAUUGUUCUUGUUCUAAAUUAAUUUUUAGUUAUCAUAUGACAUUUAAUUGUUAUUUGUAAGUCACCAAAUAUUUGUCAGAACAGUUGUGCCUCUGGCCACACUCCCACUCCCGCCCUUAACAGUGGCCUUCUUUGUCGAUUGGAAAUGUGGGGAGGUAUGAAAAUAACCCCUAUAAAGAUUGUGAAGUGUCCGAGGGGUAUAUAUAUAGAGAGAGGGAGAAAGAGAGAGAACAGAGACGAUUAUAUGAUAUAUGAUAGGGCAGCUAUGCACAGGGCCGCCAUUAUAUAUAUGUGUGUGUGUGUGUGUGUGUGUGUGUGUAUAUAUAUAUAUAUACAGGGCCGGCCUUAGGGGUGUGCGAGCUGUGCGACCGCACAGGGCGCCAUGGAACAGGGGGCGCCCUGUGGCCGACACAGCUCACUCAUGGCCGGAGUGCAGGGGAGCUAAAAGAGGUACCUGGCUGGAGGAUUAAUUAUUCUCCACCCGGGUCUAUUUAAAAAAAAAAAAAAAAUCGCGGCAGAGGGGGCGGGGUUUACCGAGCGGCGGAGGCGGGGCUUAUCGAGAGGCGGAGACGGGGCUAAUACCUCCCGAAGCCCCUGCUGUACAGGAAGAGGGAAAGAUGCUUCCCCAUCAGCCAACUGCAUCCACUGGAAAGAGGUAAGUGUGUGUGUGUGACUGUUUGCCUGUUUGUGUGACUGUCUGUGUGUGUGUGUGACUGUCUGUGUGACUGUUUGCCUGUUUGUGUGACUGUCUGUCUGUGUGUGUGUGUGACUGUCUGUCUGUGUGACUGCCUGUCCUUGUGUGUGUGUGUGUGUGUGACUGUCUGUCUCUGUGUGUGUGUGUGACUGUCUCUGUGUGUGACUGCCUGCCUGUGUGUGACUGUCUGUGUGUGUGACUGUCUGUCUGUGUGACUGCCCAUGUAUGUGACUGCCUGUGUGUGUGACUGUCUGUCUGUGUGACUGCCCGUGUGUGUGACUGCCCGUGUGUGUGACUGCCUGUGUGUGUGAGACUGUCUGUCUGUGUGACUGUCUGUGUGUGUGACUGUCUGUGUGUGUGACUGUCUGUGUGUGUGACUGUCUGUCUGUGUAUGUGACUGCCUGUGUGUGUGACUGCCUGCCUGCCUGUGUGUGUCUGUCUGUAUCUGUCUGUGUGUGACUGCCUGCCUGUGUGUGUGACUUUCUAUCUGUGUGACUGCCUGCCUGUGUGUGUGACUUUCUAUCUGUGUGACUGCCUGCCUGUGUGUGUAUAACUGUCUAUGUGUGUGUUACUGUGUGUCUGUGUGUGUGUGUGACUGCCUAUGUGACUGUCUGUCUGUGUGUGUCGCUGUAGCUGUGCCAUUGUUUGUGCCUGUGCGUGUAUGUGUGACUGCCUUUAACUGAGUGUGUGUGUACAUGCCUGUAACCGAGUUUAAAUUUCCCCCACCCCUUCCUGUCAAGGCCGCACUUUGACUGACAGACGCUCACUCACUGACAGACGCACACUCACUGACAGACACACACUCUCAUAUACACUGACAAACAAUGACAUACACACAUACACUAUUACUUGGACACACACUGACAGAUGCACACUCUCACUGACAGACGCAAGCACUCACUGAAAGAUGCACGACUCCACUGACCGACACAUACACACUGACUGACACACACUCACUGACCGACACACACUCACUGACCUACACACUCACUGACCGACACACACUCACUGACCGACACACACUCACUGACCGACACACACUCACUGACCACACAUACACACUCACUGACGACACAUACACACUCACUGACCCAUACACACUCACUGACCGACACACACUCACUGACCACACAUACACACUCACUGACCACACAUACACACUCACUGACGACACAUACACACUCACUGACGACACAUACACACUCACUGACUGACACAUGCACACUCACUGACUGACACAUACACUCACUGACCAACACACACAUUCACUCACAGACACACACAAUUACACACUUACAGACACACACACACACACACACACACAUUCACUUCAAAAUAAACACUCACAGACACACACACAGACAUUUCCACUAACACUCACAAACUAAUAUUUUUUACAUUUAUUUUAAAUCCACCCAGCCUCCCUGGGAAAGCUGGAGUGGAUUUCUUACCAGCAGUCCAGUGUGGCUGCUGGACAGGCAGGCAGGCAGGGGGCGCACAGGCUGAGUAAGCAGCGCUUAGUGAUGCCGGGAGCCGGACUGACGUCAUAUUCUGGCUCCCGGCUUCAUUAAGCGGCGCAGAGGAAGCUGAGCAGGAAGAGCUCAGGUGAGUAUGCUCCUUCGCUGCCCGCUGCCAGCCUUGGGGGGGCUCAAAAGUGGCCAGCCGGUCAGCUCUUGAGCCCCCCAGGAUGCGAGGCAAGCAAGGGAUCUGCCUGGGGGUUUGGAGGGAUGCUUUUUUUUGCCGCCCCCUGCAAAGUGGCGCCCAAGGCAGAUGCCUUGUUUGCCUCGUGAUACACACGUCCCCGGUGCUUGUGUGUGUUACUGUAUUCAGGCAACUUGGUGGGAGGUGGGGGGGGGCGCCGUGAAGACUUUUUGCACAGGGCGCCUAAUUGCCUAAGGCCGGCCCUGUAUAUAUAUAUAUAUAUAUAUAUGCCAAAAACAACUCUGUUAGAAAAGAACUGCAUUUUAAGCUCUGUAUCUCAAUUACCUAAAGCCAUAGCUAAUUAGGUAAUUCUCACCUUUAUGUCUGCACCUUAAUCUUCUUACAGCAUUCAAGUGGUAUUAAGCUAAUGAAGCAGUACACUAAGCACCCUUUAGUCUAUAGUCCCAUUACUAGGAUCACUAGUAGUGCAUUGUAGAGAAAAAUACAACUUUUAUAUAGGGAUAUGUAAAUAAGGAUCUCCAUGAUAACUUUUAAUCUCUGUUAUCUGUUUUAAUACUUGGUUCUUCAAAGCUUGGAAACAGCAGUGCAGAGGGAAGAGAACCCACCCAUGAACACAUUUUUUGAGAAUUAUAACUGUGAUUCAUUCCAGGCAAAUGUCAUUGUGGAGUUGGCAUAAUAUAUAUACAACAUUUAACAGCAUAAGAAAUGAAGAAUACAAUUGUGAACAUCGCAGAAAAGACAGAAGAGUUUUUCCCCUAUACAUUUUAAAAGAAUGCUGCAGCUAAGCAAUCCGAGUAGUGUUAUUCUAAUUAAGCAGUUAAUUAACUUUAACCCCUUCCUUUGCAUACACUUAGUAAAUCAGCCAACAUUGUGUUCUCAGGUCUAUACAUCUUGCUUGAAGCUCUAACUGAAAGUGAUCUCUAUAGGUAAUCUUUGUAAUGACAGACUAUUCUUCAGCAUUUUCUGUUUGUUUUUCCAGGUGAAACAGGCAUUGGAAAAUCAACACUAAUGGACACGAUAUUCAACACAAAAUUUGAAAGUGAACCAGUGUCUCACAGCGAGCCAGGUGUCCGGUUAAAAGCUAGAAGUUACGAGCUUCAGGAGAGCAAUGUGCGCCUUAAGUUAACCAUAGUCGACACUGUGGGCUUUGGUGAUCAGAUCAAUAAAGAUGACAGGUACAGUCCAAGAAAUUGGUGUGGCAUUUAAUAAUCAAUGCAAUACAUACAAUACAGUUUGCAGGAAAUGUGCUUGUUAAAUGUGCAUGCAGACAAAAACAAGUCAAGUAUUGUCUCUCGUAAAUCUUCCAAAUUCUUUUACGUUAGAUGUCGCGCAUGUGAUGCCUGUUUUGGUAUGGUAGAUGAUCAGACACAGGGGUGUGAGAUGGCUGGAAAAGUUAGACCAUGGGAAAAGAGUAAUGUACCUUAUGAGAGAGAAUGUAUCUGAAAGUAAACAGGCUUGCAGUGAGAGCCGAAGGAGUGUUUGAAAACGAGAUACGAACAAUCCAUUGUCACUAAAAGAGGCUCAUAGUGAUACACUGCCAAAACGUACAUGGAAACAGGAGCUCCGGAUAUAUAGAUCUAGGUAGAACUCAAAUUUGGAUCAGCCACAGAUGGUCCUCAGUUGUUGUUGGCAUAAAAAUAAAGAUGAUGGGACUGAUAAAUAAAUAUCUGGUCUUUGUAACAGACGGAUACUUAUAUCUGGGGGGAAAUUAGCUGAACCUGUGUUUCGUAUUAAAAAAAAAAAAAGCAAUAUGUCUGUUUUUGGCUGCUGCAAGCGAUCAUAAUUUAAAGGCACACUGCCUAUUUUCUAAAGGCUUAUCUUGAAUGACUUGUAAUUUAAAAGUUCAUAUGAAAGCUCUCAGUCAUUAGUCCAUUUGCAAUAGCACUUGUCUAAAGACAGAUGUUUAUGGAGUCAGGUUGAUCAUGCUGUUUCUACUUAUUAAUGGCUACUUAAAGGAAUGGCAUCAUGAGAGCAUGGUCUAUGUAUUGUAAAAGAGUUUUUAUAUUAACUUAGAUGUACAUGUUCAUAAAAUAAUAAGUUCUGAAUAGUUCUUUUUUACAGGUCCGUGAACUCUACUAAAAAUGACAUUUAAAAAAUAAAAAGUGUGUUCUCUAUUGUUGUUAACAAUAUGAAGGUUACAUCUAAUCUGCAAACUCUAUAUAGACAUAUAUUUUGUCUUCAAGUUUCCCUAUCAACCACUGACCAUAAGCUGAACAUCUCUUGCAAAGAGUUGGACCAGUAACAGCUCACAUUCUACAUAUCUAAGUCAGGGUCUAGUCAAAGCAGACAGGGCUUGACAAACAUGGUACCCCAUGUCUGACAAAUGAAACCUUGUAAUAUCCAUUGCAUAAACAGGCACUCUAGUUUCAAUCUUUCUUUAUUGUUCUGAAUCGAUUUAUACAUGUAUUGUAAUAUGAACAGAAUAUUUAAAAAAAACACAGAUUAGAAGUUAUGCAGUUGACUUCUUGCAUGACAUUUUGCUUUGGAAAAUGCUGAAAAGAAAGUCAAAUAUUUCAUUACACAUUUAAAACAAUCAAGAAAUAAACUAAACUAAUCUAAAUUAAAUAUUAUCUCUUCUAAACAUCCUGUGCAAUUGUAAACAGGCGCUCUAAUGACCACAACUACUACAGUCCAUUCUAGUGGUUAUGGCGCUGUCAGGAUAUUGCUAUGUUUUUGAGGAAUUUGACACAAACCAAUGCUCCCUAGGGCAGCAAAGGCUCAGCAAUGAUCAGCUGUGUGAGUUUUCAGAUUGGCUUAGCUAGUCUUUGUCCUGAAUGACUGAAUUGAUAUUGCUAAUUCUGAAGUGUAACUACAGAAGUUGCAAUAUGGCGAGCAAGGGACCAAGCAGUAGGGCCUUGCAUGACCCUAGGUGUGAUCUGGGGUAUGGAGUCUAUAGUCUAUUAACACUGUAACCAAUACAAUGAGAUGUAGUAUAUAUGGUGCUCCUGAAAGAGGCAUCCUGGGAUCCUACACAUGUCAUGUGCAAUAUGUAGAUUAGCAGAAUGUUGAAGCAUUGCUAUAUAAAGUUAAGUGAUCAUGGUGAUUGGCUGAGUCAGUACAUGGUGUGGGCAAACUCACUACUGCACCUGCAAAACAGGAAUUCCAUGAGUAUCCUUUUUUUUCUCAUUAUUUACUGUUUUUGUGUAUGUUUUAGUGUUAUACUUAACAUAGCAGAGCCAUAUAGAGUACAUGUAGCAUAUGUUUUAUUAUAUAGCACAGAGAGAUUCCUAAGGGCUAAACUUCACGAGACCUAAUGUGACAGAGGCAAGGAAUAUUUGAUACAUUUCCCAUGCAAGGCUUUUAAAGCUGUAAAAUAGAGGAUAUACAGAGAAGCAAGGAAAUCGAAUUAUGCCAUGUCAUCAAAUGGGUUAAAUACUGCUUUUCUUCCAAGAAUCUGUGUGAAAGUUCCCUUAGGCGGAUAGCUCAUUUGUUUAUAUAGUGUGUGAGUGUGUGGUGAAUCCACAUUCCGAUAUCCAGCUGACACAAACAAUCAGGAAUUCUGCGUUAAUAUUGGAAUAUCUUUACGCAUAAAAGAAGCUCCUGCCUUUGGUGACCCAUUAUCCCAGAGCUGUUUCCAUGUAUGGGCAAAAUGAUAGCGGAGCUCCACAUCAAUCAUAAAGUGUGCUUUCAUGGUACGUUCCCCCGGGACUACGCCUGCUGAAAUAAAGGGCCCAUAAGGAAGUCUGGACAGGAAAAGGCAAAUAUUUCACAGCUAUCCUACAUGUCAAUUUUGUUGCACUAGUUAAAUUUAGCUGAAGGGUUUUUCACAAAGCCUGCCUCUGCUUUAAAGUGAGAGGAGAUUGUAUCAGUUCUUCUAAUGACUUGGUAGGAAAUUAAUUGUGCUUUUCUUGCUCUUACUCUGUCCACUAAGGGUAUAGCUAUACAAUGAACAAAAACAGAGAAUAUGAAAACUCAGACAGACUCAGUAGCUUGCCUUUUGGUUAGUCCCCGCUCAGGUCUCAAAAAUGUUUGCUCACUCGUGCCAUUACAAAGAGAAUCUAUACCAUUUGUAUAUCAGACUGAUUCCACCCGUAAAGACAGUCCAGAACCGAAAUACCAUCAAAUCCUCUCAACAUGAGAAAUACAGCAACUCCGGACUAAUGUUUCUGCCUUUUUUGGGCCUUGUCAGCGAGGUGUAGCUUAUACGUCUCUAGGCACAGUGAGCACCCUGUUUUUUGCUAUCCCUAUAGAUACAGUGAUUAUUCAUUAAUUGAAGAAUAAAUGGCAGCUUAUAGACAUUACUACUAAUAAAACAUUUUUGUUUUUUUUAAUGCCCCCUUUUUACUGUUUGUAAUUACACUAAUCAAAUUGAACAUAUUUUAAGAGAUUUGCCUGAGCCUAUUCUUAAAUGGACACUCUACAGAAAUAAAAACAAAACAUUUAGUAGACAUACCCCGUCUUCAGCAUUUUUUGCAUAUUUUUGUGAAGGGUAUGAAAAUAAUUGAAUACGUAAAAAGCAAGACUGAGACAUGAUACAAUAAAUGCACGAGCCAUAAUAUGCCAAGUAUGGAAAACAAAGAGCAUAAUAACUGCUUAAAAAUGCACCUACUUAGAGAAAUAAUGCAAUAAUCACAGUGAUGUCCUCCCUUAUAGCUUUUGUGACACAACAUCUAAUUCUGGCUGCUGUUACUUUAUUUCAGCUACAGGCCCAUAGUCGAAUAUAUCGAUGCCCAGUUUGAAGCCUAUCUGCAGGAAGAGCUCAAGAUCAAGAGGUCGCUGUUCAAUUAUCACGAUACAAGGAUUCACGCCUGCCUUUAUUUCAUAGCACCCACUGGGCACUCAUUGAAAUCUCUCGACCUGGUCACCAUGAAGAAGCUUGACAGUAAGGUACUUGCUGACUCUUACCAAAAUAACACGUUCUGUCUUUUUAUUAAUGUCUUUUCCAUUAGUGCUUACUACAGGAGAAAUAAAUUAAAGCAGUGCCAUAAUUUGUUAAUAAACCCCCACACCUUAGUGUGGCGAAAGAAAAUUGGGUGUGGAAUGUUUUUUGUUUUUUCUUGUGCUAGUGUAAUUAAUUAGUGUAGGACUCUGACGAAAAAGUGUUUUGAAGACUGGUAAAUUUUUUUAUCAAGUUUGUUAUUACAUGUAAUGUAGUAACCAUUCAAACCUCACAUACUUGAUUCAAUGUUGGGCUACAGCUGUCAAGCUUGUCAUUUACCCCAGACAUCAUCAGUGAUGGCUGUGGGUUAAAAAAGCUCUUCCCGUGGAGGGACUCGUGGAAUUCUCCGUAGACCUCAAUGCAGAUGGUGACUGAGCUGCUUUAAUUUGGCAGAGCACUAAAAGAGGCUUGUCUGUCCCUGUUACUGUUUGUCUAACUCCUACAGUUUCUACUUUUUUUCCAAUAAGCAAAGUUCUGAACUUUUACCAAGUACCAAGUUACCACAUGUAACAAUAAAUGUUAUUUACAAUCAAUUAAGUGAAGAACUCUAGCAUUGUUACCAUUAUGUGGGCAUCUUGCCCAGAAUUAAUUGGCAGUAUUAGAAAGUACGUUGUAUUCUUUGAUUUUUGUAAAAAGUUACUGACAAAGCUUCAUUGCACAGCAACAGUGUAACCUACUUCCAAAAAUGCAUAGUAAGUAUUGCCUAUUUUUGAUUAAUUAUCCAGUUUAGAAGGUGGAAGUUAACACAUGUAGGCCAAUUUGGAAAGAGGAACACUUCAUUUUGUUGUGCGUGUGUAUUAGUCAGUAAUUUCUCAAAAAUACUUGCUUUCAACUUCAUUACGUUCUGGGAAUCAUCCGCCCUCAAAUUUAUCUUUAAGUCCUUUCUCCACGUAAAAGGAUAAUUGUAACCUCAAAACUAUUUUAUAAUAUAAUAGUCCUUUUACAUGGUUUUGAAAUGAAAUGUUUUUAUUUUUUUUUAAAUCUCACAAAAAUGAGAAAAACUCGUCCCAACCUUUAUUAUAUUACAGGAUCCUUCCGCCAUACAUAUACCUUGGGUCACACUGUUUGAAAACUGACAGUUAGUCUCUAUGGUCCUCCCUAUUUCUGUGCAGGGAAAAUCAUAGAGACUAACUGUCGAUUUUCGAACAUUGUCUGACCCAAGGUGUAUGUAUAUGGCUGAAGGAUCUUGUCAUAUAAUAAAGGUUGGGAUGGGUUUUUCUCAUUAUUUAACAUAUAUAUUUAUUUGAAAAAAUCAGUUCCCUUUGAAAAUGAUAUGGUUAUUUUGUUUAAAAAGUGGUUUCGGGGUGGGGGGCGGGACCUGACAGCCAUCCGAGUAGGUCGCACUCAACUUGAGCUCCUCAGCAUUAUCCUGAAAAACUGCUGAUUUGCCUGCAAACUCACCCAAUUUCCUACAUGGACAGCUACUAUAUGACUAAGAGAGCACUAAUAGCUGCAAACCACACCAGACAAAGGAGGCGGCCGACCCUCUGCCGGCACACAAACCUGGCUGGCACAUAAUCCUCCCCCUUCCUGCUAGGGCAACUUACCUCCCCACUACAUCUGUCUUCCAGCCUGAAGAUCCAGGGCCCAUGUGGUGAGUCCAUAAUGGCCUCCGCACUGGAGCCUCAGUCAGACCAGCCAAACACAGAGAGCUGGGAUUGGAAGAAAUGCUUAGAGGCAAGAUUUGAUGAGGUCUGUAAAAGGUUCUGGAGCCGACUAAACAGCAGACUUCCGGCAUAUACUACACGAGAAACGCCGGAGGUACAGGUGAUUGAGCCGGCCUGCCGCACCGCUUCUGGGCUGGCAGCCCAUAGGGAGUCGCAUCACCCCUGCCAUCCACCUGCCCAGAGGGCUCUUCACACUAAGGAGAUCCCGAAGGCUCAUGAUUACCUCAUCAAGGCCUGUGCUCUUGGCGACAAGCAUUUCUGGCGCUUCUGGACUUACCUGGCUAUUUCAGGACUCACUCUGAAACAAAUGGAGAGGUCUUCUAAAGAGCUGGUGGCAUCGAGAGAGUUAAUCCUGGAGGGUGCUAUGAAAUGUGAAAUGUCAACUCCUAUCUACUAUGCUUGAGAGCCUGAGGCAUCGAUCCCCAACCAUGGACAGUGCUCUGCCCGUUGUGGGCAUAGGGUGAACAGGGACACUAAGUCCGAACUAUAGAGAGCAUUGAGGUCAUCUCCCCAGCUGCUGCCUUAUUCACACACAGCAUCUAAGAUCCUUUUUACAUCUAUCCCCUGUCACUGUCAGGAUUACCAAAUGAUCCAGCACGUAGAAUUGUGUAACAUAGAGGACUGAUAGGUUACGUAUACCGGACCAUAGAAUGGCCGGACUAACGUACCAAAGUAUAGUCAGGAAUAGCCGAGGUAAAGGGAAACAGAAAGAGACACAACGAUAAGGAAAAGCCAGGAGUCAGGGACGCCAGAAAACAGGGAAGUCAAAAACAAUGCCAAAGUCAAAUAACCAGAAUUACCAGAAUCAAAUAACACGCUCUCGGUCAACCACAAGGGAAACCACGACAGGGCACUGAGCAGGAUGAGAACUGGGCCUAAAUACCCCUCCUCUAGAUCUGAUAGGCUGUAACCAGCCUUUGACCCCAAAGGCAGUUACAAGGUUGCCAUUUGCAUAAUUGCUACUCAGCAUUAACCCUUCUAUGGGUUUGGUUGCUUCUCGGCACAACUUUUCCUGUGUGGACAGUAAAUGCCAUUAACCACAUUUUUAUAAGCGGAUGAAUACGUGACAGUCACAUGGAGAUAGACGAAUGUUUCCUUCUACAUUCUCACUAGCUAACUAAUUAGUCCCCCAUACCUCUUGUAUAACAGAAGUAUAAGGAGCAGCAAACCAACGGCCCUCUUGCAUGUGAAUAUCUUAUGUCUAUCAGUCAUUCAAUACUAAGCAUUUUCACUCAGCUUAGACAUGCCUGUUUUCUUACUUAUCAUUCCUAAAAAUUAUGCUGAAUUUUCUAAUGCCAUGCUUGUGUUAAAACAUAUAUGUUGUGGUUCAGCUUGGAUAUGCUGUUGUGGCAUUACAGGCAUUAUUGUAUUUUCCUGCACAGAUAAAAUAAAGAAUAAAAAAUAUAUAAUAGUAAUUAGUAUCGAGGUGACAGUUGUCCUUUACGUUUUAGAAGAAAGGCCUCUGUGGCUCACUGAAUCCUUAAAGAUUCAAGGGUAAGGGUUGUGGGCAUCACAAGCCUGUGGUCGACAGAUUGGGAUAUUGAUAUAAUGUAUAGUUUAGAUAUUGAACUCUGUAAACCCUCAUUCUAGUUUUGUUUCCAAAUAAUCUUUAAAUUCCCUUGUUCUUGCAUACACACAUUAGUCUGUGCUACACUUUGGAAACCUAUAAACAAAUUGCAUCAUAGACUCUUUAGGGGAGGUGCUGGCUGUUGCUAUGGUAACUGUUUAGAUUUUCUGUGGUAAUUCUGCCUCAUUGAAUGUCAUUACACAGUAUACUAUAGUAUUACCGCAUAACUCUUGGCAAAAUACCAAGAACGGUAACAGUGUUAUUUUGUUGUAAGUACAAUUGUAAUAAAGCACCAAGGAACAACAUAUUAUCCACCAGAUAGGUGAUAGAACCUGUUAGUCCCUGGGAUUUAUCCAUCCUAGACAUUAUCCCAUAUAUUUAUUAGGAACAUUACUCUAAUAAUGAUAUGAUAGAAUGUUUCAUUAAUAUGUGUAUGUUUGAUUCCUUCAAGCGGAAGUAUACUUAUAGGCUUGGGGGAGUCAGACGUGCUUUAAGGGAAUUUCUGUAUUUCCUCAUUUUCUGACAAACAUAAACCUUAAUAGAGAGCGUCAUUAUCAACUGAACGUUGUGGGAAACACCAGGCUGUUAAAACAAAGGUCAGAGAUGGCAGAAAAAAAUAUUGCACGAGAAUCUUGUAUAAAGUUUGAUUUACCAUUUGUUGUGAGUACGUAUUAGUUUUGAAGACUUAUACUAAUAUAAUUUGGUUUCCCAAUAAUAUGGUUAAUGCCAUGUAUCCAGUAGUGGUUUCUAUUUAAUUUUAAAUCACACCAGUACCAGAUGUAUUGCGAUAUUUAAUGUGCGCCAUACUUGUCUAUUGUUUAGUCCUCGGUCUGAGUCCUCUUUAACAAUAACAGGAAUUAAUUGAAGGGCCGGAGAAUACAGAUAAGGGAUACAGCACUUCACACAACUUGUUAUUAAUCUGGCAAGUCUGCUGAAAUAUAACGCAUUUACUACAUGUUACUACUAUGUUACUUUAGCAUCGCAAUUUAGACGUCUAGAAUAAAAAAGACACAGAGUUUGGAAUGAGAGACAGCUCAGUGGCCAGAACCUACCUGUGGUCAGAUGAAAAUAGAACCACAUUGGAGAACCAAUGAUGUACAGCAAGGAGGUCAAACUCAAAGGCUAGCAAGGGCCACAUAAACAAGGUUUACGUUUCUGUGGGCUGCAAAAAAAACAAAACCUUAAAUUUUCAUAGAAAAGUAGGUUUGCUUUAAAAAGUACAGUAUAAAAAAAAAACAGCAUCCCCCUCUACUAAACCCCAGUCCCUCCUUAGUACUAAACCCCAGCACCCCCCUCUAUGCUAAAUCUCAGAACCCCCUCUAUGCUAAAUUCCCUUGUUUUAAAAAAACAAAAAAACAAUAUUAGCCAACAAGCAGACUCGACUUACAUUGCCGCUGCCAGUAUGCGACUCUGGACUCCAACCUCUGGUAUACGCCCAAUGGCGCCGUCCGCACCCUGUGCCAAACGGAUCCUCCUGCUACUCCUUGAAACCUGUGAAGGUGGAGCACGUUGAUGUCACGUCAGAAUGUGACAUGGCAUUGCGUGCCUCCGUGCACCUCCAGGUCUUCCACUGUCCAGCCGCGGUCAUCGCAACAUUGACCAACACACACUGAAAGACACACACACUGACAGACACGCACUCACUGACAGACACACAUACACAUACUCUGACAGACACACAGACACUGACAAACAGCAAUGUGGGGCGAGCAGGUGCCUACUCUGCUUUAAUAAGCAUGGCAAACUAGCGGCUCGCCAGGCCGCAAUAUCAUUAAUUGUGGGCUGCAAGUUUGACAUGCUUGAUGUACAGAUUAACCCCUUAAGGACGGAGCCAAAUGUACACGUUGUGAACAAAACAAAAUGUAAACAAAACCUGGCAUUUGCGCUACAUGACAUUUUAACGGUCAAUGUCAUAAUACUGUUUGCUUUUACUGCAAUAAAAUACACAUAUUUGUAUUCAGCAAAGUCUCACGUGUAAAACAGUACCCCCUAUUUACAGGUUUUAUGGAGUUUUGGGACUUUACGGGGUCAAAUAUAGCACGUUACAUUUGAAAUUGAAAUUCACCAGAUUGGUUAUGUUGCCUUUGGGACUUUAUAGUAGCCCAGGAAUGAAAUUUACACCCAUAAUGGCAUACCAUUUGCAAUAGUAGACAACCCAAGGUAUUGCAAAUGGGGUAUGUCCAGUCUUUUUUAGUAGCCAUUUGGUCACAAACACUGGCCAAAGUUAGCGUUAGUAUUUGUUUGUGUGUGAAAAAUGCAAAAAACACCAAUUUUGGCCAGUGUUUGUGACUAAGUGGCUACUAAAAAAGACUGGACAUACCCCGUUUGCAAUACCUUGGGUUGUCUACUAUUGCAAAUGGUAUGCCAUCAUAGGGGUAAUUUUCAAUCUUGGGCUACCAUAGGGUCUCAAAGGCAACCUAACCAAUCUGGCGAAUUUUAAUGUGAAAAAAAUGAAACGCAAGCCUUAUAUUUGACGCUGUAACUUUUGAAAACACCAUAAAACCUGUACAUGAGGGGUACUGUUGUACUCGGGAGACUUCGCUGAACACAAAUAUUUGUGUUUCAAAACAGUAAAAAGUAUCGCAGCAAUAAUAUUGUCCGUGUAAGUGCUGUUUGUGCGUGAAAAAUGCAAAAAAUGUCACUUUUACUGGCGAUAUCAUCGUUGUAAUACAUUUUACUGUUUUGAAACACUAAUAUUUGUGUUCAGCGAAGUCUCCCGAGUAGAACAGUACCCCCCAUGUACAGGUUUUAUGGUGUCUUGGAAAGUUAUAGGGUUAAAUAUAGUGCUAGCAAAUUAAAUUCCCUUUACUUUUGGCAUGGGUUGUCAGGCAGGUCCCGCUAAUUGUAAUUAAUUAAGAUACCUAAUUAUGUAAAAAUAUUACAUAAAUAUAUAUGUAGAAUUAAUAUAUGUAUAUAUAUACGUAUGUGUAUAUAUAUAUGUAUAUAUCUAUCUAAUUUUUUUAAAUAUUUUUAUUUAUAUAUAGGUGUAUAUAUAUAGUGAUAUAUACGUAUAUAUUUAUGUAAAUAGAUAUAUAUUAUUUCGUUCUACGUGUAUUUUGAUAUAUAUAUAUAUAUAUAUAUUAAUUUCACAAUACAGUUAGAAAGAAAUAACACACAUCUAUAUAUUUUUUAAUGAUUUAUUUUUAAUUAUCUUUUUAAUUUUAUUUUUUAACGUAUUUACAUAUUUAUUUUUAUAUUUUAUAUAUAAAUAUAUAUAUAACAAUAAUUAUAUAUAUUUAAUCAGUAUCAGUCUACGUGUAAUUUGAUAUUAAUAUAUAUAUAAUUAUAUAUAUAUAUAUUAAUAGUAAAAUACACCUAGACAGUGUACGUGUGUGUAUGUAUAUGUGUAUAUAUAUACUUAGAUCAUAUACAUAUGAUCUAAGUAUAUAUUAUUAUUUUUUUUACACUUUUUAAUGUAUUUGAUUUUAUUUCCAGCCAGCAGGGGGACCACCUGUCAUUACAGGCAGCCCCCCUGCUGGCAAUGCUGCAGCUAGCUACCCCCGGCCAUGUGAUUGUGGGGUCCUCGCAAGGACCUCACUCUCACAUGGCUGGGGGGCUUCCAGGGGGUCGGACGUGCUGCGGGGGGCUCCCCGGGUAAGUAGGAAAAGACCAGAGGGCGUACUAUUACGCCCGGCGGCGUUUAGAGCCGCUUAGAAUAGGGCGUAAUAGUACACCCUCCGGUCUUAAGGGGUUAAAAAGGUUUGCAGAUCAUCGUCUGGAAAAAGAAAGAUAGUUGCGAGUACAUUCAUAAAUAAAUCAUAUAAAUCUUAAGAUGUUCAGGUUUGCAUUUAAAAAUUGACAGCUAACAUUAUCCUCUGUUUCUAUACAGCAAAGGAGGAGACUAUAUUUAAAAGAAGAAAAACUACCACAACAAGAGGACAUAGUCUUAAACUAGAGGGACAAAGGUUUAACAAUAAUAUCAGGAAGUAUUACUUCACAGAGAUGGUAGCGGACGCAUGGAAUAGCCUUCCACCUGAAGUGGUAGAGGUUAAUACAGUGAGGGAGUUUAGGCAUGCAUAGGAUAGGCAUAAUGCUAUCCUAGACCUAAGAUAAGGCCAGGGACUAAUGAAAGUAUUUAGAAAAUUGGGCAGACUAUAUGGGCCAAAUGGUUCUUAUCUGCCGUCACAUUCUAUGUUUCUAUGUUUCAGUUUGAUACAGUGGUGUGUUCUAUGAGUGAGCAUGAUUCCAUUGUAAUAAAACAUUUUGUUUACAAUAACAAACAGACCAUCAGUAACUGUCGUGGUGACUAACAUAGAAAUAUGCCCCUCCAUGACGCAAAAAUUGGUAACCUGUGAGUGUGAAAUUCUGUUUGGCAGAGUUUACAAAGAUAGGCAUCAUGAAGGUGACAAACAAGCAUAGUACACAUUUAUUUUUGUUUUCUAUUGCUUUUAGAACGGAUAUAUAUUAGUCUUCACAGAAUAACACAUAGAUUUGAUCAAUUGUGCUGUAGAUUAAGAAGCAAGCUGUUUGUGUUUUACUGUCCUUUUACAUUUUAGGUACAGACAUUUUGAAACAUAAACAUUUUGAGCAAUAAGAUGUAUUUUCAGAGUCUCCUUUAGCGGUUCUGCUGCAACAAUAGAUCACUUGUCACGUUGUUGGAUUUGUGUUCGUUACUUUAUCUGGAAUGCAAGAAAAAGUAUUGAACAUGUCUGGAGUACUUUACAUGUGUUGUUACUUUUUAUUGUGAUGUAUUUCUGUGCCAAAUUUCUCACAUAUCAUGUUGGAAUCAUGGGAAUAGUUUCAACAAAAUGUUUAAAAUGGCCUCUUCAAGUUUACUUCACCGUUUUAACUAUAUAGAUAGAGUAACUGUCUUCUAGACACAUUACCAAAAUAAUGCAAUAGCCUCACCUACUGGAAGUCAUCGUUAUUACAACAACAUUCCAUUUUAUGUAUUUAUUUUUUUCAUUAUAGUAGUGUUUUUUGUUUUGUUUUUAUUCUUUAUUUUUACCAUGAUGGUCAUCCACACACACGUUAGUUACAAUCACGUGACCCAGUACACAAUGAGCAUAGAAAACAAGUUGUCAUAAUACAAAAAGUUUAUCAACAUCCCAUAUCCAGGGGGAACACCCCGUUCCGCAGGAAUGGUGUAAACGUGGAAGGGGAAGAGGACAAGCCAUAUUAUAAGACAGCAGUGUCCCAUAGUUUCAGUGAAUUUAAGAUAGCAGGGCAUUCCGUUCUAAGGGAAGGCCGAUUGUCUUUUGGUACCCACGUGAAGAACUGUGGUAGGUACAAACCCAUUAGCGAAGACUCUAAAUCCACCCAUCUUCUUUCCUCUGGGGGAGAAAGCCACAGCGCAAUCUGGGUUAAUUCGGACCAUUUAUGGUAGUGUUUUAGUGUCCAAGCAAAGUCUCUACGAGACAGUCUAUUGGGUUUUUUUUUUUUUUUUAUUUGUUUUCCAAUUUAUUACUAAUUGUCUUACUAUAUGUAUUAUUCCAAUACUAUUGUUGGUAAUAAUACACUUUGCCUAUACUGACCCAAAGCUCAAGCUACAGAUGACAGGAUGUUCAGUCUGUUUCAAAUUGGCUAACUUGGAACAUGUCAGCUAUUUGAAAUAAUAUAGUUUAUCUAUAUCCAAUGCUUAGUCAAUAUACCCCUAGACAAGAGCUAUAGAACAUCCUGUAACAAGUGUUAGUGUUAUAUCCUGUGUGUUUCUGCUGCUGGCCUUAUUUCCUCUUUUUCUCCCUUUGAUCAUAACCGCUUAGUAAUGUGUAAUUUAGAACUGUGUAGUAAAUAUCUUUAAUUUUAAGUGCGAAUGCAUAUUAAUUUUAACUGCGUAGUUAUAGUGAAACUUAGCUUUGAGCAAGGCCUGAACAUGAAGGUACACCUACAAGCUUGCUAUAGGUUAAGAUGUUAAGAUAAGAUAGAUGAUUUUAUUAAGAUUGGAUAAUGCUUGUAAGACCACCCCUCUUCCCUGCUGUAUAUAACCUGUUACACAGCCCAUUAAAAAUUAGCAGUCACUUUGAACCUUGCAUUGUCUUGUCUCGUUCCUUGGGGCUCCUCACCAGCUGAUUUGGGGACGAGGAGAAAUACAGAGAGUUCCAAAUUGAUAUGAAAGACCAUGGCAAGGGGAAAUUCUUGACAGAGAAAAUUCCUAUCAACUAUAUUUUAAAAAAUCUUCAAAUGGCUUCUUCUCUGAAACCGUUCGGAAAACCAAUGCGAAAUUUGGCGCACAUGUCUACAACUUUAUCCUCUGCCAUAGAUACAUAGAUAUUCACAAUAAACUCAAUCUUAAAUUACUUUCAAGGUCUACUAAAAUUGUAUAAAUUUGCAUUCAUUUCACUACUGAACUAUAUUACAAAUUCUUUAACACAUAACCUAAUAGCAAAAGUUCUAAAGAACAUGGGGAUCAAAGGUAAGCAGCCCUUUUGAAUUUGACAUUUCUUUAAUUUACUUCUCUACACAGAAUACUCAUGCAUGUACCGUAUAUAACCAUACUCUUUUCAUUGGAUACCUCUAGUGGUCAUUCAGGCAUGUGGUUUUGCAGUUUGUUUGUUUUUUAAAUUGCCACAAAUGUUUAAAGUGAGAAUUCUAAGUAAAUACCAAAGUUUAGCUUCUUUGGCAUGAAAUUUGAAAUUCUCCUAAAAAUCACUUGGAAUUCUCUCUUUAGUGAAUAGCCAUGUUAAUGUAUUAUUCAAAUAACUACAAACUCAAAACUGCUUGUCAAAAAUUAAAAUUAGUGCUGUGAUAAAUUUAUAUAGUGUGCUCUGCCACCUAGCAAGACACAUUUUGAAAUGUCAUUAAAGAGGUUUAAGAAAGCAUAUUCAUUUAUUUUAUAUCCUUCUACCUGCAGUUUAUGCUUAUGUGCUUUAUCCAGGCUCUUCUGCUUGACCACCCCCUUUACUGCUUGCCACUUUUUUAAAGACAUUACCUUAUAAAUUGUGAUGUCCCGAACGGUUCGCCGCAAACAAUUCACCGUGGACUCAUCAUUGAGUAAACUUUGACCCUGUACCUCACAGUCAGCAGACACAUUCCAGCCAAUCAGCAGCAGACCCUCCCUCCCAGACCCUCCCACCUCCUGGACAGCAUCCAUUUUACAUUCAUUGUGAAGCUGCGUUCUUAGUGAGCUGUCCAGGAGGUGGGAGGGUCUGGGAGGGAGGGUCUGCUGCUGAUUGGCUGGAAUGUGUCUGCUGACUGUGAGGUACAGGGUCAAAGUUUACUCAAUGAUGAGUCCGCGGCAAACCGUUCGCGAACUGUUCAGGACAUCACUAUUUAUAAACAAUGUGAACUGUUAUUAUGUGGUGAACUUUUUAUAAAUAGACUUACGACUGACCUUUUUCUUUGUUUUUUUUAUAUGUUAAGAUUAGUUUAUUCAAAAUACUUAAUUAUCAAGAAACAUCAAAAUAUUAAAAAAUUUAACUAUUUUUUAACAUAUCGAAUCAAUUUAAAAGUUUAAUCAUUUUUUUUUUUUUUUAAAUCAUCUGAAAAGCUUAUCCAACAUUAUUAAACCAAGGUUUUAUUAGCUAUAGUUUUAUAAUAUAUGGUAGGGUUCUCCCUAAACAGCCAUAAUUGUCUGUGACAUGAUUUCAAUAAGAGCUUGAAAAUGGAAACAUUGCUGUUCCUAUUCCCAUACCACGCAAUAUUUUUCCAAUUUUCUACAGUCCAUAUUUGGCCCUGUGUCCAUUGUAUCCUCAGCCUUCUGUUCUUAGGUGACAGGGGUGAAACCUGGUUUGGUUUCCUGCUGCUGUAGUCCAUCCGCUUUGAUGUUCUGUGUGUUGUGAUGCUGUUCUGUAUAGCAUUAUUAUAGCACGUCGUUAUUUCAGCUACUGUCAUUUUCCUGUCAGCUGGAACCAAUCUGGUCAUUCUCCUCUGGCCUCUUUCGUUAGCAAGACAUUUUCCCACAGGACUGACACUCACUGGAGAUCAGUAGUUACUGAGAUAUUUAAACCACAAUAUCCAGCACCAACACUCAUUCCACUGUCAAUAUCACUUAAAGGGACACUCCACGGCACAAAUACAAAAUAAAUAAAAGUCACUGUUUAGUACAUAUUUCCCAAAUAAAAUUUGUUCGUAUUAAAUUAUGCAUUUUUCAUUGGGGAUAUAUCUAAAGGCAGUUUGCAAAACCUGCCAAUCUUUUUUCUGCUGCCUUUGCAAGCUCUCCUCUUCUAACCCUGCCCAGACUUCCUGUGGCUGUCCAAUCAUAGAUUUCUCAAUGCAGCUUAAUGAGACGUCUUUGUAAGUCAGGUGCUCCGAGCAAUUGCUGCCUCUUGAGUUUAGCUCCACUGAGCUAACUAACCUAGGAAAUAACAGGACCUGCUGUCUGUUCAAAAGCCAUGGGGCAGUAACCAGGUUAAUUUAUAAACGUGACAAUUUCUAUUGAAACCCGUGCUUUUUGUAAAAUAAAAAAAAAGAGGACACAAUCUUCAAACAUAAAAAGCUUAUAGGCAAGCUAAAGUGCUUUAGGGAUCUGGAGUGUCCCUUUAAAUAAUUUCUUCCCCACACCAAGCUUGGGUUUGAACAACAAAUUAACCUCUUGAUCCUGUCUGCAUGCUUUUAUAUUUUGAGUUACUUCAAUAUCAAUUCUAAUCUAGCAUGAAGAGUGUACCAUCUAUCACUUUAAAUAAUAUAAUCAUAAGCAAGGUGCAAAUCCAAAAAUAGGCACUCCCUAAAAAUGCCGGGAAAACUCAAAAUUGAAAAUAAUUAGGGAUGCACACUCCAAUAGUAAUCUAGAAUAUAACACUUUUUUUAUAAAUCAAUAAAAAUAAAUACAAAGUAACAGAAAAUAUAUGACCAGGUACAUAAAAGCUAAUAUACUUAACAUAUAGAGAUCACCAUCUGUUGCAGAAUCCAAACAGUACAGAGCACAAGUCAAAACCUCCCCCCAAUGCCCUUGAGAAAGGCAGCCAGUAGGAUGCCAAAACAUUGUGGGGAGGUUUUGACUCUGUACUAUUUGGCUUCUUAAAAAAAAACAAAAAAAUAUAGAGGGUACUCCAGCCAUUUUUUUCUUUUAUGAGCUUACAUUGUAAGUGCUUUUUCCUUUGGACUGUUCAUCCAACCACUAGAUCUGGUUAUUACUUGAAUUAAGACUGUGGACAAUAUCUAUUUGCACUGAUCCAGUAUAUAUCUAUUUAUUUUAUUCAUUUAUUCAUUCAUCUAUUAAGAUACAUUUUAUUAAUUGUACUGUGUAUAUUACUAUUUUACCUCUCUAUUCACCCUUUCUUUUAUAUAUAUCUCUGGGUGUUGGUAUCCACUCCUGGUUUGAGCUAUUAGGUUUUUCCUAUGCUUUUUAUCUUGUUUUACCUAUUUAUUCAACCUAGGGUGUGGGUUGUUUUCCCCUUGGUCCCCCUCUUUAUAUGUAUAUCCGCCAUGCCCCCCUCCACCUCAGCACCUAUCUUACCCCACCUCAGCCCCUAUUCCAAACUUGAGCCCUUAUCUCCCCCAUCUCCCACAGCACCCACCUCAGCCCCUAUCCCACCCUGAGCCCCUUACUCCCCCAGCACCCACCUCACCCCCUAAAUGUUUUUAUUUUAUAUAGUUUUCUGUUUGCAUAAAAUAGGAGAUUAUUGAUUAUUGAAUCCUUUGCAGUUUGCUUUUUUUUGCCAAAAACAAACAAAUGAACCUAUAACAUAAUAAUCAGUGAAAAAAAAAAUGAACCUGUAACAUGUAAGCAGUGUAAAAAAACACAAAAACAAAUGAACCUGCAACAUAUAAGCAGUGCAAAAAAAAAAAAUGAACAUGUGACAUAGUAAGCAGUGUAAAUGAUGCUGUUUAUUAGAAAAACAUCGAUAGAGGUACACUGUAUAUCCACCACAGGACAACUUUGAAAAGGCUCAGGAGAAAAUUUUAAAAUGUACAGCAAGAUCUCAGUUUGUUGCAGAUAGGAUGGAAACACAAGUCAUGUAAAUAAUGUGGUGUGUUACUAAUCCAGUUUUGUCCACUAAUGCAAUAUAGAGGACCACAAACCGUCCAGACACAGAGACAUGCAGGAAAGAUGAUAUCAUAUUAAUGAUGUGUUACGUUAAACCCUAAAACAUAUCUAGACAGGAUUGAGGCCGCACAAAUAUCUUGUUGAACAGCUGAGAUGUCGGAGAAAAAAAAACACAACCAUGAUUGUUGUUCACAGAUAGAAGCAUUCACUUGUUUCUUAUCCUUCUAUGUUUUACACAUCUUUGUACAGUAACUAAUGUUGAAUCUUAAUGCUUUAUAUUACAGCAGAAAAAAUAUUGUAUUGCACCCGACUGCCUUCAAAAUUAGUUUAUUCAAUAAACUCGGAAUUUGUAUGUAAAAUAUGAAGACCAAUAGACAAACUGGAAAACAGCUGAAUUGGCAAAAAAUUCUGUUUUGCUUAUUUUCAACAAUUCUCUUGUCAGUCCUUGACAAUCACAGUUUAAUGAAUAAUACUAAAGUUUAAUUCAUAUGCUUUUUCCUGUGACUUUUCUACAAACCACCACUUACCCCAAGCAGUUUCUGUAAAACUGAAAUGAAGUUGCUUCAAUUUUGUUAUAGACCUAUUUAUAAACUAUUUCCUGUACUGGUUGUGAAAAUAACUACUGAUAUUGGUAGGGAAUCUUUUUUUUUUUUUACUUCUAAAAUCAUUUAUAUCUUUGUCAACUUGUGAAAAAGCAAAGGAUUGAAAAGUAAAAUUUGCAGGAAUAAUUUGCUAUCAUAUUCACUUAAUUAAACAAUUACGGUGCUUGGAGUGAGCCUUUUCAGUUGAGGACAGGUUAUCUUUUCCUGUAUGCUAAGGUAAGCUAGUCCCAUAAACAUCAAUGGUCUGUUCCCUAGGGACCAAUUUUGGUUGUUCCAAACACUGGUGUCUACAAUUCAUUACACAUUUCCCCCAAAUAAUUCAGUAUUUUUUUUAGAAUACUCCAAUGUGACAGUUACUGUGACCAGUAAAUAGACCUUUGUAUGAAGUCAUUGGAUAUUUUUUAUCCCCGAGUAUUGAACACAUUUUAUGUGGCAAAUGGCAUUUUCGUCUACCCUGAUAUUUGUGCUAGAACUGCAUAAAUUAGCAAUUACAAAUCUAACAUAUAUACAAAACAUAUAGAUCAUGUGAACUGUGUUACAUCCUCUCUUCCUGUGUAUCUUAAUGAAUACUGACAUAUGGAGGAUAGGAACAUUAGACCCGACUUCCUGUUAAAUGGUUAAUAUCAUACUAUUUCCUGUUACAUGAUUCUUGCUGAACAGCUGAACACAUCUAUUUUCUUAAGUAAAAUAGACACUGUAUGCCAGUGGUAUGACCACAUCUGGCAGUACACAUUGCUUUUUGCUGGGGUUUGGAGGGGGCGGGAGGGGUGACAGGGAAGGUAUUGUUUUAUUUUCAAUCACUAAAAUUGCCUUUGUAAUAAUCAUGCAUCUGGCUAGAAAAUAAUCUGCCGAUUGACAGAAUGCAGAAACAAUAUUUUUCGGCAAAUUAUUUUACAACAAUUAUGUAAUAAUAGAUCACAAGAGUUGCUGUUCACGAACAAAUCUGGUGUGAUAGCUAAAGGGACACUUUAAAAUGAUAAUGAAUUAAAUCAGUGCACAUUUUCUUCUUUGCUCAGGUGAACAUCAUUCCAAUCAUUGCCAAAGCAGACACCAUUGCCAAAAACGAACUGCACAAAUUCAAAAGUAAGAUCAUGAGUGAACUUGUCAGCAAUGGGGUGCAGAUCUACCAAUUUCCAACAGAUGAGGAGACAGUUGCAGAGAUAAAUGCUACAAUGAGUGUAAGUAAUAACAGUAUUUUUGUCAUUUUGCACUGAUGUCAUCAGGAUGAGUUUUCACUCGUCACAUGUUAAUAUCCUUACUUACAUAGUUUCUUGCUUUGUAAGCACAAUGUAAGCAAAGUGUGCAUAAUUCAGAUAUCAGUUAAUGUGAGCGAAACUCUAAAAACUGGCUAUGGCUUGUUUCUUAAAAACAAACAUUUCAACAUUGCUGCUAAAUAAUGAAGGAACUGCAAGCAAGUUAGAGAAGAAGAUACACGCUCUUCUUUCCUGACUUCUGGUACUGAGAAACAUAUAAUUUUAUGCACUGUGUGAACAUCUGCACCACUGGACUAAUAUGGCUACAAUCUCUACUGUGAGUUUUGGAAAUGUAAAAUGAAUUUUAAAUUCUUGGUCUUUGGACCGAAUUGAAAACAUAGAUGAAUUUCCCCAAUAGACCUAUUUUGGACUAAAAUGGAAAAAAUUAAUUUGACUUCCAGACAAUUCAAUCAGGUGAAUAACCCUGAUGUUUAGACAAUUGGUAAAUAGAUCUUAAAGAUCUACAAGAGAAACCUUUUCUGUGAUGGGCCUUCUUGUCUUAUAAUAGGCUGACGUGGAGUUAUUUGGCUUAGUGUAAAAUGGUAACACAAGUUUAAAUUAACUUGUUGCAAGAUGUUAUUUAAUAGGAUUCACUAGCAAAUUACAGAUCCAGCUAUGGAUCCUCUGAAUUGGAACGUGGUGUUACCAAUCAGUAAGGUCAAAUCUUCAUAUAGGAUUCAAUGGAGCAUAUGUGGAGAAAAGAAGAAACAGGACUCCAAUGGUACAGUAUGUAAAUACGUUGAAAAUGAGACAAUAAGAUAGGUCUUACUCACAAUUUUCAGAGCUGAGGAUCCAGCUCUGAUGUUAAGCACGUGAAGUGGAAUAAUCCCCACUCAAGGAUAUAUGGAGUAGACUUCAAAUGGCGAUUCUCUGGUACUUAUUCAACGUCCAAAGUACGGACCAGGCACUCCAACUUCAAGCCGCAGGCAGAUUUAUUAUGACAGAAUGCAACGCAACGUUUCGACCGGAAAGGUCUUUUUCAAGCUUUUUUCAAGCAGCUUGAAAAAGACCUUUCCGGUCGAAACGUUGCGUUGCAUUCUGUCAUAAUAAAUCUGCCUGCGGCUUGAAGUUGGAGUGCCUGGUCCGUACUUUGGACGUUGAAUAAGUACCAGAGAAUCGCCAUUUGAAGUCUACUCCAUAUAUCCUUGAGUGGGGAUUAUUCCACUUCACGUGCUUAACAUCAGAGCUGGAUCCUCAGCUCUGAAAAUUGUGAGUAAGACCUAUCUUAUUGUCUCAUUUUCAACGUAUUUACAUACUGUACCAUUGGAGUCCUGUUUCUUCUUUUCUCCACAUAUGCUCCAUUGAAUCCUAUAUGAAGAUUUGACCUUACUUCGAACCCUAAAGAAUCUCCUUUUACCUUUACGUGGGACUAUUCAUUACAAACUUUGAUAAGUUUUUAAACUAUUUUUGUUUUUAUAUUUUAUACACUAUUUUAUUACGCAUUUUAUAUAUUUUAGUAUAUUUUUAGGCGCAUUCUUACUGUACUGUUUGUUCUGUGUUCUUCCAAUCAUUGGGGAAUUGUAGGGGAUUCCCUUUAUAGGAGUGCAGCCUUCAUAUAUUGUGGCUAUUUAGCGCUGAUUUUUUUUUCUGUUUUUUCUGUUUUUACCAAUCAGUACCUAGGAAUUUAUUGGUCGAUAUCAAAACUUGUUCUUCUUCUUGUCAUAUUAGAUUUUGAAACACUUGCACAUCAUUGGAAAGAGGGUGUAAAAAAAACUGUCACAUAUGGGCCAGAAAUACGUUCACAUGGGUUUUGCACCCUGCAAAUAGCAUUCAGGUAAUGAAGUGUAACCUCCUGAAUUAUUUUCUUGUCUCUUACAGGUACAUCUUCCAUUUGCAGUUGUCGGCAGUACUGAAGAAGUUAAAAUUGGAAAUAAAAUGGCUAAAGCCAGGCAGUAUCCCUGGGGAAUAGUGCAGGGUAUGUAUCAUGCAUGCCUAAAUAGUUCAUAUGAUUAACAUUUUCUCCAAGGUUUACUGUACUUUAUAUAAUAAACUGUAACUGUUUAUAGAAAAAAUGUGAUAUUGUGUAUCAUAACAAACUAUACAUUGUGGAAUCUGAUUGCCUAAUCUGUGAGGUGUCUUUACUAUGUGAAAAACAGUAGCCAAAUUGAAUUGGUUGUCCAAAUCUGGCUGUUCACUUUACUAUUCACAAAAGGCAAAUUCAGUUUUUGUUCCAUCAUUCAGCUGUCAUUGGUAAGCUGUUAAAACUUAGCUAAAUAUUUACAGCUGUACUGCAACCAAAUUUCUUUAAUUUAUAUGGUCCAGAUCGUAGGCACUACCACAAUUUCAUCUCAUUGAAGUGUUUAUAGUUACUGGAGUUCCCUGGCACUGUCCCACAAUUCAUUGUUAAACCAUUUCUGAGCAGUUUAAACCUAAAUAAGGGUCAGUUUGGCUUCCCAUAUCCCUGCCUACAGGUAAGGUGAUUAAGGCUGUUCCUUCUAGCCAGGUUGAUUCAUAACCAUAUGGGUACUGCGAUAAGCUGAAAGCGUAUAGCUGACACUCUCAGCCAAACACAGCUGUCCAUUGUUGCUUAAGCUAACACUUUUUCAGUACAGAGUACAGAGGGGACAAGUUAUUAGCAUUAUACAUUAUACUAGAGUGGUCUGAAUUCAGGCCGCUGGAUUAGAGUUGACUUGAAACAAUGUUUCUUUUACAGACUUUACUUCAAACAUCUGUUAAAACAUUGGACUGUCACUAGUGGAUCGAGCCCACAUUCUUCUGUGUAGAUUGACAUACACUGUCUGUUUAUGCUAUCACAUUGUUAAUUGUUCACUGGUUUGCCUGACUCUCUGUUUAGUCUUAAUAUAUGUUUAAGCUCCUCUAACAGAUUUGUGCUUCCUCAGUUGAAAAUGAAAACCAUUGUGAUUUUGUGAAGCUCCGUGAAAUGCUGAUCAGGGUGAACAUGGAAGAUCUGAGGGAGCAGACUCACGCCCGUCACUACGAACUUUACAGACGAUGCAAACUGGAAGAAAUGGGGUUCAAAGACACUGAUCCUGACAGUAAACCAUUCAGGUACAAACCAGGGCAUAUUAAUGUCGCUGAUUGUGUUCAAUAGAUAACAAAACACCAAUGUACCAACUUCGGUUUUGCAAUAUAUUUUACAGCCUUCAGGAAACAUAUGAAGCAAAGAGGAAUGAAUUCCUUGGUGAACUACAGAAAAAGGAGGAAGAAAUGAGACAAAUGUUUGUGAUGAGGGUAAAAGAAAAAGAAGCUGAGCUCAAGGAAGCUGAGAAAGAAGUAUGUUUAUCACAAGUACAGGUCUCAGAAUGUCCACUAGCCAAUUGCUUUGUUUCUUUGUACGUAAAGUUCUUUGACAGUAAUAGAGCUGGAGUGUUGUACAUGUUUCCCAGUGUAUACAUCAGUUUCACUGCUUGCUCGCUGCUUCAUACAAGCAUUAAAAAGGGACACUAUAGUCACCAGAGCAACUACAGCUUAUUGUAUUUGUUCUGUUGAGUAUAGUCAUUCUUUUAAGGCUUUUUGCAGUAAACACUGUAUUUUCAGAGAAAGGCAGUCUUUACAUUACAGCCUAGUGAUAACUUCACUGGCCACUCCUCAGAUUGCUGCUAGAGGUGCUUCCUGGGGCAGUGCUGUACAGUGAGCAGCACUGCCAUUCAGUGUCUCCUCCCUCUGGCAGUGCAGCACUGCCCCAGUUUCACUGCUUGCUCGCUGCUUCAUACAAGCAUUAAAAAGGGACACUAUAGUCACCAGAGCAACUACAGCUUAUUGUAUUUGUUCUGUUGAGUAUAGUCAUUCUUUUAAGGCUUUUUGCAGUAAACACUGUAUUUUCAGAGAAAGGCAGUCUUUACAUUACAGCCUAGUGAUAACUUCACUGGCCACUCCUCAGAGUACUGCUAGAGGUGCUUCCUGGGGCAGUGCUGCACAGUGAGCAGCACUGCCAUUCAGUGUCUCCUUCCUCUGCAUGGAGACACUGAACUUUCCUCAUAGAGAUGCAUUGAUUCAAUGCAUUUUAAUGAGGAGAUGUUAAUUGGCCAGGGCUGUAUUUGGUUUGUGCUAGCUUUGCCCCUGACCUAUCUCCUUGACAUUCUCAGCCAAUUCAAUGCUUUCCUAUGUAAAAGCAUUGUGAUAGGCUCAGAACACCACUUCUGAUGAUGUCAGCCAAGCAGGCUGAUCAGGGACAGAGCCAGCAGCAGCAGACUGGAGUAAAGAUAAGAUGUUACUAUAUUUAAGAUGCAAAGGGGAGGCCAGGGGGGCCAGAUGGUGGUUUUAACACCAUAGGGUCAGGAAUACAUGUUUUUGUUCCUGACACUAUAGAGUUCCUUUAAGAUCAUAAUCCUCCACUCUUUAUUAUUCAAUCGACUUGCACUUAAACUGAACCACAAUGAAAAGUGAGAUAGGUGCAUCCAGUGGAGAAUUCACUCAGUACUCCUGUUUCAAUCACUCGAACAACAGAGAUGCUGGCCUUGACAGUGGAAGGAAUGCAGUCAGUGGGUGGUCCUGUGUCAUGGGAGGGGUUCAUACAAAUACGUAUUUUUCAUAUCUAUAUUUAUAUCCUUAAAAUUACAGCUUCAUUGUCUCGUGAUUAUGUGUGACUGGAUGGGUGUAAGUAAAUGUACAGAUAGAUAGAUAUGAUGUAUAUGACCAGCCAUGCCUGAACGGAAGACUAAAAUUGUCUCAGUGAUGGAUCGCAGUAAAAGAGAAAAAUAUAUGUGUCUAUGGGAAUAGUUUGUGACUUUGAUUAUUCAUAAAAGCAUAAGGUAACUGUAUACCAACAUUCCUAUCCUCAGCUCCAUGAGAAGUUUGACCUUCUAAAAAGAACUCACCAGGAAGAGAGAAAGAAGCUGGACGACAAGAAGAAAGAGAUCGAAGAUGAAGUGAGCAUGUUUCAGAAGAAGAAGGCAGCCACACAGCUCCUGCAAUCCCAAGCUCAACAAGCUGGAUCUCAGCAAACCAAGAAAGACAAGGACAAGAAAAAGUAAGCAGUCCAUAGAUUUCUGUGACCUCAUCCAGUUUCACCUUUUUGUAUUGUUUGCAUGACUGUGAAUAGCUGAUCUCCUUUUCAUUAUUUUAUACCCGUGGGAACAUUCAAUUUAUUUAGAAUAUAGUGGUUUGGUUAUUUUUUAAAAGACUUUUCAAAUCAAAAACAUCACAUUCGAGGUCAGGUGGGGAAAUAUCACUUGCCAAAAGUUUCUUCUCACAAAAGGAAAUAGCCUGCUGUUCAAGAUGUGCAAAAUAUUUCUACCCAGGCUGUUGGACCUUGAAAAUAAUAUCUUUAUAUCAUGUCUGAGACCAAAGUUCUAUCUCAAGAAAUUCUAACUGGAGAUUAUGUCCAUGUGUGUCUCCUUUAAGAAAGCCUUAUGUUUCAAAUAUGUGAUAACACUAAAGGAUACAUCCACAUAUUCGGAGUUGAAUACAUAUGUUUAUAUGUAAGUCGAAAUAUUUGAAUAUCUCAUGAAAUAACAACUAACCAAUGUCAUAUUUCUAACUAGUUGUAGGGAUAGGCAACUCUUGGCACUCCAGAUGUUGUGGACUACAUCUCCACUGAUGCCUUGCCAGCAUUAUGGCUGUAAAAGCAUUAUAGCGGAUGUUGUCCACAACAUCCGGAGUCCUGAAGUUUGCCUACCCCUGGCCUAGUGUCUUGUCUGUAAUUCUAAAGUCCUACCUGUUAAAUGCUAUCCCUAACUUAACCUUCUUUAGGGUUACUAUAAAAAUCACCCUACAAACAUCUAUCUAUCUAUCUUAUUACUAUUGUGUUAUUAUUGUUUAGGUAUUUUUAGUAUUUAAAAAAUAUAGAUAUUUAUGUUUAAUCCAUGUAGCUUGCAAUAAAUAUGUAUUUCUGAGAUAUAUAAAUCAUAUAUUUAAUAUACAGCUACCUAUAGGGAUUUUUUGGUCUUCUUCAGUAAGGGUACAUAUGAAUAGAUUUUUAUCUUUCAGUUCUAAAACCAUACCUUGUCCAAUGCAUUUGUUACCAAGGUUCCCUUUCUGUCAGCUUUGGCUCUUAGUAGCAAUGAGCAAACAAUAUGUUAGUGGAAACUAUCACUAAAACUAUAAUUUAAACACACUAAAAGAAUUGCAGUGUUACAUUACAGUUCACAUAGCAGUCAGUGAGUAUAAUUAUAUGUUUAUAGCACCAGUUGGUCAGAUAACAGUAGAAUGUGACCCAACUUGGCUGUUCGGACAGAUAAUAAAAAUUUUAAGUGAUUUUAUUUCUCAAAAAAACAACUUAAGUGACAAAAUGGCUUCUGACAUGCCAAUAGUUUGAAAUAACAGAUGAAGAAGAGAGUAGAUAUUAUAUUAUGUAAACAGAAUCCCUCCUGCUUGACAACACUCAAAAUCUAGUAAAAUGUUUUAAAAGUAAUAAACCUGACUCUUGCAUUCUAUGCCCCUUAAGCACAUAAAACAUCAAUGGGGUGAGAAUUCUCGUGAACUCAAAAUUAAUUUUAAAAUUUUAGACCAAAAUAUCUAUGCAAGCAAGCUGUGCCUUCACUAAUUAUUUUGGCCUUAAAUUUGAAAUUCACAUUAAAUUGACUUUGAAUUCCUGACAGUUCACACAUUAAUUUCUGUAGUGGCAUCUGGCAAUCCAUAUUCCAGGGUUCCAUGGAAACCAUGAAAAUAGUAAAGCACAAUAAACCGCUAGCUUAUAAAAGGAUUUCAGACACUGCUCCAGUUAGUCCUUUUAAUAUAUGACAGAUUAGUGAGGCUAUUCUGCAACUGGAAACAUGAGCAGAAAUAGGGACAGAUGCAGAGGUCUCAUUCAGUACAGCACCUGUUCUAAAUCCAUUUGGCUUACCACAGAUGCACAUAUCUGACAGGGUGCUUUCCACUUCAUUCCUUAAAUUGUCUGCACUAACAUAUAGUAGUUCAUGUCUAAAAUGAACUGCAGGAUAGCUUCAAACUUAUACAAAUAUUUUCUCUUACAAAAAAGACAUGGUAAAUACAAAUUUAAUAAUUAAUCCUCUGUAUUAAAAUGCGCUACAUUUUCUUCAAGCAUUUUCUUUCAACCGAGGGGCAUAGUGAAUUAAAAUGAGGAUCCAAAUUGAAUUUCAGAAUCAAGGUAAAAAUAGCCGAAAUGGAAACCUUGUCUAAGUCGGCUAUGCAUCCAGUUCAUCUGCUUUGGCCUUUAUGAAGGAAUUCACUUUGAAUUCUUACUUUAGUGAAUAAGCCUGUAAACUGCCAUUAUGAGACCAAAGUAGCCAAGCUGUGACAAUAGUUGGAUACAUUUUCCAAACCAGCUAUUUUAGCCUGACUUCAUUGUUUGAUUUUUGCUUCACUAUAAUGUGGUGUUUAGUGUGUAAAUCCCAUAGUGUAAAUGUCAGAUUGGGGAGUGGGCCAUUGCUGUAGAUUUGGCUAGAAAGCUUGAUAUUUCAGAUAACAUACAGUCUAUGAAACUUUAUUAUUAUUAUUGCCAUUUCUAUAGCGCCGACAGAUUCCAUAGCGCUUUACAAUAUUAUGAGGGGUGGGAUUUAACUAUAAAUAGGACAAUUACAAGACAAUUUAUAGGAAUGAUAGGUUGAAGAGGACCCUGCUCAAGUGAGCUUACAGUCUAUGACCCAUUGAUUGAUAUUGUCACAAUACUUUGUGACAUAUUGCUGUACAUUUUCUGUCAUAAAAACUAACUUACAAACACAUCUAAUUCAGAUUAAGGGAACUCUACAGGAACUCAGACCAUUUCAUCUCAAUAAAGUGAUCUGGGUGCCAUGUGUCUGUUUAACCUCACAAUGUAAAACAAUAUCGCUCUGCAGGAACAGCAAUCUUUACAUUGCAGGGUUUACAUACCUCUAGAGGCUGUUUACCUGACAGCCACUAGAGGCACUUCCACCCCAAUAACUAGAGAGUUAAGUGCACAUGCGCACUAGUCUCUGGUGAAGACUGGUGUGGCGAGGCCUGAAAGACAAGUACAUCUCACCUUUCAUACCCUCACAUGGGGCAGGGGGUAUACUAAAAUAGGUAGUUAUAACUAUACAUACAUGUUUUCAUUCAUAUUGUUCCUUUAGACCAGGGGUCCUCAAACUGUGGCCCUCAAGGUGUUGCUGAACUACAACUUCCAUGAUUCUUUGAAUUACAUAGAUAGCCAGAGAAUCAUGGGAGUUGUAGUUCAGCAACAUCUGGGGGGCCGGAGUUUGAGGACCCCUGCUUUAGACACUCACUACUAUCUUUUAUUACUGUGCAGUGAUAAAACAACAAGUUCUAAUCUCAAACAAAAUUAUUACACUAGGCUGGAAAACAAAAUUAAAUGGGAAAUAGAAUAUUCAAGAGUUUUACAUUGUAAAGCUCAAUGUGUUACUUUAUACUAGUCAUAGAUAACAUUGGUUAUUGUGAGUUACAUAUCAGUUGAUAUUCUGCCAGCCCCGAGGCAUGAUUAACAAACAAAGCUGUCACCACUUUAUGCACUUAUCCUAAAUGCUGAUCAGUUAAAAAUUUAAAUAAAAAGUACACUAAUAGUUGUUUUAGAAAGUGACCCUUAUUGGAGUUACAAAAUCUCCUGUGGAUAUAUCUCCUUUCAUCCAUGCCUAGUCACGCCAGAUGGCAAGAACUCUUUAUCUAUCUGGAUGUUAUCUUAGUUUUACUUGCCAUGUGACUGACAUUCCGUGAUUGCGGUCUCAGAUCCCAUCUCACACUGCUCCUCACUUUUUUUUUGCACCGUGCCGGAAGUGCCACAAAGAGAAUAACAAAAAAGGGACAUAAAUAGGAUUAUAUAUAAAUAGAUGUGCUUUUUAUAAUGCUAAGCACCAUCUGUUUGGCCUUAUAUUUGCUAAAUAUAAAGGUGUAUGAAUUUACUAUAUAUUCAUAAAGAUACCUUUAGGUUUAGUGUAGGUUUUUUACGCAUGCUUUGCAAUUUUUCAUAUUGUGCAAAUAAUAUCAUAUACCUGUCGACAGAGAGCUAAAACGCAUGACAUUCAUUAAUCAUCUAAUCACUUUUUGAUUUUAAUUCGGCUGCCACACUUGUAAUUUCAAUCACAUUUAUACACGUGUAUAGAUAGUAAUUAUGCUUCAGUUACACUACAUGUGAUACAUUUCGUCCAAAGUAUAUAUUUGCCAGUUACCAAAGCGUAUGAAUGUAAAAGAAAUGUGUUCACAGAACCAAGUCCAUUUAGUUAAUUGCCAGAAACACUUCAGAAGCCUCAGAAUGAAACAGGUCAACACUUACUGGUUUACACAAUAGAAAGGAAUGUUAGCCCAGCAUGAUCAGUAAUAAAUAUGAUGGACAGGGGAUAGAGAGUCAAUUCCUGCACAAUGUGUACAAUGUUUUAUUCUUUUCCUGAACUCUGCCAUCAACAAUUAAUAUGGGGAAUAUAUCCUUGGCAUGGAACACUGGAAACCAUUCAUUUUCAGAGGCCCCUAUUGUGAUAUCCUGGUAUACACAACUUUACUGGCUGCACAACUUGGGCAGAAGCCUGAAUGACAAUUAUUGUAGAAAAUUAGUAGAAUAUGGCCAAUAAUUACUGUGGAAUUGAUAAACACAGAUCAGAACAUCAAGUUGGCACAGAGCAGGAGUGUCCAACUUCCAGAUGUCGUUGGUGGUCUUUUCUACUGACAGGGCUAUUUACAAAAAUGAGAAUUCAAGGUGAAUUUCAAAUGUAGGACCAGAGAGGCCAAACUGAUACCAUAGCUGACUUAGCAAUUGUGAUCUUAAAUUUGAAAAUCACUUUGAAUUCUCACUAUAGUGAAUACCUUACAGGUAUGGCAACUAAUUUAUUGUCAGCACCUAGCAUCACUGGAAAUAGAAGCAGACAGAAAAAAAUCAACUAAAUUCUUUAAGCACGUAUGGCCAGGAAAAGUAAUACACACUAAAAUACUAUGCACUUCUUAAUGUUUAUUAAUGUUAUAUCUAUGUUGAUUCAAGUGAUAUUGCAGCAUUAGGUACUAAACUUGAUCCUGAACAAUUUGUUAUACCAUUUUGAUGUUAUAUGUUGCAUCUGUACAAUACUUUGCUCCUAACAUAGUCACAACAAUGAAUGUGCAGCAAGAUUUGAUCUGUUAAAGCAUUACUUAUCACAUUACCCAGUAUCCGAGACAGAGAGCUGAAUUCAUCCUCUGUUUUACAUGCACAUUGAUACAUUGAUAUAACAGACAUCCCUUCACAACAAAGAAGACUUCAAAUAGAUUUAUUUGUGACUUCACUUGUUAAAGUUACAUUAAACUGUACAUUAUAUUGUAGCAAAAAAAUCAUAACACAUAAAAAAGAAUAUAUCCUCUGCUAAGAAAAAAAGCUAAUUUCACCACUGUAAAGAUAUUGUAGUUUGCUGCAAUGGUGUUUUCUCCUAGCCCUUAAGUCUCAUCUAAAUCUUUAGCAGCAUUGCCAUAUUCGCUGUCUGGGAGUCUUUUCCUCCAGUUAUGACUUAUCGAUGUAACAAUAGAAUGUGCAUUCAGUUUAGUUUUGCCAGUGUAGCACCCUGCUGUCUAGAAUGGUAACAGUCCAUUUUUAAGAUUCAUUAAAUAAGGUCAGGACACCCAGUUUCUGACUAUUAAUGGAUGUUUGAAAAAUAAAUAAAAAUCUAGUUGUUUUACAUCACACUGUCACGGAGUAUGCACCUCUACAAGAUGAAGCAUUUUACAGCUGUACACCCAUUGCAUUAGUCAUCUUCUACUAACCAAAAAGUCUAAUUGCUUCGUUAAAAAAAAAAGAAAUCUGGAAGAAUAUCCUAAUAAUGUAUCAGUCUUUUUUAUAGGGGGUGGGGGCUUACAUUUAUUUGCUUAUAUGUAUUAUAAGUUUAAGUGUCAAGCUGGAAAAAUUCCAAACAUUUGUGUCCAAAAAAUGUUCCCGUGGAACACACUGGAACAUAACAGACACAUUUAAUUAUUAUUUUGAAGAAUGUUUAUGCCUCCAAUUUAUAGGUAAUUUAAAGCUCUACGAACUUUUUCCACUGACAUAACAUUGAAAGAACAUAAAUGUUAGCUUGACACAUAGACCCUAUGGAUCUGAGAUCCUAAAUCUUCUAAAUGUAUGUAUUUUUCCUCUUGCAGUAUGUUUUAUUACAUGUGAAUAUUGCAUGGGCAUCUACCCCAAAGAUGCUGAACCUCUGAUAUAUAUUUUUUCUAAUUCAUUUUUUAUUUUGUUGUUUUCCAUUUCUAAUGUGGGUGUUCUGUAUGUGUUGUGUUGUUUUUUUGUUUGUUUGUUUUUUUUUGUUUUUUUUUUGUGUUUGUGUUGUGUGUUCUUGUUUUUUUUCUUUUAACUUGCAGUGCGAGCUUCACAUAAAGUCUGGCCAGCCAAGGAUGUUCCUGCAUUUCCCUGCUUUAUGCAGUAAUGUGUCCCUGCCAUUUUGUGUUACACGACACAGAUCACUAAUCAUUCAUUAAAUGCAUCAUGUUUGGCUGCACGUGGGGGGGAGGAAAAAAAACUGCGUGCACUCGGACUGUUUGUUGCUGGGAAGCGAAUGUUGCCAAGCCUGGCCUGCAACGAAUUGCAGCAACGUGGGCCUUUCACAUUGCUGAUAACGAUUUGCCUAACACUUUAUUAUUAUUUAUGGAUCAAAACUACAUUUGUUUUGUGAAAAGGGGUAUUCACGGUUAGCUGUCCAGCCGUUUGACUCUAGUUGGCAGUUGACAGCUGGAUAGCUACGAAUUGGUAUCCCUGGUUAAGAAUGACUAAAUCACUUGAGCAAAUGUAAUCGAUUCAGACAGCACCAUUUAAAGUGUACUCUCACUGUUGGUAACCCAAUGCCUUUAAUACAUGCUUAUAUCAUGCCUUUACUCCAUGCUUGUCCAGAAUAUUUAAGACUGACCAAAACUAAAUUUAGUCUUUGUAAAGCUGAAUUCAUGGUGCUGUUCAGAGAUAAUACCAUGCAGCUGCAAUAAUGCCUUAAUAAAAUUGUAUCCAAGUUUAUUUCAAUUUUUAAGCUUUGCUCUUCAUGAAUUAGUCUGGAUAACUUUCCAUUACUAGGCCGUGACAGCCUUAAUUUUCUUCCCCUCAAUCUCUGAAAGGUUUUGGACAGAGGCCAGUGUGACCCAUUCCAACAAUCAUCAGACUUGUCUUUUGCUGAAACCCUUUGACAUUGGCCCAAUGGAAAAUGUUCCACACUGGUUAGAAGAGGCUGAAUCGAAAUAGACAACCAAAUACAAUUAUAAUGCUUUACUAUUUACUGCUGAUUAAUAUGCAGAAACAAGGGAAAAUGCUGUUUAAUAAACCCCUUUUCUUUGCUUUAUUUAAUAAAAUGUGCUGUUUUGGCAAGACCUUUUAUAUAAUCAUUGUGCUAGGCAGGGUGUCAAGCACUGCUUUAAGUACUUUCUGGGCAAAUACUAGCCCAUUGAUGGCUAAUCAUGGCACUGCAGAUAUGGCUGACCAACACCUGCAAUAUCAAGGUUAGACAUCCCUGGACCAGUAUAAUGCAGUAGAUUCACACCUUGGGCGAUCUAAUGGCUAAUCAUGGUAGGAUGUUUUCAAUGUAAAGCACUAUGGGUUUUGGCAAGGCAACUGGCUUACAAAGCAACAAGGACCUUUUCUUUUAUGUGUAAGUGUAAAUGUGUUUCAAUAAAUAUCUUUUUAGCAGUACUCACAUCUGUAUGUUACUACCAAGAGCAGGAAAUCCGUGCGGGUAUGUCAAAGAGCUUCCUGAUUCUCUCCCCCUUCCUCUCUCUCUCCCUCCCUCUCAGUAUCCAUUGCCAUUCUCUUCAAAUGAACAUGUAAGCUCUUGACAUGAACAUCCCAAGCGUGUUUAUUUUUUAAAAUGGCAUACGUGGUAAGAAAACUGACGUACUUGUAUUUUGUAUUCCUUUUUAUUUUUAUAUGCCUUUUCCUUCCUGGACAGCGCCUUGCCCUUUCUGAUACAUUCCAAGAAGUGGCGACCCAUGUUUACCUUUUGACUUUGGGAUUUCUUUCUCUCCUGAUGCUGUUUUGCCCGUUUCCCUUCUGCUUAUAGCUAGGUAGCCUGUCUCUUAUUUAUCUUUUUUUUUUUUUCAUUAUAGUUUUUUGUUUUUUUAAUCCAGCUCACAGAGACACGCACCACCUAUUAAUCUGCACAUUCCUUUUUGCCUGCAGCCAUUCCCACAUCUGCACCCUGGAAGCAAAUGUGCUUGAAUGCAUCUUAAAUGCAUUUUCUCCGCUUGGUUUUGCUCUGACAUAAAAGCAGAGUUUAUUUUUUUCACUGCCUAAACAUGGCUCUGGGUCGGAAGAAAAUUGGGUCAAUACAACUAGAGAUGGGGAAGAUUGAUAAAUGGGUAAAUAAAUUAACACCAGGAAUAUAGGCAACUACGUGCUAAAAGCAGAAUAGGAUUGUGAAUGGACACUAAGUUUCCUUACCAUGACUUGCAUCCAAUCACUCAUUAUGCUGAAGUUUGUAUGCUUGUAAUGUUCUGUGUGUUUUUUAGCUGUCUGUGAGCAUACUUUUUUUUUCUCUUGGCACUUGCUAAAACUGGAUUUAGACAUCAAACCUUAAUAUGCCAACUAAGCAUAUAUAUAUAUAUUUAAAUAGCCAUAAAUAUCACUGGGUGUACAGCCUCCAAUGUCAGACAGUUAAAUCCUUUGUUUCUUGUUUUUAGUUACUUUGUGACCAUACACAAUUUUUUGGCACCUUAUUUUCUUAUUUUGUGUUCAUUUGAGUUAUUAUAUAUGGUUUUGUUUUCCUUUUAUCCCCUAAAUUGAGUAUCUCGUACACUUUCCUUAUGUGUGGUUGCCAUACUGUAUCUAGUGUAUUGAAAUGGACAUAGUGGGGCAGAUGCAAAUAGAUAUAUCUAAACUUUCUAUGUGUAAUUCAUAUACUUAUAAGGUAUUGGAGGAGUAUAGCAUGUACCAUAUAUAAAGUACAUACUGAAAUCUAAUUGCCAAGUCACUAAGUGCCUUUACAGUAUAACGUACAUUUUUGAAAUAUAAUUCCCAUACAUCCUAUUUGAAUCAAGCAAUUUGUUUUUCUUGUGACAUUUUGCUUUUAAAUGCUAUUGAUAUUUUUUUUAUUAUUUUUUUAUUUUAUUUUUGCAAUACUUUUAUUUGUAGAAAAGCAAGCAAUUCACUCACACCUGGUAUCUGCAAUAGUAAAUAUCUUAAAAUAUGGAUAAAGGGAGGUACUGGAGAGGAUAGUAAAAGAGGUCAUAACAUUUAUACCAAUGAGAACUCUAUCCCUGGGCCAUGUUUAGCUUAAAACUGCUGCACCUGUAUGUCUCUCUUUCUGUAUCUAUACUUUCUCUACAGUAGUCCUUGGCUGUGCACAGAAUAAAUGGCUUCCUUUCGAAUGUAUAUGGAUGUGCUUUCCCUCCUCUGCAUGUAAGUAUAUAAGAAGCCUGAAUAUAGGUGGUUUUUUGUUAAUACAUUAAUUAACAGCACUAUGAAAUGUUCUUUGAAACACAAGGGAUAGCAUUUUGUAAACACUGUGAAAUUUAAUCUUGAAAAUUAAAUAACAAAUAAAACAAAUGACAAGGCUCAAGGUUUCAGUAAACAAAAAUGUCACAAAUCUUGCCCCUCUGUUGUGAUUGCAUUCAAAUAAUAACGGUCUAUAUAAGUAGAUAGAUUAAGGAUAUAGCUGAGCUAUCAACAUCGUUGAGUAUCUGAUUAUAUUUUGAGCUCAGGCACACAUAUUCGGAUAGUAAUAGUCUUUUAGCCUUGCAUCGCAAUUACUUAGUAGAAGAUCUAUGUGUAAUAAAAGUGACUGUUAAUUAAACCAGGUAUUGUGGGGACGACAAGCGAAUUGCAAAAUUUAGGCCCAAAUUUAGGCCAAAAUGGCUGAUUUAGCAUAACAUUUGCAAUUCCUUUGUCAGUUCUUUAUAUUUAAGUAGGCAGAGAUAUAAGUAGGCAUAAUAAAUAGGAAACUACAAAGUUUAGACCAAAAAAGCAGAAGAAUUGUAACAAAAAAGUUUUGGGUCAAAUUUUUUUCUGGCUCUCCUGUCUUGGUCUAUACAAUGUGCAAUCCCUCUUGUCCGAUCUCCAUAAUUCCCAGUUAGUGUAUAAACCCCAAAGUGUACAAAAGGGCUGUCUAUUGUCAAUAUAUACAGGUACUCAGAAUAUAGUCUACCAUAAAUAGUAAGCGAUCUUACCAUGCAUUAAAUCACCUCUAUUUAGGCUGGCUUUGAGUGAUGAGAGUUACUGUCAGAAUGGCACAGGCUAUUGCUAGCUAUAAAUGGUAAAAAUUCAUAGCUUGCAAAAAAAUAAAUAAAACAAACCUGCCUUCCACUUUAAUGAUGCUUACAAUGUCCUGGCACAAACAUUCACAGUUUAGAUACUGUUCUGCUUAUUAGGUAUCUCUCUUUCCUCGGUAACUAUGGGAGCAUAUUCAUGGGUCGUCACAUCCCUUCAUUGUCAAGCUCAUUCCAUUGUGUCUUGUCUUGCAUUUGCAGUGCAUUUGGAUUAGGAUGUAUAUCAUUUGUAAAGCUUGUGGAUGCAACUUAACCAAAAGCGCCGUUAUAUUUUUAAAAAAUAUUUCUGAACAUGAAGCUGUGAACAGCGCAGUAGGAAUAAUGUAACAGUUUAUUUUUUAUAUAUAUAUAUAUAUAUUAUACAUACCAUUGCCUUAAAUUGUAGCUUUAGAAUUUUGAAUGUUAUGUUUUUGUUUGUUUUUUAAAGUAUCCCAUGUGUCAGUUUCGUUAAAAAAUAAAUUGUAUCCAACAUGCCGUGUUAACGCAGUAUUAUGUCUAGAAUGUAUAUGAUAGACACUUGUCAUGUGUUAUAAUUUUUAUUCUGGUGUCAAAACAUUUCAUGUUUCAAAUAUAAUGCUAUACAACUUAUUUUGAAUAAAUUUUUUGUAUGAGAGACAGAGGACAUUAUAGCACUCAGACAAAAAUAUACUUUAUACCUUUUAACUUAAAACGUGUGUUUCCAUUUUUUGGUGUGUGUGUGGUUGGUUUUUACGUGUAUCCCCUGCGACCUGAGAGGUUCUAAACAAAAUAGAACAUUUCAUUCACAAAUGUUAUCUUGGAACUAUUCUGCAGAAAAGACGUGUUUCCUUGCCUAAAGGGGAUAAUUACUAUUUUCAAUUAAAAUAUACCAAAUAACAUGUUAGUAAAGACAAGAAAUAACAAAAAGGAAUGUAAACUGUUUCAGAACAAUGAAUACAAUAUUGUAUAUGAAAGUGUAUUAAUUUCAUAGAGUAGAUAUAAUGUGUGCUUUAAGGGACACUCCAGGCACCAACACAAUAAACAUUUGGGUUUGGCCUUGUUUAAAUGUUGCAUGUUUUCCCUCAUUCAAAUAUCUUUAGUUUUGUUAAAAUAAAUGUGAUGUUCUGCCUACUUCCAAUCAGGAAGAUGUUUUGUGAAAAGCAGCGAAGUGUGUGUGGGGGGGGAGGGGGGAGGGGUUAGUUGUGUUAGUUUUCAAAAUGAAAUAUAUUUAAACAGGGAAAAACAUACAGCAUUGAUAUGAGGCCAAAAACUACCCCGUGCACUUAAGAUGUGUUGGUGCAUAGAGACCUUUACACUGGUGAUAAAUAUGAGCCCCUUAUUUUUUUGAGCAAUUUUCACAGUGAUGUAGAUGUCUACCACACUUAAGGCAACUUACAUAUAUUCUCAGGAAGUGCUCCAGAACCAUUCCUAACUGUCUGCCUGUUUAGGUUUCUGAGCAACCACACUGGGAACUUUCUAAAGCACUAUAAAUCCUGGAAGUAACUGAAUGACAUCUGCUCUGUGACAUUAUCCCUGUCAUAAGAAAUCAUCUGAUCGUUACAAUAACAGGGAGAUCAUUAAAUAGAUAAACUAUCAAUGACAUGAAUUUUUGUAGAUUUUUUAAAUCUAAUGUUACAAUAUAGAUUCAGUGCUUUUAAUGGGUGAAACAAGAGCACUCAAUGUACUUUAGCAAUCGUAUUGAGAUAUCAUGGAGAUCAACAACGUCCAAUCAAGGUGUCUGUAUGUAUGUGUGUAGGUAUAUGUAUGUCUGUGUACCUACAGACACCUUAAUUGGGCCUUGAUUAUAUAUAAAUAAAGAGAAUAUAAAAAAAGAGAGAAUUGUAGAGCGUCGCUGCAUUUCUAAGCAGUUUGCUGUAGAGACCAAAAUGUAUACAAAAUACACAUUAAGCGCACACACAAAAUACAAUUUUACAAGACUUCUUAUCUCACCAAAGAAAUAUGGGGAUUCAAUUACAUCAUAUGGCCAUAUCAUGUUAAGCACACCACAAUGCAACAGUAUCCCAAUUUGUUAUCUGUUUGCUGAGAUAGCCUUGUAAAAAAAAUGUAAGUUUAUUUUUGUGAUUUAGCAUAAAAUUUGCAAUUCCUUUGUCAGUUCUUUGUAUUUAAGUAGGCAGAGAUCCUUAAUUUUAUAUAUAUACAACACACACACUUCUGACAUUCCGAAUAUAAGAAGGUUUACCCCUCACUGAUAAGCCUAAUACCACUAGUAUUUCAUCUUGGAGAGGAACAGAUGUUACCUGUUGUUUCAUAAAUGCUUCAUAAAACUUUAUUGCAAAAUAUUUUGUCUCUGUGUGUGCACGUGAUUAUCCCAUCAUUCUAAUUUGACAUUUUAUGUUUACUACUUUGUAUGGACAUUUUCACUCUGUUUUCAUUCAUGUAAACGUCUAUUCAUAUACAGGAUGUUUUACUAAACCAUGAAUUGACUGGAAUUUCUGGUCAAAACAAACUUUAUUGGAACAAACAUUCUGUGGUCAAUUUCCAGCGAUUCACAGUUUAGUGAAUAACCCUGAUAGCACUUAGAGCACCAUUUUUGCUGGGGAAAGUAAGGUUAGUCUUUGAAAAUGGUAUAUAGUAAUAAGAACCAUUGUAAGUGCAGUAUAUACCAAAAAAGUAAAUUGCAGAUAAAUAGGCUGAUUCAUUAUAGUGAAAACAUAGCUGACUGGGGGACGUUUUCCAAAUAUUUCAUUUCAGAAUUUGAAAUUCACUUUGAAUUCAUACUUUGGUGUAAGGGUAGACAACCUUCAGCACUCCAGAUGUUGUGGACUACAUCUCCCAUAAUGCACUUACAGCCAUAAUGCUGGCAAAGCAUCAGGGACAUUGCAGUCCACAACAUUGGGAGUGCCAAAGGUUGCCAUCACCUGCUUUAGUGAGUAGCCGAGGUAGAUUAAAUAGGAUAAGCAAUUGGAUGUCCAGUUGACCCUGGUGUUAAAAUGAUGUGCAUUCACAUUAAUUACAUGUUGGUGAAAGAUUAGUAAAUACUUAAUCUAUACAAACAUUCUGAUGGCAUUUCACAGGUUGUUAUGUUGUGAAAUACUUACAACUUUAGAGGAUUUUGUAUGAACCUGCUGCAGUUGGUAUCAUUAACUUUUAUUUUACACUGUCAUUGAUUUGAGUCGCAGCCAUAACCUGGCCUUUGCAAAGUGAGUAGUUGGCACUAUAUUUAUCUCCCAACUACAAGCAAUGAUGAAAGAACUUAAAAAUAUUCUGUGUGCCCGUUAGAGAAUAUCAGCCCGUGUCCUAAUAGCAGUCAUUGUUAAUUAUCACAAUUUAGGGAAAGCAUUUCAAAUUCUAUGCCAAAAUUGCCAAACUGGAAGUUUACAGAAUUUGUUUUAAAAUUUUGAAUUUUUGGGGAAUAUUUUAUAAUGUUGGCUAUAUAUGUAUGUGAACUCAUACAUUAAAACAUCUGGCCAUGUAAAAACUACAGCACCAGGUCCAUACAAGCCCCACCUAAUAUCUUCUUGCUUUCCCUUCAUGGCACCUUUCUAACUGCUACGUGUAACAAUCCAACUCCAAGCCUGUCUUGCUCCAGCCAUAUCCCAAUUACCUCAUUAUUAUUCUUUCUCCUUUUCUAUAGCUUCUUCUUUCUGUAAUCAUCCUGUUGACAGGUCUGCACCUUCCCCCAAAUGGACAGUGAAAUGUCAGAAGAUCGGCAGUCUAACUGCACGCCUGUUGGAAGAUCUGCCUCAACUCUUCUUCCAAUCUUCUUCCUUACUUUACCUUCAGUGAGUUAUAUGUUACUGUGUAUCGUAAGAGCACUAAAGAUGUGUGCUGACCAAACAGUUGUCAGAGUGAUGGCCCCCUACUAAGCAAUGAAGAUGUUUUAUUAUUGAUACAAAGCCACAACGAGGGGACAGUUUCUUAGUGCAUGUCCAAAGUUUCAUUUGGACCCACAUUUCUCAAUGAACUACACUGGGACCUAACAAGAGGAAGUUAACCGUAAAGGUCUUCUCAAUAUCUAUUUGGCAACUCUUAAUAUUUGAAGAAUGAAAUUGAAGGGUUUAAAUGUGAUACAUGCACUGUACCUGUACAUGGCUCAUAGAAUAUGAAAUAAAUGUAUCUGAUGGAGUGUGUCCAUUGCUAAGGAACCCACAUUAAGGAGCAAAGUAGGACUUAAUAGGUGCAGUAACCCUUGCCCAUCAUUACAUCCUGGCCUAUCCUCUCUGUGCCAGUUACACGUUCAUUAUGAUUUUUUUUUAAUAUUGUUUUUUCUUUUGUUUCAUUUGGUAUAUUUCAACAACAUCAAAAAUAUCCUAUUCCUGUAAUUUAGCAUUUUUAUCUCACGAAUACAUCUCAAGAGAGUCUAUUACACAUCCCAUCAUACUCUUUGCAGUAAUUUGGUUAAUACUGUUAAACACAUGCAAAAAAGUAUUACAAAAUUGCAAGAUCUUGACACUAAGGGUGCUCACAGGGUAGUUUUCGUUUUAUGAACCAUUACUUUGCAACUUGCAAUUUUCCAUUGGAAACUGAUUCUUGAAAGAGCAACAUAAAUACAUUGGCUGAUGCCUUCAUUUUAAAAUUUGAAUUCAUACAUUUACACUCAGUUAGUAUUUCGAAAGAGCUACAGCUCUGCUUGUAUGACAGGCAAAGUUUGUCCAGGAGAUUUAAUAAGUAGAGUUUGACAUCAAUAUCCAAAUUAGUGAAUCUCUCAUGGACUACUGGGGAACUAAUUUUCAUAAUUAUAUUGAAAUAAAAUAUCAAAAUUUGAAAAAAAGUGUUGUGUUCUAAAUUGUGGCGCAAAUUCAUCAAAGUUGUGCGGUUACCAACCAAUCAAUAGAAUCAGCAGCGGUUGCUGGAGUUUUUAUAACUUUGCAGCAGUUUUUGGAUAUUUGAUAAAGUAUUUUGAUAAAUCCAUCUAUCUGUUUAAUUAUAGCUGAAAUAUUGAGGGUUAUGUAUAAAAAUGGUUUUAUGAGAAAAAUGGCGCAGUUGCAGAUAUCUAUGUGCUAAUUGCAGUAAAGUAGAAAAGUAUCUGAUUAUUGUAUACUUAUCUUAUCACAGAGUAAGUAAAAAAUACACACACUUUUGCAACUUUUUUAGAUCAUUUUAUUUUACAACAGUUAUUUGCUAUUGUGUCUGGUGUCAAUUGCACUAUAAGAAAAGUUGAAAUAAAAAGUCACUGAUUUGAGAAGAAAAAGUUGCAAACAUGCAUCAUUGUUUUUUCUCCUAUACAAAGCCCAUUAAAACAUCUUUAUACAUACUGUAUAAUUUAAUUCAUAAAAUAUUAAUAUAGAUCACACCUCAGGCUUGUUUACAAUCUUGUUGAUAAACAAGCCCGUAUCUUGUAUUGUAGCUACAAAUUACUACCAGGUUUCUGCUCUUGUUGCUAAAAUUGCAUAGCCUUUAUCUAUAAUAACUGGUGCCGCCACAGAUACCAAUCACUUGCAGAUUAGUGAUUAGUGACUUGGUGGUAAAGCACAGAAACGAACAUGAACAUGCGCACUUCACCCUAAGUGGCCAAUAGCAACAGGCAAGAAGUGGCUGGCCGAUAAAGUUUCGCAACGUGGCUAGAAAAAUAUUUUUUAUUUCAAUAGGAUGUAUGAAGAUGUAUGAAGAUUUAGCUGUCAUAGACAUUUUACACUAUGCCAAAAGCUGAUAUAAUUUUUUUUGUGGGGUAGUAGCCGGUAAUUACUAGGGUCAGAUUUUGAAAAAAGUCAGAAAGUAGUUGCUAAGAUGAGAAUAGUGAUUGUCGUUUGCCACUAUUUAGUGAAUGCCUUUCAGUAGUGACUGCCAGUAAAUCCCUGUUGCUUCUCUUAAAAUUUUGCAUGAAAGCAGUCACUAUUUACUAGCAGUUGCACCAGGCAUUUUAGCAACUAGUGGCUGGCCAGUGAAAGGUAGUGAUAAGGUUGUAAACAAGCCCUUAGUGAUAGUGUGUAAACAAGCCCUUGGUGUUAGAGAUUGUACCAUUACAUAUAUCCCCACUCUGCGGAUUUGUUCUCACCUCAAUAUCUGCAUGCCUCUCCAUCCAUAAGAAGAUUUUAUUUAACCCAAGACUUUUACACCCUGUGCCCCAAACAACAUUCAUAAGUUUGCACUCAGGAUUCCGAGCUAGAAACCAAAGCCCUAUGCAAAGUUAGCAUUUCUGAAUGAUCAAUAAUCCCUCCUCUGCUAAUCUACUUUGUGCUAUCAUAAACCACACCAGUCUUAAUACCCAUCCCAUGAUACACUCCCACUAAGUCAUCCUUUUGCGCUGUCCUUUGGAAUGCAUGCUCUAUGUGGAAGAGGAUAAAGGUCAGGCUGACUGCCUCAAUGAAUAUUUUUGUUCUGUAUUUACAGUAGAAAAUGAAGGAAAGGGACCUCAGUUGAGAAAAAGGAUAAAUGAGUCAUUUAUUACACGUGAGUUUACAGAGGAAGAGGUUCUAUUUCAACUGUCAAAAGUAAAGACAAAUAAGUCAAUGGGACCUGAUGGAAUACACCCAAAGCUAUUAAAAGAGCUUAGUGGUGUACUAGCAAAACCAUUAACAGAUUUAUUUAACCAAUCAUUGUUAACAGGAGUAGUCCCAGAAGAUUGGAAGUUAGCGAAUGUUGUGCCCAUUUACAAGAAAGGUAAUAGGGAGGAGUCGGGCAACUAUAGGCCAGUAAGCCUUACUUCAGUAGUGGGGAAAGUGAUGGAAACCAUGUUAAAGGAUAGGAUUGAUGAACAUCUAAAAACACAUGGAUUUCAAGAUCAGAGACAACAUGGGUUUACUUCAGGGAGAUCAUGCCAAACUAAUCUUAUUGAUUUUUUUGAUUGGGUAACUAAAAUUAUAGAUCAGGGUGGUGCAGUAGACAUUGCUUACCUAGAUUUCAGUAAGGCUUUUGACACUGUUGCACAUAGAAGGCUUAUCAAUAAACUACAAUCUUUAAGUUUGGAUUCAAAUAUUGUUGAAUGGGUAAGGCAGUGGCUGAGUGACAGGCAACAGAGGGUUGUAGUUAAUGGAAUAUAUUCGAAGCUUGGACUUGUCACCAGUGGGGUACCUCAGGGAUCUGUACUUGGACCCAUUCUCUUUAAUAUUUUUAUUAGUGAUAUUGCAGAAGGUCUUGAUGGUAAGGUAUGUCUUUUUGCUGAUGAUACUAAGAUAUGUAACAGGGUUGAUGUUCCAGGAGGGAUAAGCCAAAUGACAAAUGAUUUAGGUAAACUAGAAAAAUGGUCAGAAUUGUGGCAACUGACAUUUAAUGUGGAUAAGUGCAAGAUAAUGCAUCUUGGACGUAAAAACCCAAGGGCAGAGUACAGAAUAUUUGAUAGAGUCCUAACCUCAACAUCUGAGGAAAGGGAUUUAGGGGUGAUUAUUUCUGAUGACUUAAAGGUAGGCAGACAAUGUAAUAGAGCAGCAGGAAAUGCUAGCAGAAUGCUUGGUUGUAUAGGGAGAGGUAUUAGCAGUAGAAAGAGGGAAGUGCUCAUGCCAUUGUACAGAACACUGGUGAGACCUCACUUGGAGUAUUGUACACAGUACUGGAGACCGUAUCUUCAGAAGGAUAUUGAUACCUUAGAGAGGGUUCAGAGAAGGGCUACUAAACUGGUUCAUGGAUUGCGGGAUAAAACUUACCAGGAAAGGUUAAAGGAUCUUAACAUGUAUAGCUUGGAGGAAAGACGAGACAGGGGGGAUAUGAUAGAAACAUUUAAAUAUAUAAAGGGAAUCAACACAGUAAAGGAGGAGACUAUAUUUAAAAGAAGAAAAACUACCACAACAAGAGGACAUAGUCUUAAAUUAGAGGGACAAAGGUUUAAAAAUAAUAUCAGGAAGUAUUACUUUACUGAGAGGGUAGUGGAUGCAUGGAAUAGCCUUCCAGCUGAAGUGGUAGAGGUUAACACAGUAAAGGAGUUUAAGCAUGCGUGGGAUAGGCAUAAGGCUAUCCUAACUAUAAGAUAAGACUAGGGACUAAUGAAAGUAUUUAGAAAAUUGGGCAGACUAGAUGGGCCGAAUGGUUCUUAUCUGCCGUCACAUUCUAUGUUUCUAUGUGCAACAACACUUAAUCAACCGCUGUCCAUGAUUUGUUAAUCUCACUUUCCCUAAACUUGCUGCAUUAACCUAAACACUGCCUUGUUAUCAUUGUAUUUUCAUUAACUCACACCCACUAGACAAUCUGAUAGUAAGUGUGGUGGUAAGGUUUCUGCUUUCACCCCACCGCCCCUUCAAACCUCUACCCAUCCCCUCUUCCCUCUCUUUCUCCUUGUAUGAAGUUCACUCAAUUCACCUGUUUAAACCCAUCUCUGCAAACAUUGCCAUUAUUUACCACCUCACUGGUUCCCCUUUUCUCUUGUUUGACAAUUUUGAUGCCUGGCUGCCCUAUUUCCUUUCAAGUAAUAUUAUUUCUAUAAUUCUUGGGGUAAUAUUCCAAUUGACCCACCCUUGACCUCUUGAAUUCUCCCACGCAUUUAGCUGGCAAAACCCUUGAAAUGAUGUUUGCAGUUAUGUGCACGAUUUCUAAUUACUGUACCACUCCAUUUCCUCUGUCAAAUCACCACCUCUUAUCAUUUGUUCUUGAGAGCCCCCUUACACAACAUUCUCAGCCUAACCUUCCUCAACUCAAGAGGAACCUGAAUUAUCUUGAGCCCCAGCAACUAUCAGCUGAUUUCCACUCUCAACUCAUCUAUCCCUACUUUCUCCUGUCCCUCUCUGGCUAUCUCCUCCUAUAACACUACCCUCACCUCUGCCCUGGAUGCUGCAUUCCUGCUCCAAACAUAAACCUCAAUGAGGGUGUACCUCCAACCGUGGUACACUAAAUCGACCCGCUGCCUGCAGAGAUGCUCCCAUUCAGUGGGACGCUGCUAGAGGAAACCUUGCACCUUAUCUGACUUUCUUCAUUAUAAAUUAAUUUUGUGUUCAUCCUCACCAUUGCUAAACAAUCAUACUUUUCAUCUCUCAUUAGUUGAUGCUUCCAUAAUCUCAGGCAUCUAUUUGAUACCUUCAACUUUCUUUUUUUUUUUUUCUCUACUCCUCCCCCAAAUUAACCUUUCAGCCGAUAGCUUUGCGUGCUCUAUUACUAAGAAAAAUAAUCAUUUAUGGAGAGAAUUCUCCCCCCUUCAUUACUCUCUCUCAACCACACUUUGACCUUGUCUAUCCUACCCUUCAGGCUUUCUUCACAGCAACUGGACAGGAGGUAGCUGCACUUCUCCUUUCCUCUUGCCCCACCACUUGUCCCCUUGAUCAUGCCGCGUCAUGCCUUAUUAGAUUUCUCUCCCCCUGCCUUGUGCCAUCCUUCAUGCAUAUCUUCAACUGCUCCCUUUCUUUAUUGUCUCUGCUCCCCUUAAACAUGCUACUGUCCUUAAAUGCUGUACUCUCGCACAUGCAAGCAUGCUGAAGCUCCAGGUGGAGAUGGGGACCGGCCACAAAAGGUUGGUCGAGCCUGCGAGGGACAGGUUCAAAUAAGUUAAACUCACCUUUGCUACCAGGCUACUGGAUUGUUUGCAAAUUAUUCAAAAUCCCCAGAAGGGGACAGUUCAACUUUAAUGGGCUAUGGCAGAAGAAAAAUAUGUAAAAAUGUUUUGGCCUCAGUGGAGAUAAUAUAAAUAAAUAAGGAACAAUCGACAAAUGGAAAAUUCACUAAACACCUGAAUUAAGUGAAUUCAAUGAUAAAAUGUAUGCUAAAAUAGCCAAUCUGUAACUAUAGCGGAGUUGAAGCAUUUUUGGCUAGCUUUUUUAACUUGAAUUUUGCAAUUUGGUUUGCAUUUCACCACAGUGAAUGGACCCCAAAGCAUGACAAUGUACAUAAAUACCAGUAGUCUCUUGAAAACUACUUUAAAAGUUUAAUAUUUUAGCAAAAAAGUAUUCUAGAAUGCAUAAAACAAAACUCCUAAAUACAAGAAAACUAAAUGACAUUACAUUAUUAGUGUAAACAUUUUUGUAGGAAUUUCAAGGUUAUGAUGGAGAAACGUCGACAAAUAAUAUUCUAGCACAUUCUUGGUUUAGUUUUUAUUUAUUUUUUAUUAUGUGCCUAGUUUAUACAUAACUCCCAAUUUUCUCUCUCUAUUACUGAGAAAUUAACACCAUUUAUUUCAGUCAUCUCCCCCAUAAAAAAAACACUAAAAGUUUCAUCUUUGCACUAAUGUAAUGUACACUAAAAUUAUUAAAUUUAACGUGGCUGCAAUUUAUUUUUAUGACAAGUUUUAUCACUUUACUGUGAUUAAAGGUUUUCUACAUGUACUUAGACAUUACAUGAUAGAGAAAGGUUUUGAUAUACAUGAGGUUAAAAAAUAUUGACUUACGUUAAAUCCUAAAUGGGCUCAUAUGUAAAUUAAGGACAUUUAAAGUUGUAUUCAUGGUCACUGCCUUUCAUUUUUUUCAGUUCCAACUUAAUAUACCACAAAACAGGCAUGAAUAUUAAAUCUGCUGUAUGUCUGUAUGUAUGGCAGCCAUAUUGUUUAAGUAUGUGAGUAUAUGUUAGCAUAUACUAAAUGUAUGUAGCAGCUUCACAUGCAUAGUUUCAAUAGCAGAACAAGGUAAAUAAAAACACAGCUGUUUUUAUUUCUUGCACUGUAUUUAUUAUAUACAAUAUUACGGGUUCCUUAAAUAUAUGAAAAGAGAUUGGUUCUCUGAAAUGAUUCAUAAAAGUUAUUUUAAAAAUAAUCACUUUGACAUUUUUUGUAUAACGUUUAUAGUGUUUUUAAAUGUCAUUACCCAGAAUCCUCAUUUUAAGCGGAGGGUAACUCAUAGACUUGUCAUGAAUGUUCUUGGUACCUUGUACAGUCAGGUUGUUGUUACUUACUUUUACCUUCUGUAGAUCCUAUUUGCUAUAACAGUUUUGUUAUAAGAAAUACAGAUACACACGGAGCUUCACUACAUCAUAGAGCUGGAGCAUCAUUUUGUCACCUAUAAUGGAAUCUGCUGUAUACUGUUUUGUUCCAGGCAUCAAUUUUGCAAAUGUGAGCCUUCAAUAAACAAGGCUUUAAAAUGUAUGUGUUUCCUUUUCUUGUUCAAAGAUAUAAAUGCUGCACUUCAUGCUGGAGUAGUGCAAGCUGCUAGUGAUGAACAGGUCUCCCUACUGUCAUGAUUUUGGCGGAACAGUAUGAUUUUCAGGUCCUGUCCCACCAUCCUGAAUUAGUUCCUUCGUGACCUGCUUUUGCGGACACUAGGGCUUACGCUAUACUUUCCCCAACAAGUGAUAGUUUCAAAAGACACCAACAAGUAAGGGAGGUGGGUGGAGCUAAAUGUGAUGUGGGCUGAGCUUAAUGGUCAGGGGAAAAGCUAAAUGCAUCCUGAAUUUGCUGUCCAAUUACUGCUGCCCACCAAGAGAGAAGCAAGUAGGAGUGAAUCCACUGCUCCCCCAGUGCCCAUAAUGAAAAUUGUGUGUGUGUCUGUCUGUAACUGUGUGUGUGUUUGCUUGUAACUGUGUGUGCGUGUGACUGCCUAUAACUGUGUAUGUGAAUGUCUGCCUGUAACUGUGUGUGUGACUGGUUGCGUGUGGCUGCCGGGUCCUCUCCUGCCUCCCUCGAACCUGCUGUGGGCCGGUGAGGUAGAUCUUUGAUCUCCCCACCGGCCCAUGGAGGCUUAGAGCAGAGCCGGUGCUCGGAUAGCGCCAGCUCUGCAUGAGCCUACAGGGGAGAUCCUGAGAUCUUCCCUGCUGGUCUCAAUCCAUAGGCGUGCCACGGGGAUUAGGGUGUGCCAAGGCACACCCCGUGCGCACACCUAUGAUAGAGAAUAACGUUUGUAUAUGCAGGAAUAAGUUUGUUCUAAAAACUUCCAGGAAAAUAUUAACCCUAUGGGUAUAUUAGUGGGAGCAAUUAAUUUGAAGAUAAUUAUUAAGCCAAAAGUGAGGUGUGAUAUGAAUGGUUCUAAAAAGUUCUAAAAGUUGAAUUCUAUGCUAAUAAUUACAUUAAAUGGCAUAAUUCGAAGUCGAUAUUCAAACCUCGGGGUUGUAAGGUCCCGAGGUUGAAUAUCAACUUCAUUUCAUGUUGUCCUAGACAUUUAUUAAAAUCCCCUCCACGCCAAUUACCUAUGACUUUUCGGGUGCCCAUAAAUUUGAGGUCUCUAGGGUCACUGUUAUGUUUUAGUUUAAAGUGCUGUGAUACAAUGUGCCCUUCCAAUUGUCUUUUAAUAUUCCUGAUAUGUUCUUCAACACGUGUGUGUAAAUUGCUCUUAGUGCAUCCCACAUAUUUUAGACCACAGGGGCAUUCCAAUAGAUACACCUCGUACUUACGCAAGCUGGGCAUUGCUGAACCUCCUCAAUCGGCACCCUCAAGCCUAUCCCGAAUGGAUCCAUCCAAGGUUGUGGCAUUUACACCCCGAGCAGCUCAACGCAAGACAUGUAUCACUGAUAUGUGGAAUGAAAAAAUAAAGAAAUUUUAAAAAUAAAUAAAUAAAGUAUGAUUCACACGGACAAAUGAUACUGGUGGUGUAAAGGAGAAAUCAGGCUGACACUGGGUAUUGUUGGAGAAUUAGUGUCUUCUUGAGUGUGACCUUCUGGCAUGUUACUCUGUCAACAUUUGGCCCUCUACUCCAAAGAAGUUGAACAACACUGUGCUAGCAAGAGGCAGGUUUGGAUUCACACCAAAUAUUUAUGUGUUAAAAACUAUCAGGAUCCUGCUUAAUCUUUUAUGUGCCACUAAGUACUUUUUUUAUUUUGCUGUCAACUGAAUGUCUCUUUUUGUAAGUGUGCACUGGUGUCAAAUUCAUACAUAUAUUGGCAAUAAAGAUUAUGUAACCAAAGAAAAAACAAUCUACCAGAGCAACCCACAGACUAGGAGCAGCAUUUAUUUAAACUAAACUUUUCUGACAUUUUAGGAGGUUAGAUCCUUUAAUAGGCCCCAUGCAUGUUGUAAUAUUAUAUAACUAUGAAUUUGGCUGGCCCUGAACAUUCAUAGGUAAAUAUGAGCGCACAUAUAUACCACCAGAGGGAGCUAGAUUUCAAGCAAUGUAUUCGCUGUAUAUUUCCUUUGACCCACUUUAAAGUGUGUAAUUUGAUCUAAAUCCAGGAAUGUAGCCUACAAUCCAAUCUGGACAUCAUCCAAAUUCAAAGCUUCACCUGAUCCUUAGAGAGGAAAAAUCCCUGCUUGGCUCAAAUAGCUUUCACUGAAUAAUCUGACCUUGCAGAAACACACAGAAUUUCAGCUCUAUGGUCCUAUAUCCAUGUUGCAUGUUGGGUAAUAAAAGUUGUAUCCCUAUGAAUGCUAAUUUAUAUAUCCAGAUUCCUCUCAAAUCAUAGUGUAUAAUAAUAAGUACAGUUACAGUGGAUAAGAUAUGUCUGAUAGAUUUUACACAACGUUAAAGAGACAUACAUCGUGUUGAGAAACCUGUCUCAUUCGAAUAGUUUAUAAAUGUUUAUCAGAUACAUUUCAAAGUUGUUUUGCUUUAUUUUAAGUGCAUAGUUAAUACAUUUCUAAACACAAAUACACGCACCAGUCAAGCCAUAAGACUUGCUUUUUCCACAGAUUCCAAAUUUUCCACAGAUUCCAAAUACCAAAUUUUUUAUGUAUAUCUGUGUAAAAGCUGGAUUAAAAAAAUUCUCAAGUUAUGCAUGUUCCUUUAAAGAAACUGUCACUUGCCAGGGUUUUUAAUAUAAUGUUUACUAUUUGCUAUAUUUCAUAAAUAAGUACAAGAGGUGUGUGAAAAACGUAAUUGUAGAAAUCCACAUCUCUUUAUCAUACAAAUGUGCGCCUCCAUCUUAGCUCUCUGUCAAUCAUUGUUAUAAGCUGUGUCCUUUGCACCUGACAGUCAGCAGAGAAAAAGCAUACCAAGUAUGGGCAUCCACAAGGGGGAAAGGUGGGAACUUGCCCCCAUCCCCACUGGAUUUUUCAGCUUGUGCCGGUAUUUUUCUUAUGGAAUUGAGAAUACACUGCAAUAUCGGUGCCAGCCAGUAGUUGGCGCUGUGUGUGGAGAGAGGCAGGGAUAGGAAGCUACAUCUUAUCCCUGCUUCUCUCUCCUGACUGAAUCCGCAGGGGAGCAGCACAGAGUGCAGCCAGCAACUCCCAUACUGCACAGACAGCCUACAAAUCAGGUAAGUGAGGGAUGGGGGGGCAGCUUACAGAUUAGUUAAGUGAGGGGAUGGGGGCAACCUACAGAUCAGGUAAGUGAGGAAAGGGGGGACAGCCUACAGAUCAGUUAAGUGAGGGAUGGGGGGCAGAUCACAGAUCAG